AAUGGCGGCGGCGGCAGCGGCGGCGGCGGCGGCCGCCUCAGCAGCAGCGGCGGCGGCCGUGCCUGCAGGCGGCGGCGGCGGCGGCGUCCUAGGGGGCGCGCCCGGCUCGGGGGUCUCCUCCGCCGCCCCGUUGUCGGCGUCGCGGCGCAAGGACGGCGGCCCCUCGGGGAAGUUCUGGGAGAGCCCCGACACCGUCUCUCAGCUGGACGCCGCGCGGGCCUGGCUCGGCAAGCACUGCAAGAAGGUGAGGAGGCCCAGGACCAGGCCCCGGCGGAGCUGUGAGGCGGCGGCGGCGUCGCCUGAGGAGAAAGAGGCCUCGCCUUCUUCCCCUCAGGGGGCCCCGCCCGCCCCGCCGCCUCCCCUCCCUCUUUCUCCUCACGGGCCCCUUUCCUUCCCUCGGCGAGGGACGGAGGGAGGGAGGGAGGGCGGGGCCUCAGGGGGGAAGCCGCCCCUCCCCCUCCCCUCCCCGGCCCCGGACCCUCUGCCCGAGGGAGCCUCCCUCUCGCGGGGCUGGCGGAGAGGGGGGCAUGACAAAGGGAGGCGACUUGAGCGCCAAAAACAAAACAAAACCCCAAGAUGGGAGGUGAUGGAGGGGGGGGCUUGGAAGUGCUGCAGAAGUCAGCGGGGUUUACUCCCGAGUAAGGGUGUGCAGAAUAAGGAGGAGGGAAGCCGGGUGGGGACUCCAAGGGGGCCAGGUGUAGGUGAGGGAAUUAAGAGCAACUUGGUGGGCAACACUGGGGUGUGAGGGAUGGGCGUCCUCUCUGGAGGGUUGUUUCCUAUUAUAAAGAGUAUUUGAGGGGUGGAUCCACAGGACUUCAGCCAGCCGACUUCCUUUGGGACUGAUAGGGGAGCAUGUAAACACGCUUGUGCAGGUUGCAUUUUGCAAUAAACAGGUGCUGAAUUGUUGGCAGGCGGAAGGGUGACCCUUUCGGGUCAUGUGGUUUGUGUUUAUCUUGUGAAUGUAGAUGUUUACAUACAGAAUGAGUAUUGGAGGGGAGGAGGCUCAUUGGUUUGUUCUUGUUUUCAUUAUAUAUUCUGUAUUUUUUUAUCUUGUAUUCUUAUGCUGUGAACUGCCCUGAGACCUGUGCAUGAAGGGUGGCAUGCAAAUUCAAUAAAUGAAUAAACAGAAGGGGUGUGUGUGGCUUAAGAGAGAAAGGAACUGAAUGGAGUGUAAUCCUGGGAAUAGUUGGGGGCAGGGACCUAGGCUCCUUGUCUCCUGAGAAUGGUAGUUUAAAAGGGGAGUGGCUUGUGCAAAUUGGUUCAGACUUGGUCAGGGUGUCCUGUUACCUACCUGGGUUUAGGGGAAAGAGGAUCGCCUUUUCCAGUUGAAUGGGAGCUCUUGUGUGAAGGGAAGGGGGCGGGCUCUGUGCGGAAGAGGCAAGGUUUUUGCUUUCCCUGGGAAGAGCUAACAAAGGGCCAGCUGCCUCUUCACCCUGCAGUUGUGGGGCUUGUUAUGUUAAAGCUGUCCCUCCUUCAAAUAUCAGGUUGCUGUUAUUCUUUAUUUUCAGCCUUUCUGCAGGGGGGGGGGGCUAUAAGAGGUCAGAGGGAUAAUGCGUGAUGGAACAAAACGGGAGGAAGGAGGUUGUCCAUUUGUAAAGAAUCAUAGAAUCAUAGAGUUGGAAGAGACCACAAGGGCCAUCGAGUCCAACCCCCUGCCAAGCAGGUCCCUGGGGCACAUGCUCAGUGUGGUCUUUUGUCCUAAGAGGACUUCUGGGCCUAGAUGUGUGAGCUGACAGGGCUACCAGUUUCAUUUAAGUCUAGCUGAAGCUGUCUUUGCAUUAAUUUCUGAGGUGGUGGUGAAACCGUGAAGUGUGCCCAAGGUCCUCUGUGUGUGGCCAAGAAAUUACGUACCAUGUGGAACUUUAAAUAUGGGCUUGUUUCCCCUUUUUACGAGAUGUCUUGGCAUAGUAAAAGGUAUAACGUUCAUAGCAGCAUAUAAUCUCUGAGACAGUUAAAACAUUAUUAACAUAGCAGUAAAAAGCAUUAUUGAAGUCUCAGAGGUUAGCGAAUGAAACUGUUGGAAGUGUUCUUUAAAAGCAUGAAUGUAAUAGAUGAGGAAAUAAUUACUAUCAAUGCAGGAACCCAGGGCAUAUAUACAGAAUUAAAACUACAUUUACAUGUUUCCCUAGACCCAGAGAGAUGUGAUGGCUUUAUUAUUCCCUUUUUGAGGAUGGCGCUUGGGAGGAUGGUUGCCAUCCAGCUCCAUGCGUGGUUGGAAGAAUCAGAUUACCUGGACCCAUUUCAGUCUUGUUUCAGGCCUAAUUUUGCAAUGAAGAAGCCUUGGUUGAUGACCUGUGCUGGGAGAGGAUUGACCCUCUUGGUUUUUCAGUGGCUUUUGAUACUGUUCUCCAUGGUAUUCAUCUGGAGUGGCACUGCUGGUUGUGUGUUGAAGGCAGAGUGAUAUGGUGGUUCUGUUCUGUCUUAUCCGUAUGGCAGUUUCCAGAGAGUGGCAGUGGGGGACUGCUGUGUGAGCCCAUAGCAAGCCGGCUAUGUGGUUCUGGGGCUCCUUCCUGACCCCCCCCAUGCUUUUUAACAUCUGUAUGAGUGGUUAUCGGGGUAGGGUUGGAACAGAGUCUUUAGAAUGUGGUUGGCACCCAGCUCCUGUUUCUCCCUUAAUCAGUUAAGGCUGUAUAACUGCUUGAUCAUUGCUUUGACGUAGAAAUGCUUUGGUUGGGGGCCAGAAAACUGAAGUCAAACCCAACAAAACAGGUGGCUUUGUAGCUCUUAUGUCCAGGAAUUGGGUAAGAGGCCUGUUUUGCACAGAGUUGCAGUCCCCUUGAAGUGGCCAGGUGCAUACUUGGGAGUAGUCCCAGAUCUCUCUUUGUGUGGAAGCCAAAGUAGCAUCAGUGGUAUUUCUGAUAUCUGCUGGUUCACCAACUACGGCCAUUCCUGGUUCGGUAUAGCCUGGCUGCAGUAGUCCUCCCCCCCGGCUACAACUGGAACUGAUGCUGUAUAGAUUGAACAGGCAGUGCUCUGGAGAACUCUGCUGGAGUAACUGUGCUGUAACUGUGGUGUCCAACUUUGUCCAAAUCUGAGCCCCUUUAUCCCUAAAGGACAGCGCAACUUAGUUAGAGGAGGCUGGUAAAGAUGUCAAAACAGUGCUUUGUGGGCCAAAUGUCAAAAGGGCAUUCAUCACUCAGAAAAGCUCUGCUGAAUGGCUGUUUGCAAACACAGCAGUGACAGAGAAGCAAGCUUUCUUUGUUGCUGUCACUGCCACAUGGUUAGUGUAGUAGUUCAUUCUCACCCAUGUUCAUUUAGAGUUGAAGGUUGAUGCCACCUGUGCUCUUGCUGUCAGUUCUGCUGCUUCAGUGUACACAUGUCAUUAGAGUACCAAGACAGCCCCAUGGUUGACAUGGAUGCUGUGAAGUCCCAAGACAGCCACCCAGCUCCUGUCAUCAGAAAGAUGGCAGUCUCUUUCACCUUCCCUGUCUUCGACACUUAACUCCCCUGGUCCACCUCUAACAAAACACCAGGCAGCAGAUAACAUUCAAGCGAAUAACAGUGUUGUAAAGUAAAUAAUUAAUGCCAGGGGAUACCAGACUAGGAGAUGCUUGCAGUAUAAAAAUACCAGGCACAAAUCACACCCCAGCUUUUACCUGGGAUCAAAGAGGCACUCAGAAUCACUGAGAACUCCCAAGUGCUUUGCCUCUGAAGUGCUGCACAGUGUCAGGUGCGAUACACUUCCCCAUCUCUUGCCAAAGGGCUCAGGCAGCCUUGCCAAUAAGCCCACAGAAAUUACUAACCUGUAGUUUUAUUUUUUCUCAUAAAGUGGUUGGCAGAGGCUGAACUCUGAAGGAAAAAGGAGACUAGUAAGAGGGAAUUUCCCUUUGUUCCUAGCUCAGAAAUUCAGGGAGAUGCCAGAGAGAUUCAGUGAAGGUGGCACUUCGCUUGGCUUCCUUCAUGCCCAUGAUAGAAAUAAACACUUCUUUGUCUCCAGCAGAUGGCAGCCCAGUGCCCACUCACCUGUGUGUGAUUAUUCCACAUCACCUAUGAUAAUGCAAGACUAGAUAUGUGGGGAAGGUUAAGGCUUAGUGGGGACCAUAAGCAAUGUCUACCUAGACCAAACUUUCCAAUUCCUGUGAAAUACCAUUUCUUUUACACAUCCGUCAGUGCACAGGGUGGUUUACAGCAUAAGUGAAAAAACUGGGUUGCUGUGCAAAGGAAGUGACUGCUUUUAAAUUUGACAGUCGAGAUGGCAGAGGAAAGGGAUGUGAGAGAGGCAAUGGCAGUUCAGGAUACUGGUGAACAAAUGUCAAUACACAGACUUUGUUGCAAUUGGGUAUGAAGAUGGGGUGUCAAGCAAUGGCUCCACGGAAAGAGGAUCUUGAGGAUCACUUUAAUUUGUGAAAUGUUCAUACCAAUGUGCAUUUCUCUUACUGGUGCAAGCUCAGGCAUUUGAACAGUGGACAAAAAUGUGAACGUAAUCUGGGGUAGCAAAUGGUUAUCAGCUUUGUCCACUGUUAGAUGCUGUUUAUAAGAAAUCCAUGCAAUAUAAAAAGGGUGCCCUUAAUGCUUGAGAGAUGCCCAGAGUGACUGGGGAAACCCACUCAGAUGAGCAUGGUACAAAUAAUUUAUUAUUAUUAUUAGUAGUAGUAGUAGUAGUAGUGACCCUAGUAGUAGCAGCAGCAGCAGUAGUAGUAGUAUAGUGUUGAACACAGGAGUAGUACUGGCCUUGCCAGUGAUGGUUUGCAUUUAAUGUAUUGAAAACUAAUAGCAGCUUAAGUGAACUUGGCAAAUUUAAAUCUAAUGACAGCUCCUCUUUGACUGCCUAGCUACUAACUUGUGUUGCAGAAUAACUCUUAAAAGUCAGGAUUAAAAAGUCACCAACAUGGCAGAAAUGAACCUUGAAUUUGUGGCAUUAAAAUUGCUAUAGCUUGUGAGUGAUUUCCAGAUGAGUGAAAAGACAAAGAUUGAUUUGGAAAAUGUUUGCUUUUCAGUAUGUUCAAGCAGAUGCUCCUACCAAUAAAACACUGGCUGGGCUUGUGGUGCAGCUGCUGCAGUUUCAGGAAGAUGCCUUCGGAAAGCAUGUUGCCAAUCCUGCCUUUACAAAGUUCCCUGUGAGUAUUUAAAAUGCUCUUGUAAUGUUUCUUCAGCUGUUGUGUUUCCAUAUACUUCAAAGUAAAUAGGUCUACAGCUGCCUCCUGAAAAGCUGCCAACACUUAAGAGUGGGAGGCUGUACAGUGGUACCUCGGGUUACAUACGCUUCAGGUUACAGACUCUGCUAACCCAGAAAUACUACCUCGGGUUAAGAACUUUGCUUCAGGAUGAGAACAGAAAUCGUGCGGUGGCAGCAGGAGGCCCCAUUAGCUAAAGUGGUGCUUCAGGUUAAGAACAGUUUCAGGUUAAGAACGGACCUCCAGAACGAAUUAAGUACUUAACCUGAGGUACCACUGUAUUUGAACCCAGAAGCAAAAGGAUUCUUCCUGUUUCACUUGGUGUCAGAAACACAAGUUGACCAAUUUAGCCUUCACUCUUUGUAAUUCUUGUGCUGUUAUAUCUGCUAACAACCCUGCAGGGUUCAAUAUACUAAGAAUACUGUAGGAUUAAAUCUGGGCUUUGUUUUGAGACUUUAAUACAUAAGAAGAUGGAACCCAAAUAUGUGCUUGGUCCAAGCCAUUUAGGAUUUCAUGGGUAAUUGCCAGCAUCUUGAGUUGCAAUUCCUUUUGUGAACUUCAAGAUGGCAAAUUCAGUGAUGGCUUGCAUUUCAAUUGAUCUUUUUGUCUUUAUGAUUUAAAUUAAAUAGAUCAGUCUUGAUUACCCCUCCUUACGUAGUUCUUGUUGGCCACAGUACUGGAGCAACUUGAGAGAUCACGUACCAUAUUUUUCGCUCCAUAGGACACACUUUUUCCCCUCCAAAAAUGAAGGGGAAAUGUGUGUGCGUCCCAUGGGGCGAAUGCAGGCAUUCGCUGAAGCCUGGAGAGCGAGAGGGGUCGGUGCGCACCGAUCCCUCUCGCUCUCCAGGCUUCACGCAGAUCUCUGUAAGCUGUGGGAGCCCGCGCCGGGCUCCCGCAGCUUGCGGAGAGUUGCCUGUUCUGGGGGCUGGGGUCGGGGGAAGCUCGGGCUUCCCCAGCCCCACGCCUGGGGGGGGGGAAUAAAAAUUUUUCCCUUUAUUCCCCCCCAAAAAAAACUAGGUGCGCCUUAUGGGACGGUGCGUCCUAUAGGCGAAAAAUACGGUAUUUUAUUGUAGAACAUUUCACUACACCCCUGACAAGAGGGAUAGCUAGGAUAGUCACACACAGAGGACUGACUAGACCUCAAGGGGCCCUGAUUUGGUGCUGAGUAAUUCUCUAGGACCCUGACUUUGUUUGGGUUCGUAUCGUUUGCUCCUACUUGGUUGUGCCGAUUAAUUAGGAGGGUAGGGGUGAAAUAACUGUUCACAUACACUCUGGGAGUUGUUUCUGUGGAACACAUGGCCUGUCAAUUUUUGCACUACGGAUUUGCAAUGCUGCAGAUUUUCAAGCACUGUACUCUUUAAUAUUUUAGAUUCACAUGGACUUUUAAGGACAGUAUGCAGGACCCAAAUGUAACUUGAAAUCUCUAACAUUGUGGGGGGUGGGUGGGAAAUACAGGAGACCAGUGAGGUGUGUGUACUUUGAGUUUCAGCCUGCCAAUACUUUGCUCAAAUAAUGUGAUUUUUUUUUUUUUUGGCAACUGGUUCCUUGGGAGGCUGGUACUGUUUAAUAUUCCGCUGCUUCACUGCUUGCUUCUGCUUUUGUUACUGUGAGUAUGAAUGUCACCUUGAUAUUUUCUCUGUUUUAGGCAAAGUGCUUCAUGGACUUCAAAGCUGGAGGAACCCUAUGUCACAUUCUUGGUGCUGCAUAUAAGUACAAAAAUGAGCAAGGAUGGUGAGUCUUUUUCUUUUCAUCUUUUCCACAGAAUUCCCAAGUCGUGCUCAUGAGCAUGUGGCACUCGCUGCAUUAGUUUUAGGUGGACAGAUGAAAAUGAUUUUAUUUCAAAGAACUUGUAGUUAAAUCAGGUUUUUCAUUGGAAAAUUACUCUCUUGAUUCUUUCCUGUAUGUUGUUAUUUUGUAAUAUAGUGGGUUGGGUCCAUAGAUAAGCAUGGCAAAGUUGACUUUCCAAUAGUAGUAGUAGUAGUAGUAGUACUACUACUACUACUACUACUACUACUAAUAAUAAUAAUAAUAAUAAUUUAUUAUUUAUACCACGCCCAUCUGGCUGGGUUUCCCCAGCCACUCUGGGCGGCUUCUAACAAAACACUAAAAUACAGUAACCUAUUAAACAUUUAAAGCUUCCCUAAACAGGGCUGCCUUCAUAUGUCUUCUAAACGUUUGGUGGUUAUUUUUCUCUUUGACAUCUGGUGGGAGGGCGUUCCAUAGGGCGGGUGCCACUACCGAGAAGGCCCUCUGCCUGGUUCCCUGUAACUUGGCUUCUUGCAGCGAGGGAACUGCCAGAAGGCCCUCGGUGCUGGACCUCAGUGUCCAGGCAGAACGAGGGAGGUGGAGAUGCUCCUUCAGGUAUACUGGACCGAGGCCUAACACACACACACACACACACACACACACACACACACACAGAGGUUCUAUAGAUUCUGUGGGAUCAGGUGGUCUGGCAUGUCCAGGGGGCAGGGUAUGUGUGAAUCAUGUUGUAGCAACUUCCGGAGGCAGAGGAAAGUUUGCUUUCUCUGUCUAGCUUCAUGCUUAUCUGUGGAUCCUAUCUGGUGAUUUUACGUGCCAUUAGAGAACUUCUGAAGCAGAGUGGCAUAGCAUUUUUUAAAUAGUCGCUUGUUUUUCUUUUGACCGCUCACAUUUCCUUUCAGACCUUGUUAGUGUUUCAGAUUCUGGCAUUCACUUCAUGAUGAGUGAGAAUAAAGGAACAAACAGAUGCCCGGAGCAAACAGGGCAAGAGCAUUAGAUCUCAUUCUUCCCUGUAACUUUGAAAAUAAUCUAGCUGACUGCUAUCCUUAAACAAAACACUGGAUUAGGUUUUGGAUUGAGCCAGCGAUGCAACUCUUUAUAUUUUCAAGGCUUGGAGAAGAGAAGAGGAGGAAAGGAAACAGUUUAGUCCAUACACUUGUAUGCAUACAUGCUUCUCCUGUUGCACAUAGGGUCUGUGGUGAAGAUAAUGGACUGUUGUAAUUCCAUUAUAGGGCUGCUUAUUUUCCUUUUGAUGGAUAGCAUUUUUCUGGGGUAUCUCCCUUCCCCCAAAUCCUAGAUAAUUGUGGUUGUUCUCACUGCCUUUGUUUUUUGUCUGGCCUCAUCUUCCUUUCUCUCUCUCCACCCCAUUAAGUUGGGGUUCCUUGGAGUGCCCUAAGUCUAAAGGCUCCCUAGGAAACGUUUCUGUAUUCAUGGACAGAACUUCUGAUGGAAUUGAUGGAAAAAGGUGUUGCCUUAUUAAAUGCACAGGACCAUCACUAUAAUUAUCAGGUGCUGUUAUAGCCCUAAUUCCAUGCAAUGCUGUCUUGAAUUAUCCCAAACAUGUCUAAAGGUUUUUAUCUAUUCUAAGUACUAUAUAAAUAUUUUUUGUUGCAGGCGCCGAUUUGAUUUGCAGAACCCUUCCCGAAUGGAUCGAAACGUCGAAAUGUUUAUGAAUAUUGAAAAAACAUUGGUGCAGGCAAGAAUUCUGUUAAUAAUAAUGAUUAAUUUAUGGUCUUCUGUGUGGAAAUUUAUUUCUAGCUUUAAGGCUUGCUGUGAAUGUGGUCACGGGCCCACCUGUGAACGUACGUAAAAAUUGCAUUUGUAGCUUGCUGGCAUAUCGUCGCAUUAAAAAUAAAGUUUAGCAGGAGGAUAAGGGAAUAAAUGUGUAUGUAAUUAAGAAUUCAGAAAAGGAAGCAAUUAUUUUAAUUUAUAAAGCAGGAUUAUCACUUGUAGAACAAUUAAUUGGCACAAAGUUCUUCAGUCUUGCCUACCUUCACAAUAACCCUGUGAGGCAGAUCAGUCAUGUUUGGGAUACUGCAGCAGAGCAAACAUGAUUUUCCUGGAGCCGUAUGGCAGAGGUGCCAGGUCUGGGUGCCCAUGCUAGCGCACUUGGUUAUGCUUGCAAAAUUCAGUUCUUAAUUUAGUAAACAAUUUAUAUGCUGCUUGGUUAUAAUAGAACCUUACAUGAAUGAACCUCAAAAUAAUAAGUUACAUUUCAAACUGUACUACAAAGGAGGCAUGGACAAAGAAAACCACAAAUGGUGAUCCUAUAGCUCACUUUCUUUUUGGCUGUUGAUACUUCACCAGCAAACCUGCUGGGCUCUGAUGAUAAUUCAUGUGCUGGGAUGUCACCAGCACAAACUUAUCUGAGAGCAGUAUUCUGUUCAACUCACCACUUUGCGUGUAUACCUGAGAUUUAGCUGUCUUCGAGUUCACCUUGACAGAGCUUCUGCAAUAUGAAAACUUCCAUCUCUACCAGCAGAAAUUAGCCUUGUAAAAGAUACUGGCUUGGAUCCAUAGAGAUAAUCAUCAGCAACAACAACAACAAUUAUUAUUAUUAUUUUAUUAUUUAUAUUCCACCCAUCUGACUGAGUUGCCCCAGCCACUCUGGAUUCCCUCUUGAUAAAGCACAUCUAGUGGGAAGUUUACUUGGCACAGCAGAUCCCCAUCCCUUAUGAGAGACUCCUUUGAAAAGUCCCUCAAUUUCAUACAUGGUUUGACACAUGAUGUAGGAGGCGGCUGCUGCUGCAGACAUAGGAAAUCCCAAGCACCUUACAUGUUGAACAUGUUGCAUUGUUUUUGGAAGCUUGCUAUUAUCAUAAAUUUUGACAUUAAAUAUACGUUUAAUUCUAAACAAACACAGCAGAUACUGUUGCUUUCCUGGUUGUGGGAAUAAUGAGAUAUUAAUUGUGAUGGACUGAGCCCUAGUGUGGAAUAAACUAGCCCUGGUGCAUCUUAAUGCUCUUGAACCUUGAUUCUUUUGGUUUCUCAGUUGAACUCUUGGCUGCUUAUAGUGUCUCUGUGCACUGAGCCACAGCUGAAUACUAGCACAGUGUGGGGAAAGUAGAUGGAGAAGUUUUUCUCCUCCUCGUGAUGCUGGAACCAAAUGAGGUUCUCUGGUGAAGCUGGGCAGAGAUUCAGAACAUACAAACAGGAAGUAUUUAUUCAAAUAGUGCAUGCAGGUGUCCCAUCCCCCCAAAACCUAGACAGAAAUUAUAUUCCAGAACCCGUGCGCAUAAGUGGGGAGCAUCCUUUAAAUGCCCUCUCUGCCACACUGUCUCCAAUCCAGACAAAGAAUAGGUAAAGGUAAAGGGACCCCUGACCAUUAGGUCCAGUUGUGGCCGACUCUGGGGUUGUGGCGCUCAUCUCGCUUUAUUGGCCGAGGGAGCCGGCGUACAGCUUCCGAGUCAUGUGGCCAGCAUGACUAAGCCACUUCUGGCGAACCAGAGCAGCGCACGGAAACGCCGUUUACCUUCCCGCUGGAGUGGUACCUAUUUAUCUACUUGCACUUUGAUGUGCUUUCGAACUGCUAGGUGGGCAGGAGCAGGGACCGAGCAACGGGAGCUCACCCCGUUGCUGGGAUUCGAACUGCCAGCCUUCUGAUCGGCAAGCCCAAGAGGCUCUGUGGUUUAACCCACAGCGCCACCCGCAUCCCUAGACAAAGAAUACUGUAUAUAAAAAUAUUCACAACUAGAAUGGAAGCUCUGGGGUCGGCUGGAGGAUGUGUGGGAAAGCAGCUACUGCUGCUACCGCUCUCACCAGCUGUUAGGCACAGAGGCUGAGCAGGCUAAACAAAGCCCGGCUGCACCUCUUUUGGGCUUCCUCUGCCCUCGCAGUUGUCCUCUUUGGGCUCCAGGUAUGGUCCCCUUGCAAGCCAUGAAGACUCUCCAGCUCUCUCCCGCCAUUUCCAGGUUGUGUGUAAUGGAUUACCAUAGUUGUGCUGGUAAUCUCUUUAUUACUGGUUUUUGUUUUUAAUAAAAUGAUCUUUCCUUUAUUUUCUCUUCCAGAAUAACUGUCUGAGCAGACCAACCAUCUACCUCGUACCAGAAAUUGAACUGAAGUUAGCCAAUAAGCUAAAGGACAUUGUCAAACGUCACCAGGUAUUAGGCACAUCAUACAUUUAGCAUGUCAAAUGUUGAUCUGUUUAGCAUAAUUGCAAAGGGACUCAGCACAUAGGAACAUAAUUAUUUCAGACUCUUAUCUCAGGGCUGGAGAACUACUGGCCCUCCAGAUGUUGGUGGCCUUCCAACACCCAUCAACCCCAGACAGCAUGACCAAUGGCCAAAGAUUAUGGGAGUUGUAGUUCAGCAACAUUUGCAGGGCCACAGAUUCCCCAUCUCUGCUCUAGCUAAUAGAAUUUUCUGAAGGAGAUGGUGAUUUGCUUCAGCUUGUGAUGUAGACUUGAGUCAGGUGACUAAAAUGUAUUUCUUGCUCACCUUCAUACAGUAGAUGCUUGGGUUGUGAAUGUGAUCCGUGUGGGAUGCAUGUUUGCAACCCGCAGCGUUCACAACCCACAGCGGCGCGUCUGCACAUGUGCGGGUUGCGAUUUGGCGCUUCUGCACAUGUGCGACCGCCGAAACCCGGAAGUAACCCGUUCUGGUACUUCUGGGUUUCGGCAGUCUGUAACCCGGAAAAACGCAACCUGAAGCCUCUGUAACCCGAGGUAUGACUGUAUAACUGUAAUAUUUCCAUUUUACAUGUAUCUUGUCCCUGUGAAAACCUUUUUGGCACCAUAGGCGUGUUCACAGGUGCAACAUGAUGUCAGAUUGUAAGGCUACAAUCUUGGUGUGAGGUGCCUAUUAGUAAUAUCUUCAUUAUUUGCUACCUUCCAACCUGGGGUCCACAUUGCUCUGGACUGUAGAGUAGGAGCUGCUUUCCUCCUAAGCCCUUCCUCUCUGAGAGAACAGCUAGGGAAGAACUUCAACUGCAGUGGCUGUCUUCUCUUCUCCACAGCUGAAAAGGGGCUCCUGGGGACAUUUGUCCACUGGCCUCAUAAACCUGAAACAAGCACUGGUUGGCUUUUUGUCAUAAUGGCAAGAUUCAAUCCUUGACUUAAUGACGCCAGGGAGUGGAUGUACCUGUGCUUCUGUUAGCUGUGUGAAUUGGAAAGAGGUUCUUUCCUCCCUCUUCUCCCCCACUCCCAAAGGAAAUGAGAGGAACAUGCCAGCAUUCUUCAGUUUUCCUAUUGAAGAUUAACUUCUCUCCCAAAUAGUUGAAGGCAAAGCUGAGAAUACAUAUGUAGAUACAUAUGUAAUUUCAUUUGUAUGCCACCCUUCCACAGUUCAGACCAUCCUCAAGGCUGCUUACAACAUGAAAAAACAUGUAAUUGCAAUGUAACAGAAGAAGUCCUAAGCAAUCUUCCUUUGGUGAUCACUCGUAGCCGAGUAAGAUUGUCUUCCAUAAAGACGGUUUUAACAACGAGUCCGUAAGUGACUGCGGAGGCAAAUUCUGGAUCCACACGUCCAGAUCCACACGCCCUUCCACAGUGGGGACAUUGGUUCCGGGCGGGAGCUGAUCACGGUGUGGAUUUGCCAAGCGCGCCUUCCUCUUGGCAUGUUUCUCCCUUUCAUCCUGAGUUCGAGUGUCUUCAAAGCCUAUGACAUCUUUGGUAAAGGCUGUUCUCCCACUGGAGCACUCACAGGCCAGUGUUUCCCAGUUGUCAGUGUUUAUACUACAUUUUUUAAAGAUUUGCCUUGAGAGAGUCUUUAAACCUCUUUUGUUGACCAUCAUUACGGUUUCCAUUUUAAAGUUUGGAAUAGAGUAGUUGCUUUGGAAGACGAUCAUCAAGCAUCCUAAACAAUAAAUGGAACGUUAAAAAAUACACACCCAAGCGGAACAAUUCCCACAAAAACCAUAAGAUCUCCCUCUUCCCGCAAAAUCCUUACACAGUACACUAGAACAAGAGUCUGUUCAGCAGCCUCAGCUUGUGUAGCUGAGGUCAGUCAGAGUCCCGCCCUCCCAAGCCAGGUGGGAAAAGGCCUGCAAGGCAGGGAGCAGGUCUUCUAGGACUCACAACCAAAAUGGUAUCUAAGAAUAGACUUAAGUGUAUUGUGCUUCUCGCUAAAAGCAGCUUAGUGUUUAUAUAGCUUGUGAAAUCAGCAGUGGAUUACAGCGUAUUAAUGUUAAGUUGUCUUAACACUAAGGGCAGGUGGCAGCAUGUCCACUUAAUCUAAAAUUAUGGCAUUCACUAAAAUGGGCCCUGGCAGAGGUAGAAAAUAUGCUCUUAAAUUUUAUUAAAUAUAAGAAACAGCUUAUUGAUUAAGUAUAGAAAGAACAUCAUGCAAGACAUCAGGUUUCCACAUCGCUGAAAACAACGUUAGGUCAAGUUGAUUUAAAUGAUACUAAUAGAAUGCACUUGGUUUAUAUUUAUUAUAUAUUGAUGAGAUGAUAUAAUAUUUAUAAGAGUCCGCUGAAAAAGAACCCAGCAGACAGGAGUCUUUUGUUUCCAUUGUUAGCUGGAGGGGAUAGCAACUUAGACACCCCCCCCCCCGGCAAGUAAUGAAAACAUUUGCCUAUAGCUUCUAAAACAAAUCUGCAUUUAAAAGGGGUAGGAAAUCUGAAUUGCAAAUGAUGAUGCUUACAAAACAAUUUAUGUAUAAACUGGUGUAUAAGAAAUCUAAUGUGCAGAUUCACGGUGGGAUCAGUGCUGGGUGAUGCUCGUAGUUUAUUUGAAUUAAUAGAUGACUCUCCUGUAUCUUGAAAGAAAGAGGAAGCAGUUUAGACUACUUCACUAGCACUAACGGCUGGAAUUUUUAGGGGUUUUCCUUGGUAAGAAACCAAAAUGGGUGUGCUCUUACUAUGCCCAGAGUCCAGUUGAGGAAAUGGGGCCUAUAGAUCACUACUCCAAUGCCAUCUAGUGUCAUGUUGUAUCCAGGCUCCAAAUAUGGCAUGUUGCUGGGAAAGGAAGGUGAUUCUUUAUGCAUUUAUUCCUUUACAUAUUUCUGAUGCAAUACCUGUUUUUGUUCUUUCCUAGGGCACAGUCACAGAUGAGAAGUCUAAAGCCACCCACCAUAUUUAUCCUGUUCCUACCUCAUUGGAUGAAGGUAAAAUUCAUUCAUUCAUUUCUUACUAGUCACCUCAAGGGUCUUUGGACCAAAAGCUGAUAUAGAAGUAUUCUAAGUAAAUGAAAUAUUUUGUACCAAUCCCAUCAGUUUUGUGAUUAAAAAAAAAACAAAUUAAAAAAAAUAUACUGAGGAGGUGUACUGGAGAGUGGAAAGCAUCAAUUUAUGCAUUAUAAAGAGUGAAAUGAGAUAUGUCUGAACCUAAUGAAUAGUUUGAUCAACAUAGCUUUUUUCAUUCAGUUUACAGACCUUGGAAUGGGGGAAAUUGUUUUUGAGCCUUACCUGGGAUACCACAGAGAAAUAUCUUAAUAGGUUUCAGGGUACUGAGGUUUGUAUAUAACUUCAUUUACACUGUCAGUGCCCACAACACAAAUGAAUACAGGUGGAUAAUACAAUACCCUGCCCCACACAGGGUAGGGUAUUUUAAUUUUGACAGUAGAGGAGAGAAAUGUAGAGAUGAAAUGGUGUAGAGAAAUGUCAAAGGUAAGCAGAAUGAGUCUAAGCAAAUGUGAUUAGAUGUACUUAGGCUUUAUUUCAAUUUAGGAUGAGAAGUAAGGUGUGGGGUCUCACAGUAAAGAUGGGUUUUCCAGGAACAGUUUGGUGCACAUUACUGAUCUGAGAGGACGCGGGUGGCGCUGUGGGUUAAACCACAGAGCCUAGGAGUUGCCGAUCAGAAGGUCGGCAGUUCGAAUCCCUGCGACGGGGUGAACGCCCGUUGCUCGGUCCCUGCUCCUGCCAACCUAGCAGUUUGAAAGCACGUCAAAGUGCAAGUAGAUAAAUAGGUACCGCUCCAGCAGGAAGGUAAACGGCGUUUCCGUGCGCUGCUCUGGUUCACCAGAAGCGGCUUAGUCAUGCUGGCCACAUGACCCGGAAGCUGUACACCGGCUCCCUCGGCCAAUAAAGCAAGAUGGGCUCCGCAACCCCAGAGUUGUCCGCGACUGGACCUAACGGUCAGGGGUCCCUUUACCUUUACCGAUCUGAGAGGAGGUGUCAGGAAGAAAAGGCCAUAAGGGAGAAGGGGGUGGAGUCAUUUAAGUAUCUAUUCACAGAACAGCACCUUUCAAACUAAUAAUUAGCAUGAGAAAUCCCAUUAGAUGUUCUGAGCUUUGCAUAUUGUGAGCUGGUUUGCAUGUCGUGCUAAGCCACCGUUUCGUUUUGAACCACAGCUUACUUCUGGACAUCCCAUUUCUGCCUUGCAAAUGUGACACAAACACUGUGUUAUACAAACUCAGAUUGUGGUUUGUUUGUUGGUUUGAGCAAACCAUGAAUGGUAAGCUAUCUAAAGCAAGUCCAUUAAGAGCAAGCCAUGUCUGCAAUUCCCAGACAUCAGAACUCCCAAUGAAGAGCACCAUGUCCAUCCAUGGAUAGCUCAGUUGGUUAGAGUGUGGUGCUAAUGUCACCAAGGUUGCAGGUUGGAUCCCUGGAUGGGACAGCUGGAUAUUUCUGCACAGUAGGGGUUUGGACUUAGAUGAUCCUCAGCGCCCCUUCCAACUCUUAUAAUUCUAUGACAAUGGGGUUAUUCUAACCACCACCACUCCAAUCCCCUGAACUGAUCCCAAUCUGUUUCGGAGCAACACUAGAUGGCAGCAUUCAUCUGUGUGGAGCUUUGAGCGCACGGUGGCUUCAUCAUCCGUGCUGUGUGUGUUUUGCAUUCUAGUGGUGUCUGUUGAAUUUUCCUAUGUGCUUAAUUCAUUGUGAUGUAUUUUCCGCUGCGUUGUAUUGAAUCUGAGAUUGUUUAAAGGGAGCGGCGAGUCAUUUUUAUUUAGCUGUUGGAAAAAAUUGAGUAAAAUUCAGGUGUUACCCUAAAGUAGCCUCUUGUGCUAGUAGCCUUUUGUCCUGGUCCAUCCAUCUUUUCCUUCUGCAUAAGUGCAAAGCAGAGCUGCUGUAAUGGCAUCGUGAAAAAAGCAUGUAUGAACACGUGCCUGCUUGUUUACACUGUUGUCCUUAUGUGGGUCACCGAGUAUUUUUGACUGAACAUAUUUGCAUUGGGAGGGAAGAGUUCUUUUCUCUCUUCAUCCCACUCAGUGUGGAAAGGGGAAACUUGCUCUUCUCCUAUACCCAGCUUUUGGAUAUGCUGGGUUGAUCUGGGCAGCGUUCUCUGUAUUGAUGUAUUUUUUCCCAUUGCUGUCAACAUUUUUUUUCCUAGUCAUGGUUUUUUUUGGGGGGGGGACCCUCUUCCUAGAAUAAUAGAAUUGUAGAGCUAGAAGGGAUCACAAAGAUAAUCUAGUCCAAACCCCUGCAACGCAGGAAUCUUUUGCCCCACGUGGAGCUCGAACCCAAGACCCUGAGAUUUAAGAGUCUCAUGCUCCACCAAUUGAGCUGCCCCAAUCCUCAAUCUAUCAAUCUAUCUAUCUAUCUGUUUAUUACAGUCAUAGACCAGCAGUGGCUAAAAAUACAAGACUUAUAAUAACAAUAUACAAUAAUUAUAAAAACAAGCCAGAAUAAAAACAGGGAGGCAAGAAUCGCUAACAAACUAGAGUGGAGGUGAGCAAACUUUUUCAGCAGGGGGCCCAUCCAAUGUCCCUCAGACCAUGUGGUGGGCCGGACUAUAUUUUUUUGGGGGGGGGGGGAAUGAAUGAAUUCCUAUGCCCCACAAAUAACCCAGAGAUGCAUUUUAAAUAAAAGGACACAUUCUACUCAUGUAAAAACAUGCUGAUUCCCGGCUGGAUUUAGAAGGCGAUUGGGCUGGAUCCGGCCCCCGGGCUUUAGUUUGCCUAUCCAUGAACUAGAGUUUUGGCUCUAAAAUGAAAACAAUCCAACUGAACACUGGCGAAGGAGAGUCAUGCGUCUGACACACCUUACUGGGCCUGAGCUCAACAGCCCUCUUCCCACUUGUGCUUCCCAAAAGCUGGUAUUCAGAGGAGCACUGCCUCUGACAGUGUUGGGGGAACAUCUUCAUUCUGGCUAGUAGCCAUUGACAGAGUCGCUCCACAUGGAUUGGUCUAACCCUCUGUUGAAGCCAUUCAAGUUGGUGGCAUCCAACUACUGCUUGUGGGAGGGAGCAGAAUAGAUUUGCAUGCCAAAUCUGUGCUAACGUGCGGUGUUUGUAAAAGAGCUUACAUUUUUCUAAGUCUUUCAGCAGAGGAGCUUCUCUGCUGGUGCAGCCUCCCGUCUCUCCAAUGACAAGCACACUCAGGCAGCGGUCUAGACUCCUGUGAGAUCUGCUCGGCCUUGAAAUUCUGCCGUGUCAGCCCGCUCCUCCCUCAGGGGAGGAUAGGAUUUCUCACUUCAAAAAUAGCGUUUCCUCUUUCUGGGAAUGAAGUAUCACUUGAAAGCUGUGCUCCGCUUCCUUUAUCUGGAAGAAAGCACGAUCCUUUUGAGCUGGGCUGAGUGCAGAUUACAAAAAAGAAAGAAAAAGGGGAAGGGUAGGAAUGGUGUUUGGCAGGAUGUUCAGAGGUCAUAAUGAAGGGAGCAAACGUGGGGAGCAGAAGCUGCUCUGUGUGCGAAUGCUGCUUUUGCCCUGGUUCUCGGCCUGAGAAAGUCCAGGGUGGGGGGUGGGAGGGAACAAGAGAGGGAGGAAUUAUGCCAAGAAUUGUGUUACGCUUUUGGAAGCUGGCUGCAUGCAGCGACUGUCUUUCCUCUCCUCUCUCUGAACUCUCCAUGACCUGUCAGCCCCCAGCCAGCCUGAGCCUCAGUAUCUCUGCUUCCCCACAGCAUCCCGUCCUCUGCCACUCCUUGGUUGCAAGAUUGUCAUCAAAAUAGCAUUGGCCAAGUAAAACUGUGCACGUUCAGUUUCCUCCAUUUGCAUGAAAUAGGUUUGAGCUACAAGAUGCUGACAUAUUUUGGUUAAAGGCAGGUUUAAGAAUUGUCCGCAAAAUGUGUGAUUAUCACUGAGUCGCGACAUUUAAAUGCUAUACUCAAGACAAUCUGCCAAAUACAAAGCUGCACAAAGGAACAAUACAGUGGUACCUCGGGUUACAUACGCUUCAGGUUACAGACUCCGGUAACCCAGAAAUAGUGCUUCAGGUUAAGAACUUUGCUUCAGGAUGAGAACAGAAAUCGUGCUCCAGCGGCGCGGUGGCAGCAGGAGGCCCCAUUAGCUAAAGUGGUGCUUCAGGUUAAGAACAGUUUCAGGUUAAGUAUGGACCUCUGGAACGAAUUAAGUACUUAACCCGAGGUACCACUGUACUCAAUAUCCACAGGGCCUCGUUUACUAAUGUUAAACUCCUGUGACCUUGAAAUGAUGGAGCCAACUUAUUUAUUUACGUUUUAUAUCCCUUCAGGAACCUCAAACCGGCUAUCAUUGUGAAAACUCCAUAGAACCACCAGAAUAAAACGUUUCUCAAGUGCAAUUAAAAGCUAGUUAGUAACUUGCUGAGCAGGUUUUCUAGACGAAGGAGUGGGGAUGAAGUGUUGAGGUGCACCAUUAGUGGCAACCCUCAUCACUGCAAAAGCAACAUGUAUACAGUCUCCAACUUCUAGAAAUUUUAAUGGUAAAUAGAUAGGGCUCAGAUUUAAUAGUUUCACUGGAGUAAUGAUAUCUACAGGGACCUUUUGAGGACCAAAGCCUUUGCUCCAAUUGUGCACAGGGCUGCAAUAAGAAUAAAGUGGACUUUGCCAACCCAGUGCCCUCCUUGUGUUUUGGACUACAACUCCCAUCAGUCCCAGCCAGCUAUCCCAUACAGCGGGAACUGAGGUGUUACCAAAUUAAAUUCCUCUUAAAGUUGUUCAGUUUACUUAAUAGAUAAUAGAUGGGGAAUAGUCAGCUCUAAGUUUCCACUGUAAAGCUUUUUCAAAAUAGUUUGCUUCCCUUUUCCCUUUCUUUUUUACACACACAGUUCAAUUUGAUGUUAUAUUCCAUAUUUAUAAUCCAAUUUCUUCCAUCCUUGCUUGUACAAAUAUAAUCUGAACUAACAUUCAGAGGAGGGUUGCCGAAUCUUAAAUGUAGAGAAGAAAACUUUAAAUAAAGAAAUCAUAGUCUCCCCUCCCCCCCAACCAUCUUUUGCACCAAAUAAAGUCUUAUCUCAAGUUCAAACCUUAAAGUCCUUGCAGUUGGUUUUGUUCCGCAGUUUGUGAUCUCAUCUCUUCUAGCAUGCACCUGUACUUUAGUCCAAUGAAGCUCUAAUUAACAGGAGAACCUCUGCUUCUUAAUGGCGGCGUUGGAGGGUUUUCUCCAGGUGAGGUGCUUUUGCACUCGGCGCCUCACUGACCCCUGCAUUCCAUGUACCGAGAUGGACUGCGAGUGAAGUCCGUUCCCCCGCAUCCCUGAGGGAAAUUUCCAGGAAUGAUUUACCCCCCUGUUCUUGUUUUUCCAUGGCCUAUGUUCUCCCACUGUUGUGGGGACUGCCUCCAUUAAGGCAGACCGGAACCGGAAGCCUCUAAGGCCCUCCUUUGGAUGCCCCUGCCAAAUGUGAUGCAGUGGGUGCAACUAGAGAAGACCUUUUCAGGGAUGGCACCCUGGUUAUGGAAUGCCCUGCCCAGAGCGACUUGCCUGGUUAGGGCAUCUGUGUUAGGGCACCUGUGUUAGGGCAUUUUCAUCUUUUAGUGAUUUCCUAAGUCUUUUAUAUAUGUUUGGAGUUUUAAGAAGUGGGAAAUUUUUGAUGUUGCUGUGAACUUUGCUGUAUGGAUGUCAUCAUCUGUUCCUGUUUUACACUUUAUUGUUUACAGGCAAACACUGCUGUUUGGCAGUGUAUAAAUGUUGGAAAUAAAAAUACAGUGGUACCUCUGGAUACGAACGCUUCUGGUUGCAUCGGGUUAUGAGCUGCGCUAACCCAGAAGUAGUUGCUCCGGGAUGCGAACUUUGCUCUGGGAUGCGAGUGGAAAUCGCACGCCAGACGCACUUUCGCUAAUGGUACCUCAUGUUAAGAACAGUUUCAGGAUAAGAACAGACCUCCGGAACAAAUUACCGUAUUUUUCGCCCUAUAGGACGCUUCCUCCAAAUGAAGGCGAAAUGUGGUGUCCUAUGGGCGAAUGUCGCUGAAGCCUGGAGAGCGAGAGGGGUCGGCGCGCACCAACCCCUCUCGCUCUCCAGGCUUCAGGAAGCUCUGCGCAACCCUCGGGAGCCCGGUGCGAAGCUGUGCCAGGCUCCCAAAGGUUGUACAGAGCUGCCUGCAUUCCGAAGCCUGGGGCGCGCUGAAGAGCGCGCCCGGGCUUCGCGCAGCUCUCCGCAAGCCUGGGUAGACCGGUACGGCUCCCUAGGCUUGCAGAUAGCAGGCUGUUCUGGGGUCGGGGGAAGCUCGGGCUUCCCCCGCGCCAGCCCCGUGCCUGGAGGGGGAAAUAAUUUUUUUUUCUUUAUUCCCCCCCCCCCAAAAAAAACUAGGUGCAUCCUAUGGGGCGAAAAAUACGGUAAGUUCAUAACCAGAGGUACCACUAAAUGUCCCUCCUAUUCUGUUCUGUACUACUGCUUGUCUCCUUGCUCCAUGCUGACAAAGCUCUUACCCAGAUACUGAGAACUGAGCCAAUCUGAGCAGCAGUUACCUUCCAACUCUACCUUUGCUGCUUUGUGUGAGCCCUUUGUAGAUGGACAUUCCAUUAAGAAAAUGAAUCUCCAACCCAGCCUCUUGAGAACUCUUCCUUUUGGGAUGACAAAAGUGAAUGUUUUCAAGCUUGUGAAACUGGAACGGUGUUAAAGCUGGAUCACUUUCUGACCCUGAUGGCAUUUUAUUUUUCCCUUUUGCAGAAGAGUGGUUAAGACCUGUAAUGAAGAAAGACAAGCAAGUUCUUGUGCAUUGGGGCUAUUACCCAGACAGGUAAUGACAAGGAUUGAAGUGCCAGCACCCAUUUUUCAAAAAUAUUGCCCCUUGCUUAUCUGGUGGGAAGGAUACAUUCUCUCCCUACCAUUUAAAAUUCAAUGUGGCUGCCUGCACGGAUGUUUGUCCAAGAGCACUGCUGCUGUGACCCCUAUAAAAGGCAAUCCAUCAUUAAAUACAUGAAAUAUCCUCACCUUGAUAAUACAGGAUUGGUUCAGAAGUAACACCAAACCAUGGCUUUCCCUAACCGUAGAGUAGACCCCAAACCAUAUUUUCCCUUCCAAAUAGACAAGCAAACUCCAGUUUGUGUGGUUUCCUUUCCCCUUACCUCCCUUGAUAAUUCACAGAUGCUCUCCCAAACAGCAGCCCCUCAGUGCAGUCAUAACAAACUGCCAUUUUCCUAAACCAUCCUAUGCAGGCUGUCUUCAGACUGUGGUUCAGAUCCUGUUUUGACGGCUGUUUGCAAGCCAUAGUUUUGUCCCCCGUAAUUGUUGGUUCAGGCAGUACAACAAACCACAUGUGAUAUUUUGACAUUAUGUCUGCACAAUCUUCUGCUGAAAGAAGAAGAUAUGGUGAUCUUGAGAAACGCUAACCCACACCAAAAAUCCAUAAUAUAUUCCUUCCUCAUAACUGACUGGAAACUGCCAUCUGUUACACUGUCCACAUCCUUUCAUAAACACACAUUAUGUUAUUUUGGGUCAACUGUUGCAGCCUUUGCCUUGCAAUUGCUUUAUUUUUAUUAAUAGUUUUCAGGAAAUGUUUAAUUGUGUUGUGUCGUUUUUCUUUUAACCGGAUUAGAUUAUAUUAAGUGGCAUAAUUCUUGUAGAAAUAAAUAAUUGCUAAGCUCUUUAAGGUGUUGAGCAGCUGUUCCAUUGAAAUGGUAGCUGAGGGCUCCUUUUGCUCAACUGCUGUGUCUACUGCCUUGCCCAAAGAUAUGUUUUGCCACCAGAUCUGCUAUUUCAUUACACUUAUUUCAACACAUUUUCCCAGCUUCAGCAUACCAUGUCUUUUAAAAGGCUUCCUUCCUUCCUUCCUUCCUUCCUUCCUUUUACAAUGAGUGUGAUGCAAAAUCACUGGAUGCUUUUAUUAUGGCAGUGCUACCAUAAUGAAACUACCUGAGGGAUGGGUUCACAUUGUUGCUUUUGAUUUUCCUUUAUAGCUAUGACACUUGGGUUCAUGCUACUGAUAUAGAUGCCGAAAUCGAAGACCCUCCAAUUCCAGAGAAGCCGUGGAAGGUGAGUGUGUGCUCUUCCCGAAAUUGCGCUGACGUAAUUUCACAGCCUUCCGUUCCCAGAGGGAAAUGGUAUUUGAAAGAAUGCAGCGUGUUGUUUCACACAUGCAGAGUACGAAAGAGGGCAAGCAGUAAGUCUAGAAUAGCAAUAGACAAAGCACUUGUAUUACUAAACCAAAAUAAUUCUUCCCAUGGUAGCAGGAAAAGCUCCCUUUAUUUAUUUACUUAUUAAGGUGUUCCUUAAAAACAUAAACAAUUCAAGUGGUGUACAAAUAGUACAGUGGUACCUCAGGUUACAUACGCUUCAGGUUACAUACGCUUCAGGUUACAGACUCCGCUAACCCAGAAAUAGUACCUCGGGUUAAGAACUUUGCUUCAGGAUGAGAACAGAAAUCGUGCUCCGGCGGCCCGGCAGCAGCAGGAGGCCCCAUUAGCUAAAGCGGUGCUUCAGGUUAAGAACGGACCUCUGGAAUGAAUUAAGUACUUAACCCGAGGUACCACUGUAUAAAAAAAAACCCGAAACCAAUAUUUUAAGACUACAUUAUAAAAUAAUAAAAACACAUGUACAUUGCUUUGAGGUGUUUUUAUUUUUUUACAAUUAAGCUGUAUGUAAAUUUCAUGAAAUAAGUAUAUUGAAACUGCAGAAAGAACUGUUUAGAAUUGAGCUCUUCAAUGCUGCAAAUGGUUUAAAAAUUUAAUGAGAAUUUAUAUAUUUAAGCAAUGCAGUGGGUGGCUCUCAUCUCUCCUGGCAGAGAUAAGCUCCCAAAGUAAGGCAGGAGGGGUUUGCCUGGACUUCAGCUCCUAGCACAGGUUAUCCCAUUACCACAGCACAGGAAUGGUUCUUCGUAAACUAUUUCAUUAACCAGAUUAAAUGUUUGUUAUUGUAUUGCAAGGUCCUUUUGUUUUUAAGGGCCAAUGUAUCAUUAAGAAGCCCUAGUGCUGGAAAUGAGAACUUGUUAGGGCAAAGGAGGUCUGUUUGAUUAAAGGCUUGGAGUUCAUGCUAAUGAUGACAAGGUUCGUAAUUUCUGGAGUCUGUUGAACUUAGAGGCAGUACAACACUGGCAGCCUUAUUUCUGCUUUCAGAAUGAUUAGAGGCCUGUGUGCAGUAGUUGUGAGUGGAGACUGUUUUCAUUCGUUGAGAGAGAAAAAUAAGGAAAUUGUUUCAAUAGAACUGCUUCUUUUCAGAUAAUUGCUGUACUUGUGUGACAACAUGAAACAUUAUUCCCGGAUUCAUUAAUUCAUUUUCCUGCAGUCAGCAGAAUAAUAGUAUUACGUGAUGAGAAUUAAGGUGAAGGAACAGAGGAGAGCUGUGUCGGUGGGCUGGAAAGACUGGGCUCAGGACUCUAGUGCCACAUAAGAUGCUCCUGAACUCUAAUCUUGUUGAAACAAAAGCAAAAGAACCCGUUUUAAAUUUCAGCUUUUUAAAGUUUUGGGCUGGCAAAUUGUACAGAGGUGGGUGCUGUUUCCACUUGCCUUUUGUUGACCCCUCUCUGGCUAUGAACGGAAUAUGCUGGGCUGUUUUGGUCUAUAUCCCUCUUGAGCCCCAGCCAGCACACCCACCCAAAAUAUCUGGAGGGCACCAGGCUGGCGAAGGCCAAGCUAAAUCUCAUGAACACGCCCUGUAUACUGGGAAUGGCUAACUUGUUGGACUCCAGAUUUUGCUGGGCUCCAACUUCCACCGUGGGAAUGUUUCUCAGCUCUGCUACUGAAGAUUAUUUCAACGGUUGCUUUUGCAAACUGAAUUUAAGACCUACAUGAAUAGCAUGUCUCUGUAACCCCUGGAAGGCAACUGUACAUUGUUGGAAGCCACCCAGAACUGCUGGGGCAACCCAGUCAGACGGGCAGCAUAUAAACAAUAAAAUUAUUGUCAUUAUUUUAGUCUCUCUUUUGCAUUUCUUCAUUCUUGGUGGUUUUUGUGUUGCAGUGCUUUUUGUGAUCUGUUUUGUGUUCUGUUCCUGUGUACUACUUGGGUGUUCUCUGAAUGCAGAGCAGUUUACAAAUUCUGAAAAAUAAAAAUUAAUGUGGAAGUAAGGAGUUCUGACUUUAUUGCUUGCUGCAGUUGUUCAUAACGUGGAUUGCAAUAAUUUUUUAAACAUGUGUUUUCAUAAUGAGAGGAGCCUCAAUGUCUGAAAUGCACUCUGUGCCUGUGUGUUGUCGCACUUGGUUUUGCAGGUUCAUGCUAAGUGGAUUUUGGACACAGAUGUAUUCAAUGAAUGGAUGAAUGAAGAAGAUUAUGAAGUAGAUGAGAACAAGAAGUUGGUCAGCUUUCGCCAGCGUAUCUAUAUGAAAAAUGAAGAAGUAAGACUUACUUAUUUCAUAUGAUGGAUGCAAUGUAGAAUAACUGCAUUAGUUGGGUGUUCUUUCGUUUUACUCUGCUGCUAUACCUAAGCCGAUUGUCUGGUUCUCGAAGAAAUGCCAGUAUUCUUCUUGAAAUUAGUGUGGGACUUAGCUCUAUGACUCAAAUUUUCCUUAAAAUGGCAAGUGAACAAGCUAAGUAUAGCUGGCUUGGGAGGAGCCAGGGACCAGUUCUGUUGACCUUCCACAGGCCCAUCUAUUUCUCAUCUUCGGGUCUGCUGGAGCCAAGAGGGGUUUUUAGACCAGCUAACUUUGCUUGAAUCCCUUUGACUAGUUCUUUCCAUGGGUGUGGGUGUGGGUGAUGUGUCAGUUUUUAUCUGCAGCAGGUCAUAUGUUGAAGUUUUAUCCUACCUUGUUUCCUUAAGUGGAUUUUUGCAGUGCCUCUUUAAAGGGCUGGGUAGUACCCUUAAGUAGUUGGCAGCCUCUUCCUUACUAAGCAAAAUCUGACAGUGCUAGGCCCUGGUAGAUAGCAAAGUGCAUCUUAGUUCUGGACAGGUUAUGCCUAUCGCUGAUGACCUUCCCCCCCCCUCGUGACAGCCAGUCCAUAGCCCUGAACGGAGAGAUAGGAAGGCAGCCACAGGUGCCAGAAAACGGCGGCACUCCCCUUCACCACCACCUCCUCCCACCCCAGCAGAAUCGAGGAAGAAAGCUGGAAAGAAGGGGUGAGUAGUCUGCAGCUCCUGCAGUUUACAAUAAUUUAUUUCUGAAAUAUUUGAGGGAGAGAGAGAUGAGCCAGCAGCUCGGCUCAACUCCACAUUUACAGCGGCCUGCUAAGAUGCCGUCUCCUUGAGUCCAUGAAUGUUUAAUGCUGCACAUUGAGCUUCAUUCCUUGAUCAUCCAAGGGGAAUGUACCUCCUGCCAGUAGAAGAAAACUUGACGCAGUCAUUACUUCCAAUCUAAUGAGCGCCUCACAGUUGACAUGCGGAGACCAUUAAUAAGCAAAUUUACUUCUCAAUAUGGCAAAGUCUGUCCUGAUGUAACUCUGUUCUUUAAUACAGUUGUCUGUGCAGUUGUUGAACGUAAAAAACGACAACUGUUUUCUUCCUUGUAUGAGCCUAAGCUAUUGCACACAUUAUUCAUAUUUGAAAUUUAUGUGUGACUUUUCUGCCAUACGCCCCUCAAAGUAGCUUAAAUUAAGACAGUUGAACAGCAUCAUAGUGUAUGUAAUUUUUUAAAAGGAAGCAUUAUUGAUUAGGAUAACAGCUUUCUCCAGAAAUGAAUUCCUGAAAUUCUGAAAGCCGGGCUCUUCACUAAAGAUCCAGUCUAGUGAAUUAAUCUUCUCUUGUUCAUGGUGGGUUGAAGCAGAGUCCUUAUUCUGUCCUGAUUUCCUGUACUAUGUGUACACACGCAAAAUGGGCUGUGCCUUAGACUGAGCCCCUGCUAAGCAUGACCAUCUCCUUAGCAGGGCCCCACACUUCCUUUUCAGUGACCUUGUAUCAGGAAUAGCUGGAUUCAGACAGACUCUCUUGGCCCUUCAAACCACGUCUCUGUUAUACACACCAGAUCUGCCACUUAAGAUUAUAUUAUGAAUGAUUAAUGGUCUGUUCUGGACUGACGACAUUAAAAAGGCUCAAAUGUGGCUCAGUGGGUGGGCAGAGAAGCUUGAAGAAAGGAGGCCAUAAUUGUCUACCCCUCCUUUCCUUAUUACAAUUAGACUUACCCCCAAUUCCAUAUCUCCUAAAACCCCAUGCCACAAAUGGAGAAGAAUGCAUUUGCCUGCAAUCGCUAAUUUCUGCCAGGCGUAUCUAUCUAGUCCCAGAAAGUCACACCACUACAAAAUGAAUACUAUUAGCUUCAGAAUAUUAAUUAGAAAUUCGUUGGAGUUGGAAGGUACUCCUAAGGUACCAGGUAAAGGUAAAGGGACCCCUGACUGUUAGGUCCAGUCACGGACGACUCUGGGGUUGCGGCGCUCAUCUCGCUUUACUGGCUGAGGGAGCCGGCGUACAGCUUCCGGGUCAUUUGGCCAGCAUGACUAAGCCGCUUCUGGCGAACCAGAGCAGCGCACGGAAACGCCGUUUACCUUCCCGGCAGAGCGGUACCUAUUUAUCUACUUGCACUUGGACGUGCUUUCGAACUGCUAGGUUGGCAGGAGCAGGGACCGAGCAAUGGGAGCUCACCCCGUCUCAGGGAUUCGAACAGCCGACCUUCUGAUCGGCAAGCCCUAGGCUCUGUGGUUUAGACCACAGCACCACCCGUGUCCCAAGGUACCCAGUACCUUAGUCCAACCCGCUGCUAAGCAGGAUUCUCAACCAAAGCAUCCAUGACAGAUGGCCAUCCAGCCAGAAAUAUUGUGGUUUCUAUUCACCUAGUGAAUAUCACUGCCCAGAACUUUCUUAUAGGUCCAUGGGCUCUGCCCAUACUUUUGAGGUGCAGUAUCACAGUAGUACAGAAUGUAGCCGAUGCAGCCAUCUGUUAGGAAACCAUUAGGUGACUUGUUGUUUGUGCUUAAUUUGUCACAGGCAAGCAAGUCUGUAUGGGAAAAGGCGAGGGCAAAAGGAAGAAGAUGAGCAAGAAGAUCUUACCAAGGACAUGGAGGAUCCAACCCCUGUGCCUAACAUAGAAGAAGUGGUACUUCCUAAAAAUGGUACAGUGUUCCAAAUACUUGCCCCGUGACUGAGCUGUCUCCGUACCAUGGCUUUUGCCAUGUCUUGUUUGUUGAUGCUGAUGAUGGGUAAUCUUGAUGGAACUGAACUGGACUUUUUGCAUAAAACCUGGGUUUGAGUGACUGCUCUUGCAGAGCACAACACAUUCUUGCCAUGCGUCCAGAGAUAUCUCUCCAACGCAGUGUUAGAAACAGAUAUGAAAGCUAGGAGCUAAAUGGCACCUUAAAUCGAGAUUAUGAGUGCAACAACAGAAUGUCUAGCCACACUUUUUUUAUAACAAGAAUACAGAGCUGAAAACGAAUGAAUAUUACAUUCAUUUUUCACAUAGUCUAGUCCUUCCACUGCCCACCCCCCUAAUAUUCUUAAGAGGGUCUCUUCUCCAGUCUUCAGAGGGUAGCUGGAAAGGGGGAGGCAGAAAAAGUUCCUCCUUUCCUUCCAUUCUGCAGUUUUAAUCUGAAAUCUUAGGUGCGGUACUGCACCCAGAGCUCAGAAACUGCUCAUGCUAAUGACAUUUCCCUGUCACAAAAUGCGCCUAGAACAAUGGGAGUUUCGAACACUGCUCCAAUGGUGCACCCAUCAGGCUUACUCACAGAGAGCAGCUCUUUGCACCUCUCCUGCAUUCAAAGCAGAAGGGGGAGUGUGUGUGUGUCCAAUCCUGGAACUCAGUGUAAUAUGAGCAUGAUUUUGGAGAUUUAGGAAUUUCCUGUUUCUUAGGGUCCCCCCUGCCCCAAGAAUUAAAGGCCAAUCUUUGCUUCCCUUUGUGAAAACGAUUGUUCAUGUUAAAAGUCUUAAGGUGAUAUGUUCAAGCCACUGCUGGAGUUGACCUGCAAAAGAGGUGGCUCAACUGCCAAUUCUUCCAUUCUUUCGUCUCUCCUUCCUCCCGAAGCAAGCCUGACAUUCUUCUCCUAUCCAGAACUUCCUCCUUCUUCCUUCUAAAACUGCCUCCUUUGUCUGUGUUUGCAGACCGUAAUUGGCUCACAGUUAUGUGAUCAGCUCCACUACCCAGAUAUCUUUUCCCUCCCUCCCAAUGGAUAAAUCCCCAGCUGCCAACAUAAAUGUUUGUUUUCCCCUGAAUAUAUUGUGGAAGUGCAUUUGGUUUCCGUUGCUUCGGAGCAUCGAAAAUAUCUAGUCUGUAUUUUGAUCUUGAAUAAACCCCUUCAGAGCUGGCUUUGUGUACAUUUUUAGCUGUUGGAAAGAGGAGUGUGUUUCCUCAGCAAAAUGUGUGCUUAAAAGAUAUACUGCCAUAAUACUCUGCUGAUCUGGAGCUGGAGCUGCCUGAUCGGUUAUUGGAAGGCUCUGUUCCUUAUCUACCAUCAUCUUGUUUAGCACAAGAUGUAGACAAGGCACCAGAGACUGUUCUAGACAGAUGACUGUCAGAAACAUGGGCAGAAGCAAUGGGCAAAAAGUAACAUUUUCAGCACUGGGCAAGAGAGUAAUUUCCAGAAUGUGUAAGAAUAAUAGCUCGCCGCAGUUACUCACAAAGGACCCUUGUGAGAACGCAAAUCAGUUUUGCCUGCAAGCUGACAGCAGUGCCCCCUGGGCUUGCAGCAGGCGUGGCGCCCAUCAACCUCUUCUGAACUGCGGUGGGCAGAUCAGCAAAGUAAACAGUUAAAUGUAGCAAGCUGUGAAUACACAACUCCUGGUGCAGGAAUCCUACACCCAUGUUUAUUGGCCAGUCUUCUCCUUGGUUUCCUGCAGAGCUGGAACAAGGAAGUGGCUUCUGUCCCCCCCGCCCCCAAUCUCUUGCACUUGCAGGUCUCCCACUUGACAGGCCUUGAGCAUGAAAUUUUAGAAGUGUUUCAUUAGGCUGGCGAAGGAGUGGCAAGGCACAAAGGCAGUGCUGAUGUCUGCAGUGCAGCUUACUUAACUCCCCAUUGCGUGGGCACUUCAGUCUCAAGCCACAAAACAAUGAAGGUCUAUUGUUGAAGCAAAGGUCUUUCUCCCAGUUGUGUCUUGGAAGUCCUACACUACUCAUCAUGGUAGCUUAUGUAUAUGCAGAUUUUAAUCUGAUUUUAGUUGUUAUUUUAACUUUUUGAAAGUAAUUAUUAUUAAUAAUAAUUCUUAUAGAUAGUUGUAUUGCUUUAUCUCUUUCAUAAACCGAUUCAUGAGUUUUUCUAAUAAUCAAGCAGUGUAUCAGUUUUAUAAAAUAAGUAACUUCUAGCUUCUAUGAAAUAAGUAACUCUGAUUCUUUGGGAAUCAGAGGUGGAGAGAGUUCUGUUGCUCUCAGGUCCUGCUUGCAAUGAUCUGCUUGGCCAUUGUGAGAACGCAGUGCUGAACUAGAUGGUUCUUUGGCCAGGUCCAGCAACUGGCCCCUUCUUUUUGUUCUUUGGGCAAAGAUUUUCAGUGGUCUCAUGUCUUACAAGCCUGGGAAAGUAAGACUCAACUGUAAGAGUGACUUGAUGUUCCAGGCAAGAACCUGCUUUUCGAAAUAACUACUUAUAGCAAGUCUGAAUAGAAGGCUUGAUGGUUCUUCUGUCGAGUAUUGCAGUAGUAGGACAGUGUCCUUCAAAAUUGCUGUUUGUAGAGUAGCAGGUCAGUCUGCUGGGCUUUGAUCAGGAGGCCUUGGUCAUCUGGCCUCAACUUAUAUGCAGCCAGUCCUAGUCUUUGCUCAUGAGGUUUUUUUAUGAGAACCAGAAACAUAACUGGAUGAUCCUAAUGAACUGCUCACUGCCUUUCAUCCUAACAUUGCCCAGCCUAACCCUGAGUUCUUUAUUUAUCAAAUGUAAUUCACCAACAAAUGCAAAGGAAGAUUGUUAGCUUGGGAUAGGGGCUCAUUGUGUGCAAAGCCAGUUAAUGAGAAAAUGUGGUUCAUAACCAUAUGAUUGAUGGUGGGGAGAGUGAAGAGGUGGCUAGGCUACCUUUGCAUAAUGUAACAACCCAUGCAGUGUUACUGCAGAGAAUGCACAGCCUGACGAUCUCAAUCUUGUUUAAUUUUUACAGUAAAUCCAAAGAAAGAUAGUGAAAACACUCCGGUGAAAGGAGGAACAGUAGCAGACCUUGGUAAGUUCUUUGGUUGGUUUUUUUAAAUGAUAGAUUUUCCCCUCUUCUUUGAGGCUGGCAUCUAUAUUUGCUUUGUAACUCAGCCCGUUCCAGGGGUGUGUGUAAAAGCAAUUUUCUGUAGAGGCUUAUUCUUACUCUCUGGAGGGCUCUCAUUCUAAAGGAGGAUGCAGAAGGUAGAAGCCUCCAAAAGGCUGCCAGACGAUUAUUAUUUUUAAAACUGCCCCGGGCAUUUAAAAUUAUCUCUGUAGGUAGGGGAAGGGUGAUUCUUCACUAAAAUAGCUGACACUGCCAUGGCAAGUCUUUUUAUAUCCUGCCCUACUGAAACAAUGUUCAGGGAAGCUCACAUUUCUUCGAGACAAUGCCACUAGUGUUAACUGAACCUUCACAAUUUUUCUGACAGUUACAAAUCACAGCCUCACAAAUGAAACUGGCUAUUUGUUAAAUGCAUUUGAAACAGUGUGAGUCCCAAAAAUGUUUGUAAUUUCGUGGGUUAAAAAUAAAAUAAGGUCUUAGAUUAUUUUCCCUAAAUAUCUGCAGGUUGAAGCAUGCUUUUCCAAGCAGGGUAGUGAUAGAUUUGUAGCUGUAACUGGCGAAAAGCUUUUAUGGCUACCCAGCUUGUCUUACCUUUAGAUGGGAAGGAACCCCAAGUAGGGGCCUCUCAUUAAGGGGUCUUAAUGGGCAGAUGGUCUCAUAUGGAGUGAGACAUGGUGGAUCAAGGCCAAGAAAGGCUUUAUAGGCCAGGAGUUCAAUAGCCUCUGACUUGCUUUUUUACGUCACUGAUUAUUUAUAUUAUGCUUUCCAACCAAGAGGGCUCCCAAGGUGGUUCUUAGGAAAAAACAGAUAUAUAGAAAUACAAAAAUGCAAAUACAAAUGAUACCAAUUCAAUAUAUUCCAACAGUGUUUUAAAACAAUGCACAUCCGUGUUACUUCCAAAAAGGCAUUCACAACAAAAAUGUUAAGGGAAAUCAAGGAUACUUAAGCAGCGUCUUUACCUUAUUAAGGUCAGGGGAAUGGAGCAAGGCAGGAGGAAAAAGUGGUGCCCAGUGAUGGUCCCAGCAGACACUCCCCUGGGCACCCCUCCUCUCUUCCCCACAGGGCCACUGAGCCUUACAAUGGGCAGGAGAAGGGCCACUCCCAGCUAAAGCAGGAACAGGCAUGAUGGUGGUGAGUUGGCUCCCUGCGUCCCAUGCCACAGGUCCCUUUCCCGGUCCGGGAAAAAGAUGGGAUAUAAAUAAAUGCAAGAGAAUAAUAAUACAAGGCUGCUGCUUAAGCAAGUGCCCAUUUACUGGCCUUUAUGGAAUAUACCCUUUCUCCUUUUCUUUCUUCUGUGACAGGCUCAAUGUUUGCCAGGUCACAUGACUUCUCUAGCAAUGGCUUGUGCAUAUUUUUCUGCUCUUGUUCUUGCUGCAGUUAUUGCCCCGUUGAGGCGCAAUGAUGGUAAAGCAGCCUUCCUUGACCAGGCGCCCCCCAGGGGUUUCGGGCUGCAACUCCCAGCAGCCUUAGCCAACGUGGCUGUGGGGUGCUGGGGCUGAUGGGAGUUGUAGUCCAAAACAUCUGGAAGGCACGAGGUGUAAAGGAUCGUUAGUUGUGCCGUUGUGUUUAUUUCUCUCUGCUCAUUUAUUUUGCAGAUGAGCAGGAUGAGGAGACGGUCGCCACGGGAGGAAAGGUAAACUGCUAGCUUUUCAUUUAGAGAAGAAUGAGUGAAAAUGAACUAAAGUGCAGCUUUACCUUAUGUCACUGUAAUGUCAGGUGGGUAACCCUGCCCGCCUGCCAAAUUGGGCCCUCCAGCAGUUGAGAAGUUUCAAGAUUUGGCCUUGUGGCCAGAAAACGUUUCCCACCGCUGCCCCCUGACAUCACUAUGGCCUUUUGAACUUUUUUUGUGCUCUGCACAGCCAAUAACUGCCCUCCCAAACAACUCUAUAUCUUUCCUCCUGCAGGAAGACGAAGAUCCCAACAAAGGUGACCAGAGCCGCUCGAUAGAUACCGGAGAAGACAAUGUCACAGAACAGACAAAUCACAUCAUUAUCCCCAGCUAUGCAUCCUGGUUUGACUAUAACUGGUACGUUCUAGGGUGUAGGGAGCCAGGGAAUUGUCACAGGUCCAGAGUCUGCUGUGUGUGACAGCCACUUGCAUGUUAGCUUGCCCUCAUGUUCCUGUGAUGUAUUUCACAGGAGUGAAAACUACCUUAAUCUGAAAGUUGCAGCCUUUGACAUUAACCUUCCUUUCCACUCUACGUCACAUAUUUUCAUUUUGUAACUAUCUCAGCUAAACUGGCCUCUAUGCACCAUUUGUUGCAAACCGUUCUGGAUGCUAGAUAACUUGGCCCAGGUGUAACCCAGGAAUCAUAUGGCCAGUUAAAACUAACCUUGCCUUCUGCCUCAGCAUGGUGGGCCAUGACCAGUUUAAGCCUGUAGACUGGCUGUUAGCAGCUUCCUGCCUGGAAGGGCUGUUAAAUAAAUGAAACAAAUCUCUUUGUAGAGCUCGGCACUACAGAUGUUCAAACCAGGUUGGAUAGAUGUUGUGCUUGGGUUGCAAGAUGAGCUGUUUCUGUUCGCUUUGAAUGGAUUCUGAAGUGCAGGGAUAAAGAAUGGGGUGCACCCAUCCGCUUCUUCCCUCCUCCCUAAAUGAAGGCAGCAUGCCCUAAAUGUGUGUGUUGAGGUCACUUUCUCAGCCAAAACAGUAGAUAAAUCCAUAUCGCUGCUGAAUAUAUAAUAGGUGUCAGGCCCUGGAACCUGAGAGUUUUAUCCAUCGCUGCUGUGCUGCUCAUACAAUGGACCUUCCUCUCCACACUCCACUCCCCUGCAGCCCCCCUACACACCCUCAAAAUCUGCUCCAGAAGAUUGUUGACCCUCAGAACUGAUCUGGGGAGGGAGGGACUUGGGGAAAGGAAAGGAAGUGAAAGUCCCAUUGUGUAAAUUGAAUACCACUGAGAUAGCGUUCGAUAAAACACUAAAUCUUCUGCAUUAUGGCUUAUCUUAGACUGCACUUAAUUUUGUACACAUGUAGGCUUUCUGAAUGUCAGAGUUAGACCUUCACUGCCCAUUGAAGUGAUGAUGAUGAUGAUUAUAUUUUUAUUUAUUUGUACUCUUCAAGGCAGCUUUUACACAUAAAAAUAAGAACCAAAUUAUUCCCAAUUCCUUUAAAGAAAACUGAGUGGCACACUGAAUACCCCCCCUAAAUUUUUGUUCCGCAUUUUUUCUCUUCCUUGCUGCUAUGGGACCCGUCUUCCUCAUGCAGUUGUAGAUAUGAAUAAAAUCAUGUCUGAUGCUUCCGGCACUGAAGUGCCUUGCUCUGACGUAUGUGGACGCAGCUUGUCUAAUGGCUGUCUGGGGAAAGUGUUUUCGUAUCCAAAGCAUGCCCAAGCACUUGUAACUAGGCUAGACACUACCCUCUAAACGGAAUGCAAAUUGGCCUGGUAUAAUUGCCGUUCCGAGACUUGCGUCAUUUGGUUGCCAAAAAGGAGGAGGUAUUUUUACAUCCAUGUCCGCCUGUUUCCCUUCAUUUCUGUGGUGAAUCUUUCAAACGUUAAAUCUUGUGUUUCAACCAAGUCAGGCACGACAUGCCAGAGAUAACAUUCCUCCAGAAGCAUAGGAUGUGUAGGUAUUCUUUGCCAUUUGUCCUGUCCUGCUAAUUCAAUUAACCAUUUCCAUAUACAGCUUUUAGUGCUAGAGAGGAAGGGUGUUUCUUUAAUUCAAAGCAAAUUUUGAGUCACUUUUCCUCCUAAAGCCUCCAGUGCACUAUAUCAAUUUAAACAUGAGGCAAUAACAUUUGUAAUAAAAACCUGGGUACCAUAAAUAAAAGGGAUGCGGGUGGCGCUGUGGGUUAAACCACAGAGCCUAGGACUUGCCAAUCAGAAGGCCAGCGGUUCGAAUCCCCGCAACGGGGUGAGCUCGGUCCCUGCUCCUGCCAACCUAGCAGUUUGAAAGCACUCAAAGUGCAAGUAGAUAAAUAGGUACCACUCCGGCGGGAAGGUAAACGGCGUUUCCGUGCACUGCAUUGUUUGCCAGAAGCGGCUUAGUCAUGCUGGCCACAUGACCCGGAAGCUGUACGCUGACUCCCUCGGCCAAUAAAGCGAGAUGAGCGCCGCAACCCCAGAGUCGGCCACGACUGGACCUAAUGGUCAGGGGUCCCUUUACCUUUACCUUUACCAUAAAUAAAAUUAACACAGCACCAGCAUCAGUAAAGGAUGCUCAGGUCUAUUACCUUCAUGUCCUGCUGUUGGGCUUCCGCUGAGAAUGUGGUUUGCCACCGUGGGAAACUGAUGCUGAUCUGAUCCAGCAUGGCCUGCUUUUCUGUUCCUGUGUGUUAAAAGUCAGUGGCCCAAGCACUCUUGGGGGAGAAGGUCCUAACACUCAGCUCUGGCCUAAAUCCCGAGAAACGCCUUCUAUAUAUGCAGCUCUGUUAUGGGAGUGGGGGCAGUUGAGGACAAUUAAAGUAAAUGCAUUUGAAGACCUUCAAGUCAGGAACUUCUGUUAAUGGCAGUCUCUCUUGGAGGCUAUUAAAGCAAUUUGUGGAAGAAAAUUCACAUUACCCAAUUAUUUUCGACCUAAUCUUUCAAUAAAUGAACUAGCCUUUCGAUCGUUCUCUGAAAUAGAAAAUCCAUUUCAUAAUUCAAUUGAUGGUAAAGGGAUUAUAUCCAGAACACUGCACAUUGUGGUGUGUUGCAGAUAAAGUAGAAGAAUGCUCUGUAUGUUAAAGGAAUUGGGAGCAGAGCUGAAACCUCAAGAUCCAUAUAUGUUGAGUUGGUGUGUUUUGGUUUUUUGUUUUGUUUUGUUUUGUUUUCUUUAUUUCUUAGCUUUGACAUGGCUGUUUGCUACAUCCCAUAAUGUGUAAAGCAAGCACUUUACUGUGGACAUUGUGACUGUCCUCCAACUCUAAGACUGUAACAUAUUGAAGUCAAUAGUGAUGCUAUAAUAGCAAAUCCGAAAGCUAUGGGUUCCUGCAGUUGUGACCAAUACUACACUUCGUUCCAAACUUAUUUUCCUGCAAAUGUAGAUUCAGAAUUUUAUUCCCUCCUCCUUUGGUAUUAGUGAUCUGGAGACUCUUAAGGUUAAAUAACUGUUUCUUAAACCUAUAUUUAUAGAAAAGGUCUUGUCUUGGAUAGAUGUCAUGCUGUUAGCCGUGGCUGCUUAGUUCAUAGUGUGUGAUCAGUGUUGAGUGAAUCUUGGCAUGUUCUACAGUGACCACAUUCCGCUUUUCCUCCUGACACAGUAUUCAUGUAAUCGAGCGCCGUGCUCUUCCAGAAUUCUUCAACGGGAAAAACAAAUCUAAGACCCCAGAAAUGUAAGUAAAAGCAGAACAAUGUAAGCAUGUAUUGUGUCUCCCUUUUUGCUUAUAACAGGCACAAUGGUUAUUCCCAGGGCAAUUACAGCCAGGUGCAGAUGUAACAAUUUCUGACCUCUUGCAAUGGGGCUUUUGACUUGCUCUUCAGCUUGGCAGUUCCCUGACACCAUAAGCGGCUUUUCCUGCAUGCAUGCCUGUCUGAGACAGCAGAAGGAAUCCAUCUUGGAUCUUUCCGUGUGCUGCGGACACUGUCUUUAGAAGCAACUCACUCAGAGGCAAGUAAAGUUUUUGAGGGCUGAGUGCAGUCUGCAUAAUGUAAGGACAUGGAAGUAAAUACAAAGUUGGUGUUGGAAAGACGGGUUUGGAGAAACGUGGAGUUUGUGUCAAUUUCAUAAGGAUUUCAUGCCAUGCUGAAAUUCUGCGUGUUUUGGGCCGUAUCCAAUACUGUAUCUCUGCUGGUCCAACAGACCCCCAUGAGCAGAAGAGAGCUUCCUCUUUUGUCCUCUCCUGCCCCUUCUCCCACCAUCAAAAUCUACUCCUGAGGUUUGGAAUUUUGAUAGAAGCAGGAGUCAUGAGGCUUCUUUUCCUUGACACAAGAGUUUGGGGGGGCAUCUGCCCCUAUCCUCCACUUUGGAUGAUCAUUACGGGUUUUUGGUUUUUUAAACUAUACCUGCAAACUGUCUCCUCUUCUGUCCUGUGUAACACAGCUAUGGACAUUCCUUAUUGUGCACCAAGCAGCCUUCCUCAAUGCUUCUGUGCUCCCAAGGGUUCACUUCCAAAUGAGAAGGAUGGGAAGGAUUGUGUCGAUGAACACUUUUAUUGUGUAAAUAAUGUUGUCUUGUCCUGUCUUUUCCUCUUUUGAUUUUUUUUAUACUUCAUAUCUUUGUUAUUUCUUUAUUUUCCUCUUUUUUGUUCCUUUAGAAAUUUUCUAUUCUCUACAUAAUUUUCUUUUUACUCAUAUGUGAAGAGAUAGCAUAUAAUGUUUGUAUAGAUAUGUAAAUUUUUAAUCAAUAAAGAUUUAUUUUUUAAAAAAAGCAUUCAUUUCCAAAGCCUGAUUCCCUCCCUCCCUCCCCCCCCAAAAAAAAUAGUUGGAUGGCUUUGGGUUCUUGUGCCUGGCCUGGCCCUCCGGGCGGGGGGGUUAGAGCUCCAAAUAAAAUAUAUUUUGCCAGAGGCUGUAGGUUCUGAGAUGCUGUUUAAAUCCGGUAAUGCAGGAGAAAGAGGCCUGCCUCCCUAGGAGCCAGGCUGAGAGGUUUUGCUGCCAGGCAUCUGGCUUACAUCCAAGAGAGCAGUUUUAACCUGCACUUUUUUAGGGAUGGAGGCACCAAGGAAAGUACUAAGAGACACAGCUCACCUGGGCUUUACUUUGCAUUGGUUAAUUUUUUCUGCGCAAAAAUGAAGUGUUUAGAAGAUGAAUCAUUAAGUGGGCCAACAAGAUAAAGAGAAAAUGUAUUUCCCUUACAUAACGGAAAUAGCUGUCGGAUAAUAUUUUCCUGCUUUCUGCCUCCUGAGCCCCGUAGUUUCUAUCCUGUAUCCCUCUUCUUAAUGUUUGCUGUUCUCUCCCUCUCCAAUUUUCCUUUCCUUUUCUUCUUUUUGUUCUCGCCUCCACCCCCCACCCAGUUCACCAUGGAAGAGUGCGGAAGGAAGCAGGCUGAUAUCCCAGUUGGUCUUCCUCAGCUGCUCUUCCAUGUGUGAAACCCUCUCAGGCUUACUGCAUAAGGGAAGUGGCCUUGGAAUAGCCGGCACCUUCCUGCCCCAGAGGCGCCCUCCUUGGUGCCUCUCUGUAAGGCUCCACUGAACUGAAACUCAAAACUUCUUCUGACGCCUGGGUUGUAACUAAAGGUAUGUGUCCUAUUAGUAAACCGAGGACACCCAAGUAGAUGAGACAUGGCGUAAAAGCUGCACAUUGAAGCCCUCAUUUCCCCUUCUUUUUUUUUGCUUCAGUCCCUAGUCAAAGCAGGCCUUGGUUUUGAACAUAACAGGAAUUGGUUUGGUUUGAAAUAGGUCAGCGUGUCUGUUCGAUUCAGAAAAGGAGAUUGAAGGUGUUUGUUUUGCUUCUCUAUAUACCUGUCCUCAGACAGGUUGUUAAUGAUCAACCACAUAGUUAAAUUGUCAAUAUUACCUGAAAAACCGCCUCCUUCCCUGUAGUAGUUUCUUCACCCUCAGAAGUUCAGGGGGCAGGAGGGUUGGCAGCAGCCUGGGAGGGCCUUCUCUAUGGUGGCCCCUAAGUUAUGGAACUCCACCCCCACAGAGGCACCUGUUCGCCCUGGCUUUUGACACUUGAGGUGCAUAUUUUUAGGGACCACCUUAUCUUUGUGACUGUAAGCUGCUUUAAAUUGUUUUUAGUAUUGCGUCGUAACCUGCCCUGGGACCUUAGGAUGAAGGGCGAGUAAUUCAGCAUCGUAAUAGCCUUCUCUGUUAAAGAGACCCUAACGUUCUCAAGUGACGCACAGUGGGAAAGUGUAUCCAUAUUAUGUCUGUGGAUUUCUUUCCAGAUACUUGGCUUACCGCAAUUUCAUGAUUGAUACGUAUCGCUUAAACCCUCAAGAGUACUUGACUAGCACUGCCUGCAGAAGGAACUUGACUGGAGACGUUUGUGCAGUAAUGCGGUAAGUCUUGCUCUACUUGGCUGCAGGUGGAACAGGAUCUUAAACUCAGCAAAGUGUUUUUUUUUUUAAUCAUCCCUUUCAAGCUAAAAAUCCCAUUGUUCAAAACUUCAGGGUUGGGGAAAUAUUGAGGGAUGAGCACAUUAAUGCUUGAAAGACGAAGAACAUGUACUCUAUGCCCAAAUACAGCCAUGCAUUUUCUUACCUGUUGCUUUUUCUGUCAGCUGACCUGGAGAGUAUCCAUGCGCAGAGUGUUUCUAAGGCAGUGUGGGAAAUGGAAGGAAGAAGCUAUUCUUGCUUAUAUCCUAUGCUGCCUUUUUCUUUCUUUUUUACAAGGUGCUCCAGGCACCAUCCCCAUCUCUGUGGUCUAGGUUAAAAAAACCCUGAUAGCCUAAUAUAGAUUCAAUAGAGACUGGUUGGAAAGGCGUAGAGAUCACAUGAUGUGAUCAAGCCACUCAUUCCCAGCCAUGAUGUCAGUUCUGAGUACUUAUUGGUGUCAUCAAGCAUUUGGGAAAGAACUUCCUCAAUAUGUGCUGUGUUUUCUGGUAUUCUUUCCACAACCUCCUGUUGGCCAUCUCAGAAUCCAGUGACUACACAUUAUUAUUAUUAUUGGGCUGCAGAAGGGUUUCAUUUUAUGAAAUGCCAGAUUUACUCUAUCAAAUGCUCAUUUAAAUAAUUUUGCUUUCCUCGGUUAUUUUGAUUUUAAAUGUUUAUAAAAUCAAAAUCAGAAUCUAAACAAUGCCAAAAGAACAUAUAACCAGACCAACGUAAUAAAGCGCAAAGCCACAAAAAAAACAGUGUUGGAUAAGCCAGUCGAAAGAGCGAGAGUUAAAAUUCAAUUCAAACCAAUUGCCUGGCACAAUAACCGCUUCUUAAUUUGCCUAAAGGCAAGUGAAGAGGGUUUUUCUCACCCUUCAGCAGAUGGGGAGCCUGCCCUGGGGCAAAAGGAGAGAGCUGCAUCAAGUAAUGGGCUUUGUGUGCCAUGGAGGGGGCAGAGGGUGUGUGUGUGUGUACACACGCAUGCAUGCAGCAUUCUGGUAAGUUAUUCCCAAGCCCAACUGAAAUGAGCUGAACAAGAGUAAAAGGAAAAGAUGGUUGUGGAGCUAUUGUAAGAUGCUUCAGGGCUAGUUCCCCAGUUACUGGUCUUGAAGUUAAGUCCUUCUGUUCUGAAAUGUUCCCUCUUUCUGACCCACUGCCUUUCCCAUUCUGAUAACUUUUCCUUCAUUCAGUCUUUCGCUCUUGUAACGUUACCUCCUAGGGUACAUGCCUUUUUGGAACAGUGGGGGCUUAUUAAUUACCAAGUGGAUCCAGAGAGCCGACCCAUGGCCAUGGGGCCUCCUCCCACCCCACACUUCAAUGUGCUUGCUGACACUCCCUCGGGACUCAUGCCUCUUCACCUUCGGACACCUCAGGUAAAGAUCCAUUGCCAUCUUGGAACGCCUUUGCCCCCUACGAAUUGUAGUAGGGCCAGCUGCCUCCUUCCUGGUGUUACUCGGGAAUUCUAAGCGACCAAAAAAACCAGUGCAGUUUUGGAAGGUUCAGUCCGCCACCUUGUUCAAAAUGGUGGCCAGUGGUAUCCAAACAUAGAGGAAAACCUGUUGCACUUGGGGGGCCAUCAUGCAAAAUUUGGUCACAAUAUCAUUAAGAGGGGCCCAAAUGCGUAGCAAGCAAAAAGCUUUCCAAAAUAGUUGAUACCAUCCAGACGCCGAGGGGGAAAUGCUAAAAACUUUUAUAUAAUUCUGUUUCACCCCUGAUUUCGUCAUGUGGUCCUGGAGCUUCAAAUGGGUCAUAGAAGGGAUACUAUAGCUGUUUUUCUUAAUCUGACGGAUUGUGAGAAAUUCUCCUCUCGAGCAUUCUUAAGUAGCAGUGGUAGUAGUAGUAGUAGUAUCUACUAUAAAUAGCACGUUUUCAACAUUCCACUUGCACUUCCCCAGUAACAUAGGCUGAUUAAUAUGACUGUUCUGAUGCUUUCGUAUCCUCCCUCCUGCUCUCAUCCUUUUUACAUUUCUUUACCCAGAUCCCAGCUGCUCAGCAGAUGUUGAAUUUCCCCGAGAAAAACAAGGAUAAACCUACUGACCUGCAGAACUUUGGGCUUCGUACAGACAUAUACUCAAAGAAAACAUUGGCAAAGGCAAGGCACUAGAUAUUCUCUUUUCUUUCCAGACCCCUGUCUGCCCCCCUUGUGUUAUAUAAUAAUAAUAAUAAUAAUAAUAAUAUAAUAUAAUUUGUUAUUUAUACCCUGCCCAUCUGGCUGGGUUUCCCCAGCCACUCUGGGCAGCUUCCAACCGAAUAUUAAAAACAAUACAGCGUCAGACAUUAAAAACUUGCAGAGAUGACGUUUUCUGUUUCUUGGGCACCCCAUCAGCAACUAAGUAGUCAAGGCUAUGUAAGGCAGCCUGCCUCUGAAUGCCAGUCCCUGGGGGUCAUUCAUGGGCUCUUGCACUCAUCUGCUACUUGUGGGGUUCCUGGAGGCACCUGAAUGUUGGGAGAUUCAAGUCAGACAUACUUCUUCACAGAGCACAUGUUCCAACUAUGGGAUUUGCUACCAAAAGAUGUAGUAAUGACCACCAGCUUGGACCAGUAUCGGAGGCAGUAUGCCUCUGUAUUCCAGCAGCUGUAGAGCAAUGCUCUUUCACUUGAGUCCUCCUUGAGAGAUCCUCAUUAGGACAUCUGGCCAGCCACUGAGAAGGAGGUGCCUGGCUAGAUGGGCCUGAUCCUGCAGGGGUGUUCUUACAAUGCAGGAAUUAAUUUCCUCGAUGCCCUCUGCUUAUGAUAGCUCAACAGAAAUACAUGGCUGUCAUUAAAUAUUCAGACUUGUGCCCCUGUGAUGUUUGCGUACCAUGCACAGAACUUCUACACAGUCAAAUCUUUAUAAAUGCUGUGUGUUUGGUUCAGAACAGCUGUUUCUCUCUCUUUCUCUCUCACACACACAUUGAUCCUUUUUUUGGCUUUUUUAGCAACAAGAAUUGAUGCUAAUUUUAAGGCUGGGGUGAUAUUUUCCUAGAAUGCUAAAUAUUUAUGAGCACCUGUAGAGAAUUCUGGGUGAUUUAAUGGGCAUUCUAAGCGUUGCUUUUGAUUGCCAUAUUUGGGAAGAGGAAAAUAAGCAGAUGUUGGGACAAGGCAUGUUAGCCUUCCCCUGUACUGGGGCACAUUUAUUUAGCUGGGCUUGUCUCAGUCACAGUCUUUGCUGGCAUGUUGCAUUUAUUAAAAUUUGACGCAGGUUGUGCAUUCCUGUUAUCUCUUAGUUGCAGAGAGUUGGGAUGAUAGUAGGCUAAUCUACUCUUGGUUUUUGAAUUAGCAGCCAUAUCCUAGUAUCAGUGCAGGGUGUUGUAUGAGGGCCAUUUUGCCUUCUUUCCUUCUCUGCAAUCCUUCCUCUUCCACCCCCCCCCCCCCCGGGACUAUUCUCCUUUGUAGGCUGUUGCUAAAAGGAGAGCUCUUGCACUUUACCUCACUUGUUCGAACAUUGUCUUAAAGGGAAAGUGCCUGCAUGCAGCGCUUCUUCCGUUACACAGAUCCGUAACCUUAGAAAUAGUUAACCCUCUAUUCUGAUCAGAUUUCCUACUGAGCGAGUGUUGAUUGCUUUGGGGAUUCUUGCCUCAACUGCUGAGUCAGGCUGCCCCAAGGAGCAGCAGUCAUCUUUCUCAGUAGUGGCGCCUGCCCUGUGGAACGCCCUCCCCUCAGAUGUCAAACAGAUAAACAACUAUUUGACUUUUAGAAGACAUCCCUAUAUAGGGAAGUUUUUAAAGUUUUAUGUUUUAUUUUGUGUGUGUGUGUGUGUGUGUGUGUGUAGAUUGAUUGAUUGAUUGAUUGAUUGCUGGAAGCCGCCCAGAGUGGCUGAUGGGUGCCAUACAAAUAAUGAAAUGAUGAUGAUGCAGAUGAUGCAACUUGCAAGAGUUUAUCAGGUUCUCCUUUGACAUGGCAUGUGCCACUAGGGCUUGUCUGUGUUUAGGGAGGCCCCUUCCAACAAGUAACACAUCUGUGAUGGAACAAAUUGCCAAUCCCACCUCUUGACAAUAAUAGCCAUACUCAUCUGUGCACUGGGUACACGAGUGAAUUGUUUCCCCCCUCCUUCAUACAGAGCAAAAGUGCUAGCGCUGGGCGAGAAUGGACAGAACAAGAGACUCUGCUGCUACUUGAGGUAAGAAAUUUUGAGUGGGGGGAAAUUGGGGAAUUGUGAUGGUGGGGAUGCAGAGAAAAGGAGGCUGCUGAGUGACAUUUGAAGUGGUACCUAGUUUCUGACUUACAUUGAAUUAAUAUGUUUCUGGGUGACUUCUUGUAUAGAACAAGGCUGUUGAGUAGAGAGCGGAGCCUUUUCUGCAGUGGCUCCCCGUUUGUGAAAUGCUCUCCCCCAGGGAGGUUUGCCUGGCACCUUCAUUAUAUAUUUUUAGGCGCCGGGCAAAAACGUUCCUCUUCAACCAAGCAUUUGGCUGAUUAAUAUCCUACAGACGUUUACAUGUGCCUGUGGGAAGGGGGGGGGUUAUUGUUUUGUGGUUUUGGUUUAAUUAUUGUGUUUUAUCUUGUAUUUUAUUCCAAACUGCCCUGAGAUCUGUUGAUGAAGGGUGGUACAUAAAUUUAAUAAAAUAAUAAUAGUAUAAUAAUAAGCAAUAAGUAAAACAUGAGUCCUUGGUUGUCAGCUGUAUGGCUAUAGAAUUGUUGAUGGUGUUUUGUUGCAAAGCUGUGGAUGAACCUGAAAGGAGUCGAUGCAAGAAUCUUACAAAAAUAGAAUUGUAGAUUUGGAAAGGACCCCAGGGUCAUUAGUCUAACCCCCCUGCAAGGCACCCAUGACAGAUGGCUUAAAAACCUUCCAUGAAGGAGAAUCUGCCACCUUCAGAGGGAGUCUGUUCCACUGUCGAUCAGCUUUACCAUCUGAAAGCUCUUCUGAUAUUUAGUUGGAAUCUCCCUUUUUGUAACUUGAAUUCAUUGGUUUGAGUCCUACCCUCUGGAGCAGUAGAAAACAAGCUUGCUCCAUCAUCCAUGUAACAGCCCUUUAGAUAUUUGAAGGUGGCUAUUGUAUCACAUCUCAGUCUGCCCUUCUCCAGGCUUAAACAUAUCCACCUCCCUAAACCAUUCCUCCCUCCCUAAACCAUUCCUCAUAAGGCUUGGUUUCCAGAUGCGAUGAGGCCUUUGUAAUCUUGCUGUACAGAGCCUUAGGUUGUGUCUCAAAGCUGCUUACAUACAUAUUGGAAUUUGUUUAAUAUUAUCUAUCGGCAGUUCUUCAUUGCAAAGGCUGCUGAGUGAUGUACAGUUUAUAUGAAGAAACUGUAAUGAAAUCUCUAUAUAAAACGUUAAAAGUGCAAAAGGGUAGCACUCAUAAAAUCCAGCAGAGCUAUAAAAACGAAAAUAAAACAUGCUCUAAAAUACGCUGCAGUGGCUAGGCAGCUGAAAAAGACCCUCUUCCUUGUGCUGAAGAGGCUUCAAAAAUGGCAUCAGGUGAGCUGCUCUGGGUAGGUGUUACUAAUGCAAGGCACCACGAUGGAAAAAAAUCAUCUUCCUAGGCAUCCACCACCUCGCUUUAGGCGAUGGGAGGACCUGGAGGAGAGCCUCUGAUGAGCAAAUGGUUCAGGCAGCCUCCAGUAGGAAAAGGCCCUCUUCCAUUGGCCCUCAGGCACAAGAGGCAGUCAUUGUUCCCCUCUACAUGAAUGAGGCUGCUUGGGCUUUUGUGUUCACUUGCCCCCCCCCCCCAAAAAAAAUCUUCCACAUGUCAGGGGAGAUUAGAGGAUUCUGCUUCAGAUUUUAAACUAGCCACAGUUCCCUAUGUUUUGAUCCUUAUUUGUUCUCACCUUAAUUUAAACAAACCAUGGGUUUCCCAAGUUUGGAUGUCAAGAUAAAUGUAUUAUAAACAUAAGUUUUAUAAAAGAGGAUUAGAAAAAUUUACGCAGGAGAGAGCUGCUGAUGGCUCCUAGCUUUAAUGCCUCUACAGCUGGAGACAGCAGUGCUUCUCUUUCACAGGAGACAAGAGUGUUGACCUGCUUGGUGUGACGUUAACAUAUGAGAGAGUGCUGGAGGUGAAAUAGUUAAACAGGUUGCCCAGUCAGGUCCCAGGGGGGUGGAGUCAGUGGGACUAUAAAACCAGCUCUGGGAGGGGCAAAAAGGAGGAGUUCGGGUGGUUGGUUGGAGUGGGAGUGAAUUGGGAGUGAGUUUGUGGGUAGGUUGAGUUAGUGUCGCGAAAUAGGCUGAGUCAGGAACAGUUAGGGGCUAGGCAGACAAGUAAAUAUCUGAGAGGUGGUUUAGUGAGUGAGAGCAGGUAGCGGAAGUUAUAGGUCUGGAUAGGCACCCCAUGAAUGUAAUUGUCUGAUACUGUUUAUGAAACCACACGCUUGUUAAACUGCAAUAAAUAAACAGAAGUUUAUGUUCCAAUUUAACCCUGACUGGAUUCAGUAUUGUCCCAGGUAGGGCCUGGGUGGUGGCAGCGAGAAAUAAAGUAGUGGCACAGGGAUCAAUAGACGGUGAAAUGUCUGGGGACCCUGUGUGAUCGCCACACUUGGGUCCUGCUUCCGGGUUUCCCACGGUCAUCUAGGUGGCCACUGUGAGAACCUGAUGGUGUGCUAGAUGGGCCAUUUGCCUGAGCCACAGGCUCUUCUUAUGUUUGUUGUUCUUAUAGAAGCAGAAGCUUCUUACUCCUGGAGAUGAAAGAGGGGAGUGGGGUGCAGAAGCUCAAAGCUCACCGUGGUUCAUUCACAUAGCAGGAAACCAUGGUUUUCUGUCAAUGCUGAACUGAACCAUAGUAUUCUGUUCCUACCCAGGCCGUCCACUCCAUCAUUGGGCAUUGGAACAACAACAGCAACAAAACCUUGCACACUGCCUGCCCUAGUCUGAAAAUAAGAGUGUCUUGAUACUUUGCUUGGGAGGUCUCGAUGGUAUUUCCAGUCGAUAUUUUCUCCAUAUCACCCGCUUUUCCCUGUUGACGUUAAUUGUAGCCUUGCUGUGCUUCUGUCUCGCUUUUUGAAAAACAGAGCUUAAUAGCAUUUUGAGUUUGGGGGAGCAAAGCAGAAAAAGAAAAAGGCAUGUAUCUGACUUGUAUUCCCCAAGCACUUGUGGAGAAACGUCAGACUGGGCUACUGCUAGGUCAACCGGCAUUAAGUAAAAAGGCACAGGAUGAGGCACGGAUAAAAAGUGAGGCAGGAAAUACUUAUCAGAGAGCCGUGGUGAGCUGAGUGUUGCUCAGACUGAAGAGGCAGGGCUGAGCUGGAAGCUCUUGCAAGGGGUUGCUCUAGUCAUGUGAUGUUCUAGUCUGCUAGGUGUGUUCAUUGGCUGUUGCAGGGUGGGGGCUCGCAUUGCAUGUUUAUAGCACCCACCCCCGGCAAGAGCUCACACAUGCAUCCUGCCUGACGUCACUGUCACCUUCUUGUGGGGUGCAAGUUCUUCUAGGCCAAGUGUGCAGGAUUACGACCCUUGCAGAUUUUUCAUUGUUCAGCACUGAGUUUGUAGUAAACACCAGCUGUGCUGUAUCUCUGAGCAGGCCUAAUUUCCCCCUGUGUUGCUCCAACACGGAGGCUUUCAAGAUCUGUGCUCGCAUAUGUCAUGGCUUAAUAUAAACGUGGAAGUGCUGGCUGACUUUGGUGUCUGAGCAAGCCAGAAGCCCUCUUGCCAGACGAGAGGGAAACGGUAGCUGCUGGUUUCUGACAGCGCAGGCGGCUUCCUGCUUGGCGGCAAAGCAUGCCUUGUGCUUCCUUGAGUAAAUCAAGUUGUCUAAUCGGCAAGAGCGUGCAGGUCUGGUCUUCCUCUGCCUAGCCCAUGCUGGGAUUGCAAUAGCUCUGGCAGGCCAAGCAAAUCUCCUUUGGUUUCAGGAAAGCAGCCAGGAUAGACUUUCUCCUCUUGCUUAGGAAACCACCCCAGCCUUUCCUGAAGAGGAGUUUAGUGGCAUAACUUGAACCUGAGUGGGGUAGGGAGGGAACACACAACCACCUGAGGAACUAAACAGUCACCAUCCGGCUCAUUGCCGUCUCCACAUGCCACCUGUUCCCUCAUGGUAAGGUAGCUAGGUAAAGCUUCCCCCUUAAUAGCAGUGUGGAUGUUAGAGUACUAGCAAAAGGGGGAGGCAGGUUCUGUCUUAUAAAUGGUGCACUCACUGUCUCUCCCUGAUUUCUUGAAUACGUAGCAGGAACACUGUCAGUGUGGUGUAGUGGUUAAGAGCGGUAGACUUGUAAUCUGGUGAACCGGGUUCACUUCCCCGCUCCUCCACAUGCAGCUGCUGGGUGACCUUGGGCUAGUCACACUUCUCUGAAGUCUCUCAGCCCCACUCACCUCACAGAGUGUUGUGGGGAAGGAAAAGGAGAAAGUUAGCCGCUUUGAGACUUCUUUGGGUAGUGAUAAAGCAGGAUAUCAAAUCCAAACUCCUCCUCCUCCUCCUCCUCCUCUUCUUCUUCUUCUUCUUCUUCUUCUUCUUCUUCUUCAUUGGAUGGGGCAGCAUAACAGAAUUCUGCUUCCAUACAGAGGUCCAUUUUACAUGAAAACAUCUGUGUUACUUCAGGAUGAUGAGUUUGACACUGCAUUGCUUAUCAACACUGGGAUGCAGUGUAUAAAAUAAUGUCAUUUAAUGCACCUUACGGUGUCUGAUUGUGUAAAGCAGUCGUGUUGAUAAGGUUAUUUGCAGCGGCAGCAUAUCUUACACUUUCAUUGCCGUUAAUAGUGCGAAUAGCCCGGAACAGCGAUUUCCAGAAAGAUACAGUUAUGUGGUUUAUUUGCAGCCCAGAGGUGUCAGUUGAUCUUAUACUUCCAUAUUUGAAAGGAGGUGACAAUUAUAUCAGUGGCGCUUGGGUAAAAGUGAACUGUUGCUAUGCAAGACGGCAAGAAAGCUUCAGAGCAGCUAAUUCAUAGGAGGACCAUCUUGUUAAUUCAUUUUUGACAGGGAGAGAGCCCAGCGUCUGUACUAUAAUUUAGCUCUCUAGACACAACUGCUUUUUUCCUCUCACACUUUUUAACAUCCAGAUAAAGCAGCGAAGCGGAUAUCAGUUUAUGUUUCAACCUCCAAUAGAUGAAGCACGUCCUUUAUAAAUUCUUAGAGUGCCUUUGAGGAAGUGCAUAUGUCACAAGCUUCAAAAAAAAUAAAUAUCCAAGUUGUCCCUUGCCUGCCGGCCCUGUAUCUCUUUGGCGCGGAGUCGGUUUUUCCCCUCCCUGCAGGUUAAUCACUGUCAGAUCUCAGCAGGCAGAUAAAUGAAGUUGUGUUACAUACAUGUUAAAUUCCACAGAACACAAAAGGAAACGUUAUUGGCUUUCUUCUAAGCAGUAAGACAGCUGAAACAAGCGGAAAUCAAGGUUGCCAUGGGGGAAAACAUUUAUGUGCCCGGUUAGAAUUAGUGCAGCACAGAGUGGAAUCCAGGUGGGGCAGAUUCUUGGAAGCCCCCUACUCAGUUUGUGACCUCUCCAGCAUCCUUUGCCUCUCAGGCUCUCCUGGUUACUGCCUAAACCCAAGAACAUGUUGUAUCUGUAGUUGUUAAAAUAGAAAAUGUGAUUUGGCACAGAAGCCAGUUCUUUCCCAGCUGCUUCUCCUAUUCCCUGACUCUUUGCAUUUACAGUGUCAGUUGUUUUUUAGCUCCAUUCACACAUUUCUUCCUUCUUAGAGCUGCUUCGCACAUUGUGUAGUGUAGGUGUAAAACAUAAUGGCAACAAACAUGUUCUCUAACGCUUGUAUCCUGCGGGUGCAUUAGUGAAGAAAUUGGGAUUGGCUGCAGCGGCUGACUAAGUGUACAUUUUGCUACCACAUGUUAUAAAAGCAUUCGCUGCCCCGGCCUUUCCAGAAGAGAACACCAAAUUCCCAAUGCAGCAAAUAAAUCUCACAGGAACUCAUGCCAGUAACAUACAGCACACAGAUAUAUGCCUUAUUUGUUCCUGUUGCGAAACCCGGGUAUCUUUAUUAUGGACUUCUAGUCCCUGGAACUUGAAUUGCGUCUUGUAAUAGCAGUACAAGUCUGGCUGUUUCCGUGUGGAAUGAGCAAGGUGACAUUGGAUUUUGUAGAACGGUUGACACGAUGGCUGAUGUAGGAAAGCUCAGCUAAUCAAAUUGUCAGCAGCUGCUUUCAUAUAAAUUUUUGGGUUGUUAUUCUCCAUAUGGGAGAGAAGACUUGGAGGUCAUGUUUCUCUCCAGAGAAAGAGAACCCGUUGAAGUCCUUUUUUAUUUUUAUUUGUACCCUCCAGUACAUUUGACAGGUAUGCCUUUCCUUUUUUGACAGGUAUGCCUUUCCUUUUUUAAAAAUUUGUAAUCCUUUUGUGCAAUAUUUUCGUAAAAAUCAAAGUGUUUGCACUACACUAUUCUCCUUGGUACCCUCCCUCACCUUAAGAACAAUCAGUUCACUUUUCUUUUCCCUUUUCAACAUGCUCUAGAAACAGAUCUGUUGCAUUUCAGAUGGGAAGUAGAAACAGGAUAUCUCCGUCUUCCAAUUCUGCCCUCCUCCAGAUACUUAGAUUAAAUUCCACAACUUAUUCUAGGUGCCAUAGUUCCAAAAUUUGGAGAAAACACAAGCUGGAAGAGAUAAUUCAGCCACACAAAGCUUAGAAGCCAGCAAAUAAAGAAAACAGUCUGAAAGCCUACGCCUUCAGGUGAUGGUUUACGUCAGAGUGGAGUCAUGUCAGGGUGGGGUGGGGACAAUUUAGAUGAGCCAAUAUGAAUCAACCCAAGAGAAGGGACUACAGGAAGGAAGGACACAAAGAUUAUGUCCAAUAAUAAUAAUCUUGGCAAGAGAUGACGCUGUAGCAUGGACUAGUAGAUUAGAAGUAAUUGGAAACCAGGUUGGAGAUGGGUCAAGAGAGAUGGAAGGCAGAAAAGGAUGCAGAGACCUGAGUUGCUCAAAGGAAGAGGGAUGGGAGGUGAGAGUUGCAAUGCAUUUGAAAGGUGAUAGGAAAGAUUAUAGUAGAGGUGCAAAGGCCAGUGAGGCAAGGCUGUGGGACUGGAGGUGGCCAGGGAAGGAGGAGCAAAACGCCGGCACCCUGUCUCUACAACUUCACUAACAUCCAUCUACAACUUCACUAGCAUCUCUCAGUAUUGUGAACAACACCGGACUUACCUUUUAAUAGGUAUCUUCAUGAACUUACCUAAAAAGAGAAAGAAAACAAAAGACUGAGUUAAGCAUUUGAAAAAUCUAUUGAAAUUAUAAGGCAUUAUAAGUUCAUCUUAGACAGGGUAGUUUGCAAGUUUAUGUGGCUUUGCACAAGGUUUUGUAUUUUUCUCAGAAGAUUGAUAAAGAAUGUAUAAUUAUUUUGGUAAUUACUGUGUGUAUAUUAGUCGCCAAUGUGUUUUGAAAUAGCAACUCUCAUAUCCAAAGCUGAAGUGCUAGGCGGGUGUAGGCCUUACUUUGGUGAAUUUUGUUUCUGUGGUCAGGGAAAUAUAUGGGUGGGGAACCUGAAUGGAAGACACCAUACCAAUAAUGCAGCAAAAGUUUUAGGCAUGUUUCUGAGGUCAGAGGAUCUAAAUGACAGCGCUUGGCUACCUUCUCUUCAUGUUUCAGAGUCAGUGUUGUAGAAGGAAGGGGUGGUAAAAGAUCCCCAAGAGUUGCUGCUGCUUGGACAUUUUUUGCCACUAGGAGAGUUCAGAAGUAGCAGUGAUGGCCCAGCGGUACCAAAGACUGGAGGAUGGUACCUAGGGGCAAGCUUACACCAUAAAUUCUUGUCUCUAAUGUUCUGGCCUUUCUCUGACUGCUUGCCAUACUGAAAGAAGGUUCCCAUGUAUCUCAUACAAUAGAAGGAUCCUGCUGUCAAACAAGUUGCAGAAUGUAUGCUGUUUUGGUCCAGCGUAAUCACUUUUGACACUUGCUUUGCAGGUCUGGUAGCUCACCUUUUCUGAAAUAAACAUUCUCAGAAUUUCUCAGCUCUUCAUAUUUGUUCUUUUUACACACAUUUGCUAUUAUUUACCUUCAUUGAAAGACGUUCACAAAAACCGAUCAAAAUAUUUCUCUUAAAAGAGUAGUCACAUGUAGCCAAACCUUCCCACAGCUUACUAACACCUGCUUCUAAUCUCAACAGGACCACAAAUUGUUUCUAUUAUCUGAACAAAUGUUCAGUUCCUGCUCUUCUCAUGGUAUAUGUUUCAGUUACCAAAUUUGUGAACCAACUACUUUUGCAUGGCGUCUUUUUAAAAGUUGAUUCCCCCCCCCUUUUGUUUUUAAGGCGUUGGAGAUGUACAAAGAUGACUGGAAUAAAGUUUCUGAGCAUGUCGGAAGCCGCACUCAGGACGAGUGCAUCCUCCAUUUCCUGAGGCUUCCAAUUGAGGAUCCUUACUUGGAGAACUCCGAUGCCUCGCUGGGCCCUUUGGCUUACCAGCCUGUGCCUUUCAGCCAGUCUGGAAACCCUGUGAUGAGCACCGUGGCUUUUCUGGCAUCUGUCGUGGAUCCCCGGGUGGCGUCUGCUGCCGCUAAAGCAGCUUUAGGUAUGGAUCACCUUCCCUCCCCACCCGCUUUCCAGUUCAAUCUUGUCUGAGAAGGUCUUAAUUUCAUGCUUGGUGCUGACUUAGCCUUAAAGAAAAUCCUCCACCGUCUCCUUGGCUGAUCUGUCGUAAGUUCACCAAAACUACUUAAGGACUGCCUGGAAAGAUGCUGGUAUUUAGAAAGGGGGGGGUUGAGGGGGGGGAACAUUCUGCGCACAGGCUGGCAAACCUGCCCAGAGAAGCAAAUUGAAGCCUGCUUUCAUCUUUUCUAUAGUCUGCCGCCUGCUGUCACUUACCUUUAAUUGGUUAAUGUUAGUAAAGCACCGCCUAAGCCAAGUGGUACCUAAACGCCAAGCAUUAAUUUGUCAUUUGUGUAGCUCAGUGUAUAACUUCAAAAGGGCCUUGCUAACCUAUUACGAAUGCUUCAGGUUCUGCUGUCUGCUCCCAUCCUUGAUUUCAUCUUCCUGAGAUGCUGUCCAAGAUGCUCUCAAGAUUUCUGAACAAAACAGCCCUUGUAUUAUUAAUUGACGCACAAUGGCAAUACGUGCAUUAGAGUUUAGUGUGUGAGAGUAAUGCGUUUUUAAAAUAACUUGGAAAUUGCCUUAUCCAUUCUGCAGGCAGCUUCCCCAAAAGGCUUCUCUGCAUGUCAUCUUCCCUGAUCAGUCAAUUCAAAGCGCUGGUGCUAAAAUUACCUUCCUUUUUAUGUCUCUUUUUCAUGGCUCCCCUCUCAAGGCUGGUGCUGCUUUGUGCUUUGAGCUUUUGGGCCAUUAAUUUUGGGGUCCUCUUGUCUGCCUUGCCCGAGUCUCUUGCCACAUCUCCCUUUGUUCUGCUAUUCAUUGGCCUGUCCUGCUGUCAGCUCCCUUUGUCCCCUUCUCCCACUCUGCUCUUGGCUUUGUGACUCACAUCUCCCUUGCUAAAUGUCCAAUAAACAGGAGUAACUACAAUAGUGUAAAAUGUGCAAUCAGAUCAUCCAGCAGGGUCAUCUUAAAGCAGCCUUUCUCUACCUGUGGGUCCCCAGAUGUUGUUAAACUACAACUCCCAUCACCCCUAGCUAGCAAAGCCAGAGCUCAGGGAUGAUGGGAGUUGUAGUCCAACAACGUCUGGGGACCCACAGGUUGAGAACCGCUGUCUUAAAGAGUUACCUGUUCUAUUGGUACAUGACUUUGAAACUCCUCCCGCCUAAAAACAAACUUCUAAGCUUUGUCAUUUUUACUUUUUUUACAGAGGAAUUUUCCAGGGUCCGAGAGGAAGUCCCACUGGAACUGGUUGAGGCCCAUGUCAAGAAGGUGCAGGAGGCAGCCAGAGUCUCUGGAAAAGUGGAUCCCACUUACGGACUAGAGAGCAGCUGCAUUGCCGGAACGGCUCCAGAUGAGCCAGAGAAACUUGGUAUGUCCUUAGGGGUUGCCGUCUGGUGCUCCUGUCCAUCAUGCUUGUCUCUGAUUUGUGUUUAUGUCAACCAAAGGGAAUAAUAACUAAGGGAAAAGCUAUAGUAGAACAUGACUUGCUUUAUUUUGGGGUGGGGUGGGGAGCAGGCAGAAUUAGAGAUUGGGUUGUUCACAUAAGCCACCAUAUUUUUGGCCAUUGAGCGAUGAAGAAAACCAAUAUGUAAUUGUGACUCUGAGAGUCACAUGACAGCUCGUACUCUGUAAUCAUUAUUGCCUGCAUCGUUCUUGAACUCAAGAAAAAUGAAAUGUUUGAUCUUGACGGGGCAGUUGGAAUUAUGCCUGAUACAAUGGUUGAGAAUCCGUGGGGUGUCAAAAGUGUGUCAAAAGUGCCAGAAGCUUUGGACUACCUUAUUUACUUCCCAGAAAGUCGUUUACAAUAUGAGACGUUUGGUUUUAUGCUUGGAGAUUGAACAUUAUUCUCCCCAUUUGGAAUAAUGAUCGAAAUGCCACACCAGCAUAGAUCAGUAUGUGGCAAGUUCAGGAAACAGCAAAUUAGGGGUCAUCUUGAUAAUUCCUACAUUUAAGCAGAUUGUACAACACAAUGGAAAGCAGUCCUUGAGUGAGAGAUAUUGCUUCUGGUGUGAGACUUGAGAGUAAUUAGGGCAUGGUUCCUUCCAUUUUCUGCAUACACAAUAAAGCAGAAUUUUACAGCUUUGUCAAAAUAUAAUUACUGAGCACCAUGGUGAAUACAUCCUUUGAUUCAGUCUCCUGCUAAGACCAAAAUGCCACAGUGCUUAGUCUGCAGCACACUGUUAUGUUUGUAGGUUACGUUACCUACUUUUAACGUUUCUGCAGGCAGUGCCAGUCAAGGUACAGAGGAGCACGCAGUUUGGCUGAUGGACGUUCGGUUACUUUGUGCCCUCCUGAACGAUAGCGUCUCACCAAUUUUGUCUAUUGAAACUAAUUUUCCUAGACUCCUGCUCUUCUCUUCCUCCUAUACCCACCAACCUUCAGCACCCACACAGUUUACAGUAAUCUUCCUUCCCACAAUUACAUACGAUAACAGCAACAGUACCACACGUUGCCCCAGUCUCUUGAGAACAGGGAAUUUCAGUCAAGCUGCAGUAAUGUCAAGCAUUGACACUUGAACUCAAAUCUCAAGGCUCCACACCCUUGUGAACGUCUCAGUAACUGUCCUUAUGCUUUGUUUCCCUUCUGUGUCCUUUCCAUGUACCUUAUAGGUUUCAGGUGAACACCUGAGGUUGUGAUUAGCUUCAUGGCUGCCUAGCUAAUACUCUGCUCCAAUAGAUCUGGAACUUCCUCCCAGAGAACCAGACCAGGGCGAGGUUUUGAUUUUUCCUGGCUGUGCUGAGUUCUGUGCUUUUAAGUGGAGAUGAUGAUAAUAUUAUUAAUAAUCAUAAUAAUUUAUGCUUGUACCCAGCACAUAUGACUGGGUUGCCCCAGCCACUCUGGACAGCUUCCAAUAAAACAUAAAAGAGCACACAAUACAGCAGACAUUAAAAGCUUCCUGAUACAAGGCUGCCUUCAGAUGUCUAUGGAAGGUUGUAUAAUUGGUUACCUCUUACAGGCGGCCAUCCUCCAACUCAUCAGGGGCAACUAUGAAUGUGGCAGGGCGAGCGUCCUCACUCCCACUGUGUUCUCCACGUGAUUAACAUCAGAUGGAGGAACAAGCGCCUGAAUAGGGCUCUUUAGUAUUGAGUGCUGAAUAUUUCCUUUUUGAAACAUUUAGAGACCCCGCUUCCAUUAAAAAUACAGUAAAUGGGUGUACAGCAUGCAAAAUUACAGCAAGGACAGCAGAAACAUAAGUAAGAAGCCACGUGUUUUCCCUUUCGCUCGCUAGCGGCAGAUAAUAGAAUUUGAAGCCUUUCCUUGGCCCAGAGAAUAAAACGUGAGAUGCAGAUUAUUUCUGAAUGAGAGAAAUGAACUGGAUUUUUGCAGUUAAUGUUAGCCAGUUAAUGUGAUUUGUAUUGAUCUGUGACUAAUGGAAUAAAUUAGGGCAGGAGCAGAUGGCUCUCUGUGGGGGAGUGGCUUGGCAAAAUUGAAUUGGGUCACUCGACGGGCUGCAGCGCCUCUGCUCUGAAACAGCUUUUCACCAGAGGGUGCAAGGCGAAGAAAACCUCUGCCAAGCCUGUGCUUUUUUUGCAGGGGGGGGAGGUUUACAAAUAUGCAACAGCAAAGUUGCAUGGUAUAUGCCUGCAGAAAAUACUGCUUAUAUAUUUGGGCAGCUAAAACCAGAAGGGUUGGAUUUAAAACAUUAUUGCUCUAGAGUGCUAAAAAUGUUUCUUUGGGGGGAAGGGUGAUCCCUCACUAGUAAUUACUGUAGCUGAGCCGUAAAACUGCAGCAUGACCAACUGCGUUGGCAGUGUUAGCUGGUAGUCCCAGCGCCCAUCCCUGAAUCAUUUAGCAGAGCCAUGAUGGGCAGCGUAGACCGCGGGUCACACCACACAUUUACAUGUAACAAGUGAGUAUGUAAUGCACACCCGCGGCAAAUGUGCAAUUGUACAGGUAGCUGAGAAAAUGCCACUGCAUAAGGCAUGAAGAAACCCUAAGGUUAAGCGAAAUAUUUUGUCAUUCCCAUGUCUUCGUGUUGAAAGAGUGGAGAAAUCCUCACUCGCAUCGUUCACUGGUUCUUAGGACUUACUGGAGGCUUCAAGUGCAGCAUCCCAGGGUUGCGCGCCGCCGCCGCCACCCUGGAAAAACGCCCUGGGAAGGCUGCAAACUUCCCCAGUCUCCAGAGCAUUCCCUGGUGGCCCACUCUGGCUGUAAAUCUUCUUCAGUACAGAAUAGCUGGUAAUAAGCGACCCUUCUCUCCUGAAAAGAACACGCCAGUCUUCUGGUAAAAUGGUACCUCGGGUUACAUACGCUUCAGGUUACAGACUCCGCUAACCCAGAAAUAGUGCUUCAGGUUAAGAACUUUGCUUUAGGAUGAGAACAGAAAUCAUGCUCCAGAGGCGUGGCGGCAGCGGGAGGCCCCAUUAGCUAAAGUGGUGCUUCAGGUUAAGAAAAGUUUCAGGUUAACAACGGACCUCCGGAACGAAUUAAGUACUUAACCCGAGGUACCAUUGUAUAUCAUAGCAGAAGAAAGACUUAAUCGUAGUUCUAAAACUACUUUAUUUACAGUCUUAUAUACAGAGACUCCAUCUGUACAUGUGUGCUCUCUGAACCCCCGUACAGAACUGCGACACACACAGACGUGAAACCAACUUCCAAAAGUACUUAGAAGGAAGAGAUAAUACCGACUUCCUUUCUCACGCUUUCUCAGACACUCACAUGAUGUAUGCAAAUCAUAGUACCGCUCGCUGGAGCAGCUCGGAUAGAUAAAAAUCAUAACAGUUACCGCAGCAGGCUUUCGCCAAAACUGACUCCUUAUUGUGUAUACACGGGCAAGGUGGGCUGUGGAGGGGCACAUGGAAACCCGUUGGUGCUGUCUUGAUCAUGGGCAUCUCAGUCAGGCCUGCCCCCAACCCUUUUAGAUUUUAGUGCAUCUGCUGGGCCCCCUAUGCUACCACUCAGUGGAUUUGUAACUGGCUGACUGACCGAACCCAAAGGGUGCUCAUCAAUGGUUCCUCUUCAUCCUGGAGAAGAGUGACUAGUGGGGUGCCACAGGGUUCUGUCUUGGGCCCGGUCUUAUUCAACAUCUUUAUCAACGACUUGGAUGAUGGACUCAAGGGCAUCCUGAUCAAAUUUGCAGAUGACACCAAACUGGGAGGGUGGCUAACACCCCAGAGGACAGGAUCACACUUCAAAACGACCUUGGCAGAUUAGAGAACUGGGCCAAAACAAACAAGAUGAAUUUUAACAGGGAGAAAUGUAAAGUAUUGCACUUGGGCAAAAAAAUGAGAGGCACAAAUACAAGAUGGGGGACACCUGGCUUGAGAGCAGUACAUGUGAAAAGGAUCUAGGAGUCUUGGUUGACCACAAACUUGACAUGAGCCAACAGUGUGACGCGGCAGCUAAAAAGCCAAUGCAAUUCUGGGCUGCAUCAAUAGGAGUAUAGCAUCUAGAUCAAGGGAAGUAAUAGUGCCACUGUAUUCUGCUCUGGUCAGACCUCACCUGGAGUACUGUGUCCAGUUCUGGGCACCACAGUUCAAGAAGGACACUGACCAACUGGAACGUGUCCAGAGGAGGGCAACCAAAAUGGUCAAAGGCCUGGAAACGAUGCCUUAUGAGGAACGGCUAAGGGAGCUGGGCAUGUUUAGCCUGGAGAAGAGGAGGUUAAGGGGUGAUAUGAUAGCCAUGUUCAAAUAUAUAAAAGGAUGUCACAUAGAGGAGGGAGAAAGGUCGUUUUCUGCUGCUCCAGAGAAGCGGACACGGAGCAAUGGAUCCAAACUACAAGAAAGAAGAUUCCACCUCAACAUUAGGAAGAACUUCCUGACAGUAAGAGCUGUUCGACAGUGGAAUUUGCUGCCAAGGAGUGUGGUGGAGUCUCCUUUGGAGGUCUUUAAGCAGAGGCUUGACAACCAUAUGUCAGGAGUGCUCUGAUGGUGUUUCCUGCUUGGCAGGGGGUUGGACUCGAUGGCCCUUGUGGUCUCUUCCAACUCUAUGAUUCUGUGAUUCUGAACAUGCAAUGCAGUAAUAAGUGUGCCGUUUGGGAGGGCCUGGCCUCCUCAGAGGCUCCGGUGCUACUUAGUUUUAGGCACUCAAAAGCAAUUUUUGCCAAGUGAAUAAGAAUAUGCGAAAUUUAUACAGUUUCAUGGGCCACUUGCCUUUUGUGUAAAUAUGAAAGCCUUGGGAUGUUUGCUUUUAGCAAAAGUGGCAAGUGGAGCUGGUAGCUGAGGAACACUGGGGUUUCUCCCCCUGCAAGAUUUGAAGGUUUUUCCUUUCUAGCUUGGGAAGGAACACAAGAAGCCGCCUUACGUGAUGACUAUUGUCUGCCUCCACAGUUGAAGGCAGCAGUUCUUCUGGAUACCUGUUGCUGGAAACCACAGGAGGGGACAGGGCUGUUCUUGUGCUCAGAUCCUGCUUUCGGUUUUCCCAUUCAUUUGGCCACUGUGAGAGCAGGAUGCUGGAUUUGAUGGAGCACUGGCCUGAUUCUGCAGGCUCCUCUUACGUCCUUACAGUACAUCUAGUCCCUUAUUGUCCACUCUGAGUCCCCAGCCAGCUGGCUCUCUUCAGGGUCUCAGGCAGAGGGAAGGGUCUUUCCCAUCACCUGUUCCCUGUCGCUUUUACCUAGAGAUGCUGGGUAUUGGAACCUGGAGAUUCUCGUGUUCAAAAUAUGUGCUCUAACCCUAAGCUAUGCUCCCUCCUCUAUUGUUUUUAACAUGGGCCAUAUAUUGUAUAAUCUGGGCUUCAGACAUUCAGAUUUUUCACAUUCGUUCCGAGUCAUUUAUGCAAAUUCACUUGCUUUGCACAUUGGUGAUUUUAUCUGGCCAGGUGAGUGGGACAAGGAACUGUGCAUUAAAUCACUCAGGUCUUGGCCCCUUCCCACUGCCCCAAGUGCCCAGCUGCCCUCUAGCUUGAGAGAGCAUCAAACCCUGCUCAUGUGUGUUCCAGACUAACGGAAAGAAUAUGCGUCUCCAUGUAUAUUGGAUGUGGUUUGUCCACAUCCAAUAUACAUGAGCAGAAAUAGUUAGCAUUUUUUGUGAUCUUUGCAGGGACAGGUGAAAGAGAGGAGAAUUUCACGUUUGGAAGCUCUCGGGUGAUAACUGUGCUUGCAUGGGGCAGGUUAUAAUUUGAUACAUCUAGGACAGAUAAAAGAUAAAAGUACAGUGGUACCUCGGGUUAAGUACUUAAUUCAUUCCGGAGGUCCGUUCUUAACCUGAAACUGUUCUUAACCUGAAGCACCACUUUAGCUAAUGGGGCCUCCCGCUGCUGCUGCCACGCCGCCGGAGGAUGAUUUCUGUUCUCAUCCUGAAGCAAAGUUCUUAACCUGAGAUACUAUUUCUGGAUUAGCGGAGUCUGUAAUCUGAAGCGUAUGUAACCAAGGUACCACUGUACAGUGGCAUAAUAUUAUUAUUAAUUUUAUUAUUUAUACCCCACCCAUCUGGCUGGGUUUCCCCAGCCACUGUCGGCGGCUUCCAACAAAGCAUGAAAAUACAGUGGUCUGUAUUUUCAGUUUCAGGAGUCAAACGGACUCCCAGAACGGAUUAAGUUCGACAACCAAGGUACCUCUGUACUCAAGCAGUGCAUAAACUGUGGAACUCCGCUCUCCCAGUAGGCACUCAUGGCUAUCAGCUGGGAUGGCUUUGAAAGAGGAUUAGACAAAUUCAAGGAGGAGGAGGAGAGGGCUAUCAGUGGCUACUAGCCAGGAUGGCUAUGUUCUACCUCCACAUCUGGAGGCAGCAAUGAUUCUGAACACCAGUUGCUGGUAACCGCAGAAUGCGAGAGGGUUCUCAUGCUCAGGUUCUGCUCCCUGGUUGGUUCUUACGAGAACAGGAUGCUGGACUAGAUGGGUCUAAUCUAGUAGACUCUUGAAUCUACAGUCAGACCUCAUCUUACGUUUGCUUCAGGUUGAGCGUCUUCAGGUUUCCCGCGGCAACCCGAAAGUACCGGAAAGGGUUACUUCCGGGUUUUUCUCACGCAUGUGCAGAUGCGCAAAAUGACGUCGCGCCAUGCGCAGAAUCGGCGAAUCAUGACCCAUGCAGACGCGGGUUGCGUUCUGCUCAGGUUGUGAACAGGCCUCCGGAAUGGAUCCCAUUCGCAACCAGAGGUACCACUGUAUUCUUAUGAUAAACAUGGCUGUACACAUUGGCCUUUCCAACCAUUUUUUGAAAUGGAUUUUUUUUAAAUGAGCCUUUUCAGGAUUGAUUUUGUCUCUUCCUCACUCCCUUUGUUUUAUUUAUUGAGUGUGCCCAUGCAGAGCCACAAAAUCUUUUAUUUUCUUCCUUUCCUUGCAGCUUAGCUUGUUCUAUCCUGGAAGACUAGAUGCUAAUCCAUUUUUUUCCUGGAUGCAGAGCUCCCAGUGGCUGUUCAAUAUCUGAGGCUUUCAAUGAGCUUCCAGCUUUCUAUUAGGAAGGGAAAUGAAUAGCCCGCAAAUUUGUUUCCAUGGAGCAUGGCAGGCUUGAGCUGUGGUGGAUGCAGCUCUACAUCUGCUCAGAUCGGAUGUUUUCCGUUGCUGAAAACCUCACUUCAGGGCCUCUCCUGUGCACACAUCCUCCCAAGUUGUUCAAGGCAGCAUAUGGGGGGGGGGGUUGCAGUUUUUUAUUUGCGCGGCAACCCUGUUCGGGUAAGUAGAAUAUUUGGAGCCAGCUGCACUGCCAAGCAACCCUAGGCAGUGGCCUUGGGGUGGUCCUUUUGCAGCAGGCGUCUCUCCUUCUGUGAAGGCAGCUAGAGGGUUGAAUAAUAGAAUCUUAGCGUUGGAAGGGACCCAAGGGUCAUCUAGUCCAACCCCUCAAAGCUCCUCUUCCUUCGUGCAUGUCACGUUUUCAUUUGCAUGCCACUUUCCCAUGGAAGGUGCAUUCUCAAAGUGGCUCACAACAUGCAGAAUAAAUGAAAACCACAUUUCACGGUAAUGCAAACAGAACACAGUUUAAGCAAAACAGUCGCACUAAUGUAAAUAGGGCAAACACCUCAUGUUAGUAGACACUGAAACAAUGCCUAACAAUAAAAUAGGGAACAUUCAAAUAGAAAAAAACAACAACCCCACCUUCCCUCAGGUAGGGGAUGGGGCAAGGCGGGUGGAAUAGCUUGUCCCUAAUGGUUCCAGCAGUCUCUCCCCUGCAUGUGCUUUUGCAGCUGAGGAAGGCCAGCGAUGGGUGGAUCCGUAGGGGAUUGGCUAAUGAUGACAAGGUACUUUGGUUUUUAACCUUCAGGGCUAAAGCAGAAUUGCCCGAUCUUUAUCCAGAAGGCAGGGAGUGCUUGAGACGGAUGAGAGUUUAGCAGAGAGUCAGUCAGCACUGAGAGAGCCUCAGGAAGGGCUUUGAGGAAAAGCACAGCGCUCAAAAGUUGAGAGUGAAUUGCCUCAGCAAACAGGAGAUGUAUUUGAUCAGAGUGUCGUCGCAGUCCAGUGUGGGUUGUCCUCUCUUGGCAUGUGGUUUUGUGCAAGAGGAUUUAGUAGCCACUGAAUGAGUGAGCAGUUGCCACCUGGGGAAGACGGAAAGCAAGCUGCAGGCGCUUGCUAAGGCGUGCCAGCUGGCUGGAGCAACUGUGGAAAUAAGGAUAUAAAGGGAGACUUUUUAAGAGCUUGAAAAGACACAGAGGCCCCAGUGGAAUGGCUGGGGACCCUGGGGGCGUGGGGGGCAAGUUUUCACAGGCACUUCGUAUUCUGUUACAAGCAUAAUAUGAAACCUCCUUAUGAACACAGUGGGACGAGCAAAGGGAAGCUUUGCUAAAAUACUCACUAACAAGUCUUUGCCUUGAGAUCCUCUUCUAAUUGAUCGCUGUGAGAGUUUUAUAUAUCUAAUUAACUUGUUUUACAGGCUGUGUGGAGGUGUUGAGUGGCAAUUACUUAGGACUGUUUACCCUGCGCCAAGACAUUCAAUCCUGGGCCCAUAAAUUAUGGCAAUUAAGAAAAUGUGCAUAAACGCACUUAAUUUGCUUAAUCUAUUCUCAUUGCCAGAGUUUGGGUUUCUGCAUCCAACAGAAGCCGGAACCUGAUGCUUUGGAAGAAUAAUUACGGGUCCCUGUAGCUUACCCCAGGCUUCCAGGAAUCGGAUGUUUAGGAACACAUGUUUUAGGAACUGUUGCAAGAUCGUAUCGCCGUGUUCCACACGUUAUUUCCGUGCCUAAAUGAUAAUUGGAGCAAUCCGCCAGAAAUGUCAGCACCCAUGCUUGCCAUUGAGCUAGAGGAGCUUGUGGAGAAUUAACCCACCGCAGGGAAGAGUUGAUUUUCAGAGAGCCACAUACAUGCAAGUGGCUGGCUUCUGAGAGCAGGAUCCGUGUCACAGCAUCUCUCUAGAGUAGGGAUGGGCAAUCCUUUUCCUGUUUGGGGGCAGAGCCAGAGGCGAAAGUGUCCUGGAUUAGGUAACCUGGAAUAAAGGCUUUGCUGCUUCUGUUUUCAUUGUGUCUGCCUUAGAUUAGAUUUCCCACUUUUGUGCAGAUCUGCUCAGAAGUAAGCCCCUCUAGGUUUGAUGGUUGUUACUCUGAAAUGGAGGUGUUUAAAAAAAAAAUUCAGUGGCCCAAUCAAUCUGCUCUUCUGGAAAGCAAGUGAAAGUAAUCUCUAUACAGUGGUACCUCGGCUUAAGUACUUAAUUCAUUCUGGAGGUCCGUUCUUAACCUGAAACUGCUCUUAACCUGAAGCACAACUUUAGCUAAUGGGGCCUCGUGCUGCUGCCACGCCGCCGGAGCACGAUUUGUGUUCUCAUCCUGAAGCAAAGUUCUUAAUCCGAGGUACUAUUUUUGGGUUGGCAGAGUCUGUAUCCUGAAGUGUAUGUAACCUGAAGCGUAUGUAACCCGAGGUACCACUGUACAUAUAUAUGCAUAUGUAGCACAGGCCUGCCAGUGUAUUCUCAGACUGGUGGUGGGCAGAGGAGCAUUGAUUCCUGGGACGGGAUGACUCGUAAUGCUGAUCUGAUUUGAAGGUUUGAUUACCCAUGGCCAGCAGGGAUUGAGCUGCGAUCGCCUUGUUCAAUGUGAUGAUGCUUUGUGAAAGUGCUCUGAAAAACAAAACAAGAGACUUCCAUUAGCCCUCUGAUGGGUUAUCAAUAACUGUUCCUGCUGCCACACGGUCAGCUUUGUGUUAAGUGUUAAUUAUUCUGCCUUACAGAUGGAGCUGAAGAAGAGAAAAUGGAGACAGAGACAGAUGGACCACAGGCAGAAAAAGUUAAGGUCUGACUGCUUCAAAUACCAUUUUUUUAAAUCGUGCAGUGCUUCAAGCAUUUCAUGAGUAUGAAUUAUUACUAUUAAUAAUAAUACAGAAGCCUCUGAAUGAAAAUAAAGUCCCACUUUCACAAGCUCAGAAAGUUUGUUUUCACCUAUUUUAAGAAAACAUCUUGUUUUCUACCUAAAUUAAAAUGAUGUAUUUAUUAAUUUAUGUCUUGCUUAAUGCAAAAAUCGGCUUCUAUUUUUAUUCGUUUCAUAAAGUUUAUACAUCAGUUCAUUUUUUGAAAAAAACCCCUCCAAACGGUUAAAAACCAAUUGCACAAGCAUUAAAAUAUAAACAUAUGUAAUAAAACAAUCCCUUUAAAACAUAUUGCUAACUUAAAGCAGGAGACUUGAGUAGGAAGAUUUGAAGAAUGCCAAAGUAAACACAGGAUUCUUUGGUUUACAUCUGCUACAGAGCAGACAGGUGCCUAUGCAUAUUGAGCUAAAUCAGCCUUCGUCAACCUGGUGCCGUGCAGAUGUUUUGGACUACAACUCCCAUCAGCCCCAGUCAGCCUGCACUCUAGUUGGGACUGAUGGAAAUUAUAGUGCAGAACGUCUGGGGAGCACCAGAUUGGCGAAGGCCGGGUUAAACCAUGCAAAAGCAGUCAAUGAAAUCCACCAGUUUGGACUUCCAGUACGGGAUUUGUUUCAUUGGAUGUUGUUUUUCCCACUAUGCUCUUUUGUUGUUAGAAGGGAAUAUUUGGAGUCAGUUUUAGGUCCAGUAUGCUGUGGGUUAAACCACAGAGCCUAGGGCUUGCGGAUCAGAAGGUCAGUGGUUUGAAUCCAUGCAACAGGGUGAGCUGCCGUUGCUCGGUCCCUGCUCCUGCCAAUCUAGCAGUUCGAAAGCACAAAGUGGAAGUAGAUAAAUAGGUACCGCUCCAGCGGGAAGGUAAACGGCGUUUCCGUGCGCUGCUCUGGUUCGCCAGAAGCGGCUUAGUCAUGCUGGCCACAUGACCCGGGAGCUGUACGCCGGCUCCCUUGGCCAAUAAAGCGAGAUGAGCGCUGCAACCCCAGAGUCAGCCACAACUGGACCUAAUGGUCAGGGGUCCCUUUACUUUUUAACACACAGAGAAACUGAAGCCAAGAGUAUUCACUGAAGACUCAAAGCUGGCUUUUCUAGUUUGGAGCUUUGGAAUCGGUCAAGAGUAUUUCUAAAUAAGGAAACAAUUGCCUUCUCCUACUUUUUUUUUUGUAUGACAUCCCUUGCUAUUUCUAUUUUUAAAGUGAACACUUGGUGUUCCUAAUGCACCGAUGUUCUUCAGGAAAGCUAUCCUUAUUUUCAUGGCCUGCUGUGUCUGUACUUCUGCAGUUAUUUGUUUCCUGCUUAGUAACUAUGGUUGUCAAGAGGAAUAUUCCGCCCCCCCAAUAGAAACCUUAAAAUUUCGUUUCCCUGAGCUGUUUAAUUACAGUACGCCUCCCCCACUUUUCAUAUCCUCUAGAUUGAAAACAAAGGGGACCAUGAACUUGCAGAUGGAAACAAGGCACAGGAAGGAGACGAGGAGAAAAACGCAGAAAAGGAUCAGGAUGGCGACGUCUCCCAGGACUCCAAGCCAGGUAGGAAGCUGCGGCUUCACUCUCCCCGCUGUGCAGAGGCUUUAAAGUGCUUUCCCUGUAGUUCCAGGCAUGUCUCAUAAAUUAAGCUGUAACGAAGGCAUUAUUCCCCAUAGCAUGAGUUGCCAACAUGGCACCCACAAGGGCUUUCCCUUUGCUCCCUACCCGCCGCCAGUGAAAUUAAGGCUUGAAAAGGCUUUCUGUUAUAGCCAGUAAAAAGUGGAGGCUUAACUCUCCCCUCCAGGGCUGCAACAAACGAAUCCUGAAAACAGCCUAUUUCUGAAUUUAAGUUAGGCUUGGAAAAGAAUUACUAUUGCAGUUUGGAAGCUCCUUCCAAUUCAGGGGUGAUUUCUAGGGCAGAAGAGGGGGGAAUUGCAGCUGGAGGGGAAAGGGUUACACCUUCCGUCCUCAGCGCAUGUGGACACACACAUACACACACACACACACCCUUUUGCAGCCAGUAGAAAGCUUCUUCAAGUCUAAUUAUUGCAGAGGUGAUACAACUGGGGAGGCAACAGUUAGCACCCCCGUGACCACUGCCUCUGAAAUUAGCUUGGGAAGAAAUCUCUUGGCUUUAAUAGAAGCCUUUUUUCAAGACUAAUCAUUGUGUGUGUAUAUUAGCAAGGGGGGGUAGCAUCCUGGAGUUUAGAGCUGGGAAGGGAAGGCUGUCUCUAGCUGCCUCAGCUGCCCUCCCCAGGAAAAUACCCCAAUUAGUUUAGAAGAAAAGCAACAAAAAAAUUUCCCAGCCUAGUAGCUGCCAGGGGAGAGAAGUAAUAAACAUCGACAACCCCUACCCCACCGUAACAUGUCUGCUUUGGAUAGAAUGGAGUAGUCCAUAUUCAGGCUGUAUCUCACACAAGCCUGGCUCAGGCGCUAAAUCUUGAUUUGAAAUCCUUUCAUGCUUCAGUCAGGAAUUCUUUUCAUCUUGGUUGUGCACUUCGGGUAACCACUGCUGAGCUGAAGCAGCCCUGCCUAAUAGGAAUUGGGUGUGUUAUUUCCUCUUGCUAAGCCAUUGGUUCAGCCUUAAUCGGAAAGAAUAGGUGGGCAGGCUGUGACCACUUUUUAAGUAUCUUGCUGUCUUCUCUGCCUUUCAGUUGACAGAAACUUGAUAAUUUAGACCAUGAAAACAUUUAUGUCCUUCAGAACAAUUGUCUGCUUUUUUGAAAUUUAAAUAGUUGGGUCGGGGGAUAGGCUUUUAAUAAUUUCUCUUACCUUUAGGGUUGAUUUGCAUAGUUGGGGGUGUGGAGAAGGUGAGCUAGAGGAACCCCUUGCCCAAAGCAGCAUCAUUAGCCAGGUAACAAGAGACAGGUGACAGUCAAAUGAUUAUUUCGUAAGUCAUGGCUGGGCCAGUAUAUCCAGUGAGCUGGUUCUGGGUGCUGUUAGGAAGCUGUCUCACUGCAGCGGUCCCUUGACUUUAAACUUGAAAGCCAAUAUUUCUCUUUCUCAAAUGGAAGGGGACAUUCUGAGUGGGUGCACUGAGCACACCACAUCCUUCUUGGGGUGGGCCAAGCCAGAGGUGUGUAUUUUCUUGGCUGUUCUAAGGAGGGCACCCAAGAUGACAGCUUAUCCCAACAUGUGGUGUAUUUCCAAAAGUGAACCUGAAAGUACUUCAUGGUCUUAUUUUAUGCUAGAAGUUUGAGCGCUGCACAAAUAAUCGGGAGCGAGAUGGUAGCAUCAGCUGCGCUAAAGGGAUGUGCAAGGCUAACUAGGGAGUGUUUUCGUUUAGAUGAGAAGGAAGCAGACGAGAACAAGGAGAACCUUGAUGUGUGCAAAGACAAGGAGGGCGACGCUGGGAAGAAGAGAGUGGAGCACGAAAUCUCCGAAGGGAACGUGGCAACGGCUGCAGCUGCUGCCCUCGCCUCGGCUGCCACCAAAGCCAAGGUUUGUCGGGCACAGAUUUCCACUGCAUCUGGUUUCCGGUGCUGUUCAGGGAACGCUUUUAAAAUGACCCCAUUGUUUGCAAAGGCACCAAUGGAGCUUGUUUCUGCUUCUCAUGCCUUUUUAAAAUGCACUUUCUGUGCUCCUCGGCUUCAGCUGUAUGAAUGUUAUCAUUAAAUGAAAUUUGUUUCCCUGUGAAUGGGUUUGAGGCUGCCAUUGUGGGCUUACUAAAAGGCACAGUGAGAGAGCCUAUCCAGAAAGUUUGUCAGCUUCUUUUUCAGCUUUUGAUGGGCUAUUUCUUUUGCUGGUGAGAAGAUUCAAGAACUCAGCCAGGCAUUCCUUUCCUCAUAAGCCCAUUACCAAUUCCUUGGGAGGUUAGCACAUUCGAAAACAGAACUUAGAAAGUGUGGCUGAAGGAAGCCCUUGUGUGGAACUUACAGAACCGGAGGAGGAAUUUCCUCAUUUUUCUGGCCUUCGGCACUUGGCGCAAAAUAGAUGUUUUUCUCCUGCUCUGUUCUCAGUUUUCCGGUUUCCAGGCUAGCGCACAGAGACCCUCUUUAGCAAGGCUCUCCCCCGUGAUUCCCCCUGCCCGCUUCUUUGUUCUGCUUCCUUAAAAAGAAGAGUUGUGCCUUAUUUGCCUAUCACUUCCAUCUUGAACAGUGAUAUCUUCACAGAAUGGUAGUAUGAUGCGUCUCUUGUUAAAGAAUGAAACGGAAAGAGAUAUACCCAACUAAUGGAGAAAUCAAUGGCAAAAUAGCAUGUUCAAGAAAUUUGGGGCCGUCAUACGUCUUAGUGGAGGGGUCCUUCUCAUUCAAGCACAGAUACUCCCACAGCCCGACUUGUACCAUCUCUGAGUGUUUGAGACUCACAGCCUGAGCAGAGGGCUCUUGUAUAACAUACGUUGCUGCAAGAGUCCUGUCCAUCACAAACUGAUGGGUGUCAUUACGGCAAGCAAUACAAAUCCGUAUAAGGAUGAAUAUUCUGCAAACAGGAAGGGUGGCUCUUCUGCCUUCGCGAAGCCAAGCCUCCUUUUCUUUAAGGUGUGAAUAGAGAAAAGGUGUCUGGCUAAUUUGGGGAGGGCCUGUAGCUCAGUGGUAGAAGAUCUGAUUUGCAUGCAGAAUGUCCAAGGUUCAGUCCUUGGCGUUUUUAAGUGAGGCUUAGAGAGUUGCUACCAAUCAGUGCGGUCAGUUUGAAUUCCAUAGAGACAUAGGCAUCCUGCACUCAUAAAAGAGGGAGUCGUUACUGACAGUUUGGUGCUUUCCAAAGCUGAAUCGUGGGGCAACUGUGUUCUGCUUUUCUCUUCCAAGUGGAGAGGAUGUUGGUGUGCUCAGGUCCUCCUGGUCGGCUUCUUACAGGUACCAGCCACUGUGUGGGCAGGAUGCUAAACUAGAUUGCCCAUUGGCCUGAUCCAGUAGGCUCUUAGUGGAUGAACCAAUCGCCAUCCUAGUUUGCAUGAAAAAUCUGGGAAUUGUUGCGACCUGUUAGCCAGCCCUGCUUUGUGUCUUGGGUAUGACUUAGUCCCAUGUAUCAAAAUGUACUCUUAGUAGUGCCAGUUCAGCAUGACAGCUGUUCCAGAGGUUCCCAUGAUCAUAACUUCAGUGUCAAAGCCCAUCUUGAACAGUCUUUCAAGAUGUGUUAAAGAAACAUUGGAGUAAAUGAAGUUAUUACAUUAGUGGAAAUUUUAACAUACUACUUUGUUAUAAGGUUUGUUGUAAUGGGUUAAACCACAGAGCCUAGGACUUGCCAAUCAGAAGGUCGGCUGUUCAAAUCCCUGCGACGUGGUGAACUCCCGUUGCUCAGUCCCUGCUCCUGCCAACCUAGCAGUUCGGAAGCACGUCAAAGUGCAAGUAGAUAAAUAGGUACCGCUCCAGCGGGAAGGUAAACGGCGUUUCUGUGCGCUGCUCUGGUUCGCCAGAAGCAGCUUAAGUCAUGCUGGCCACAUGACCUGGAAGCUGUACGCCGGCUCCCUCGGCCAAUAAAGCAAGAUGAGCGCUGCAACCCCAGAGUCGGCCAUGACUGGACCUUAUGGUCAGGGGUCCCUUUACCUUUAAUGAGCUCCUACAUAAAGUAGUUGUACAGUUUCAAUUUCAGUAGUCUACGGGUUAGUACUCCAUGCAAGCAGCAGAGGAGGAUAUAUCAGGGGCUACUUUGGCCCUCUGCUAAAUCUUGGCAUUAAACAGAUUCCCAAGCAAAUACUGUAGAUAGCAUAAAAAUAAGCUACCAUUGAACCUACAAACCUCAUUUAUUGCCUCAUGCAGUCUCAGCACCAGCUAGUUCACAUUUUCAAAGGACUUUGACGCCGUAUGUUUGAUAAGACCCCUGAAAUCUUAGAGGAAAAUGAACUGUUACCAGGUUAGAAGUCAGAAAAUGUUUUGUCCAAAUGAAAAAGCUGGGGUGGGGGGCUUUGCUAUUGUUUCUCCUGCACGUAGGUAAGGUGUGUGUGUUUGUGUUUUUCCUCCCAGCAUCUAGCUGCUGUUGAGGAAAGGAAGAUCAAGUCCUUGGUCGCCCUCCUGGUGGAAACACAGAUGAAGAAACUGGAGAUCAAACUCCGUCAUUUUGAGGAACUGGAAACAAUCAUGGACAGAGAGAAAGAGGCGGUAAGACUGGUUGGGGAGGGGCAUGUUUAUUUUUUAUAUGGUGCCCCCUGAAAGCUCAGCGGCGUUGGUACUUUGGGGGCUGUGUCAGUUUAAGCUUUUCAUCAGCAUUUAAAUGUUGCAUCUCUCCUGUGCAUUGAUGAUGCCUCCUUGCUUUUGGAUAACACACAUCUGUACAGAUCUACUCUUCAUAUGGUUUUGAAAGUUUCAUUGCAUAUGUAUUUAUGGGCUGAUUACUUAUCUCAGUUCUGCAACUCUGUGGACUUGGUUUUUUCCUGUCCGAUGCAAGAAAAAUUGGAGAACGGUUUGGGACACUGAGUAUCUGAGGAUAGUUCCUUCAAAAUGGAGUGUGCUAAUCUGACAGGUUCUGAACACCCAGAAUUCAGUUGGUUUGCCUCUUGUCACUGUCCCUUGGAUCAUUUGGAUCAAAAGUAGCUUUGUGUGUGUGUGUUGGGAUAUAUCAUUAGCAGUUCCUUCCACCACCCCUCACAGGACCCUCAAAUGCCAGCCUAAUUAAAUUCCCUUUAGAAGUUGCAGGAGCGGUGUCUAGGAUCAGACCUUGGUGAGACUGCAAAAGGGUGUAUCUUGGGGCAGCUGCUAGGUUGAUGCUAAUGGAUGGAAUCCAGCGUGGUGUAGUGGUUAAGAGCGGUAGUCUCGUAAUCUGGGGAACCGGGUUCGCGUCUCUGCUCCUCCACAUGCAGCGGCUGGGUGACCUUGGACCUUUGAAGUCUCUCAGCCCCACUCACCUCACAGAGUGUUUGUUGUGGGGGAGGAAGGGAAAGGAGAAUGUUAGCCGCUUUGAGACUCCUGAAGGGGAGUGAAAGGCGGGAUAUCAAAUCCAAACUCUUCUUCUUCUUCUUGGGCAUCUCCAUGGGCUCUUCUUACAUCCGACAGCUGUCUUGGACAGCACCUCUGCAUUGCAAUAAAAGUUAGAGAGGAAGCCUAUAACUAGUUAUAUUGAAACAUCGUGCAAUAAAGCACCGUCCACCUAGGAGCUUAGCCCAGGCUUCAAAAUCCAGGUCAAUUGCAGUGUUUUGAUUUGCUUCAAGAAGAAGCAAAAAGAUGGACUUCUCUUGCCCUCUGUAUGGGCAGAGCAGACCCACAGAGCAGGGGGUUGGACUAGAUGACCCUUGGUGUACCUUCGAACUCUGCGAUUCUGUGGCAUUCUCUUCAGCUCGGUUUCUGUGACGGCAUUUGUGAACCUGGUGCCCUUUAGAUGUUGGACUAUGGCUCCCAUCAACCCCAAAUGACUGUGCUGGGUAACCUCUGUCCAUUCUGUGUAGGGCUUGUUCUCUUUCUCUUUCUCAUCACACAACACUUGCAUCUUGUUUCUUCCUGAUCAAGGGGUCUGGAGGCCAAGUGAAUUGGGGCCUUGGGUUUCAUGCAAGGGAAGGAAUAGGCAGGGAGGAGCUUGUGUCCUCUUAGGGACACCCCCCUCCAUGUUGAGAGAAUGUUGGCAUUAAUAGGUCCGCCAGGUAAUUCUGCUUGACUGCUUGCCUGGAUGAGGACAGCUUGUUCCCCUGGUUUGGCACUGAAUGGGGAGGUUAAGAACUUAAGAAGAGCCCAGCAUCCUGUUCUCACAGUUACUAACUAGGUGCCUGUGGUAAACCUGCAAGCGGGCUUGAAGCACGGUAAUCAUUCUGGACCCAAGACCAGCAACUGUCUGCCCCACCCCCUCUCAGGACAUGCUGAGCUUCUCUCCCGCUUGUCAUCUUGUCCUGGACUGGGAAAAUUAGCAGUGAAUGCGGCAGCUGUCUGUCAGAGAGCAGGGAGAAUUAUUUUCCACGAUUGGAACGCUUAAAGGAUAUGUGUUGUCCAGAUUCUGAUGCGUAAUAACUUCUAGGUCCUUCUGCCCUCUUCUUCAGCUUUUCCCCUCCUUUAGGGCCACACUCAACUACCUAGCAGGUGUGGCGGUUGUGGUUUUUAACAGCUUCGAUAGCCAGCAUGAGGGGGACCCAAGCCAGGUUAGGAUGGUGGGCUGUGGGGGAGUCUUUAACACAUUCCCCCUGAUGCCAUGAUGCUGAUCAGAAUUUGUCUAUACUGACUGGCAGUGGCUCUCCCCGAUUCCUGGCAGCACAUCAGCCUUACCUGGAGAUGUGGGGGUUUGAGUCUGGGUCCUUCUGCAUGCAAAAACAGGUUCUUUGCCACUGCAUUUUCCUGCUGGCAUUUAUCACCUGACGUACCAGAUUGCCAAGACAGGCUGCAUCUUUCUGGCUCAGCCCCGUGUGAGGAGGUGUGUUGUAUCUUCCACUCCCCAACACCAAAAAAUAAAAAUCUGUAUCUUCAGCUCUUCUGCUGAGCAUCUCUGCCUUGCUCCUCCCCACCAGCUCACAGACCCCGCUGCUGAUUGGCAGAUAAGGUAAGAGCUGUUGCUAAGGGGGAGAUUCUCCCUGGGUUCCCAUUUCUUUAAGGAAAAUCCUCUGUUGCAUCAGCCAUUCUUACUCCAUCUUCAGGCAUCUGAUAUUCUGUCUCUUUUCAAGCAGACUUUCUCAUUUGUAAAUUUCCUUCCAAAAAGCUCCCAGCGAUUAAAAAAAAAAUGCAGCUUUUAGUCUUUUCCUGUGGGUCAGUUGCCCAAAACCUCUCAUAGCACAAUAAAGGCUGUUUCCUUGUCGUUUCGAAGUGGGGAGCAGAGGAGGGGAGUCAACAGGUUUGUGCAUAAUAUGAUCUAAUUUGUAAACCGAAGCCGUUUUAGGGCUGUCAGCCCAAAUUGUAUUCUGAGUCAAGAGCACUUGUUAAUCCAGAAAUUGUGACAGAAUGUAUUACGAUGUACAGUUGACAGUGACAUGUGGGGGGUGGCGUUCUUCUUUCCUGAUUCCUGGAGCAGCAUUUUCACUUGUGUGCCUGGUGCCAAGAUAAAAAUUUUCCACUUGCAAGAUACCAUUUUAAACAAUGAAGUUACAACUUGGGUAAAGCCACCCAGCGAAUAUGAACCGAGAUCGAAUUCCAGUGCACACUGCGCAGCAGAAUCCCCCUGGCUGUUAUCUGAGAGGCUGCACCACAGACUGAACCUGCCCUGCCUCCCUCCCACCAUUUGGAGAUGCAGAGUGUGUGAGCAGAAUUCAGGACCUCGUGCAGAAUUUUACAACCUCAGAUCCUGCUCUAUUUCCUAUUUUCAUUAAGUUUCAGAAAAGCCCGGGUUGUAUCUCUCUUCCCACAUGACCCUCUCUUUUUCUGGACCCCUGCCUCCUUCCUUUCAUUGGUCAUACCUUCCCAAAGUAAUAAUACUCAAUAUUUUUGGGGGGGAAAACAGCAGUUGUAUAAACCAAACAGAUGCAGGCGUUUGUGCUUUCCGUUUGGCAUUUGCAUGUGAAUAUCUAGUUGCCACAUCUGGGUAUCUAUGGCUUGGCAUGUAGCAUUUGUGGCUUCUGCUGCAGCCUUGGGUUAGGCAGCCUGAUUCUUGUCCUAUAAAGCCCGCUUCAAGGCAGCCUUUCCCAAUUACAGAUCCUGAAAGCCUUGCUCACUGUCAGCGCUCCCUGGCCCAAUUGGAUUGCCCCCUUUGAUUACUGUCACUACUGUGAGCAGAAUCUCUGCUCCUGCCCAGCUUUUGCCGUCAUGCGCUGAGUGCCGUGCAGAGCUUGAUCUCGGUGUGAUUUUUGUCUCGUCGUUUUGUACGUGACCUCGAAAACUGGAAACCAAAGGCUAGUGUGCUGAGAUGAAUUUGCAGUUAAAAUGUCAAUAUGAGGAGGGUCCUGUCUUGGUGCUAUCUUCCCAAGAAGGUCGACAAGUCAGUUCUUGACUAAACAGUUGGUGGUGGGCAACCUCCAGUCUGCGGGGCUAUGUGGACCCACCAGACCUCCCCUUUUGACCCAUGGGGCUGUCAUGGCCAAGCAAGCCCUACCUGCCUACACCUGUCACCAUCGAUGGCAAAGGCAGGACUUGGACAGGAAGGACUUUGCAGGCACUGCAGAUCAGCUGGUUGUUUGUGCCUGCAAAGCUCUUUGCGCAUUGCCUGGGCGGUGCUGUGCGCGCUACUUUGCCCUGGAAGCUUAGUUUCAAACAGCAGGCAAAGGCAGGUCACCCACAGACAUUUGCACCAGGUAAUUUACUUGUAGGUGGCCCCUGACUUGUGGGGAUGUGGGCAAGUUUCCUGUCUCCGACCGAGAGGCGUUCAGGGCUUUGUGGCUGAAAGGCUGCUCUGCCUCUGCUCUGCCUUUAUUCUAUGUGCUGUGUUCUGUGUCGCCUCUCAGACUGUAGCAAACCAACUUCUUCUUAGCCUCCUUCUUCCUGCUGGCCACCAGUCACUUCAUCCGUGCUUCUCCUUUCCAAGCGUCUCCUAUUGUCUCCUCCAUUCAACUCCUGCGGCAUAAAAUGUAUUUUCUUGCCUGCUGCUUUUUUAUCCCACCUUUCCCUCCAAGGAGCUCCAGGUGACGGACAUUCAUCCCCACCACAACCCCAUGAGGUAGGUUAGGCUAAGAGGCAGUGACUGGCCCAAGCUUCAUGGCUGAGUGGGGAAUUGAAACCCUGACACUCUACUCCCAACACUCUUAUCCGCUGUGAAACACUGGCUUGCUAAAAUUCUCUCUCUUAAAAUUCUGUUCAAGAGCUUAACUCACACGUUUCGUACAGCACCUUGAAUACGCUGCCCACUAAACGCAUGCAUGCAUCUGUGGCAAUUGCAGUUUCUUCCUCCCCGCACCCCUCGCCCGCCACAGAGAUUGCACAUGGCAAAACUGCUUGGAGAAUGUAGCUUUCAUCUGCACUGGUAGAGGUAUUGCCCAACUGUACCCUUUUGGGGUUGUCGUCUCCCCUUAUGAACCCACAUGGCUGCCUUUGCUUUUUGUAUGACCCUUAAAGAGCUGUUGCCUGUUGCUAGCUAGCUGUUUGCCCCACUAGGGAAGAAUGAGGUGGCCAAUUUUGGCAACGCUGUAGCUCCAAAGAGCCGCGGUUGGAAGGAGAGGCGUGUGUGUGUGUGUUUCCAUCGCAGAGAGCUGCUUUAUUAAGCCUUCCUCUCAGAGCAGUUUCAGCUGUGAAAUUGCCCCCCAGCUAUUGAAUCGUGUGUUUUUUCUACCCACACACCAUUAUUAUCACUGGUGAAUCCUUGGAAAUAUGUGUCUUGUUUACCCAAGGAGAAAGGAAGGCAUAUUAGCACAAAUAAAAUGCAUCGUAGUUGUUGCUUGCUGCAGAGGCCACCCCACCACCCCAAGUACUAGAAUGCAGCUGUGAGCGCUCUCCCUGAAGGAUGGUGCCCUGCGUGGUUGAGAUGGGUUUUAAGCACAUGGUGCAGUGAGAACAUGGGAGUGCAGGGGAAAUGCGUCAGGCAGGUUAUCCUGUUCUAAUCCUCAAUAUGGAUUGAAAUCAAGGACGCUUCUUACUUUGGGGCUGGCACCUGCCUGCCGGACACAGCACAAUGGGCCCCCGCUUCUCACAAAUGAAUACCUGGGGGCAGCAUUACUGUGUCUUUAUACAUAAUGUUCUGACUGCCCUGUUUCAAAAAGACUGUUUCAGAGCGGGACAGAGGGCAGAAAGGGGCAAGGGUUUGGAGAACAUCUUAUCUAUCAAGGCUAAUGUGUUGAGGGCUUUUUAGUCCGGGGGGGGGGGGAUCGCCAAUGGGGAAUGUUAUAAAACUUGUGAGAGGUAUGGAAGAAGCAAAUAGUCCCCCCUCUUUUCUGUAAUACUUGCACUUGGACACAUCCAAUGAAAUUGGCAGCAGAUUCAGGAUGGAAUAAGUAGCGUUUUAUAGUGUUUAAAUAUUUAAUAUGAAAUGUUUUAAUUCAUAAAGCAUUUAUAGAUUACCUUUCAUAUUAAAAAGCUCUUGUUGACACCUGUCUGUCUCAAGAGAUAACUUAGUACGCCUCCAGCGCUGAAGUCAAGCUGCUGGAGAAUAACAGCACCCGCUGUGGGUGCAGAGACUGGUAACUCAUAACUGCUGCCUCCCACAUUGGGUUUUUGCUGCCUUAGCAGCACCAAAGCGACUUCUCCAGGGCGCAAGCCUGGGCGGUGUGUCUGGAGGUCCUGGGCUGCCCAGGCAACAAGACCCACCCACCCCAGCCCCACGGAUGCAGUCCAAAAGAAAGCAGAGCAAGGCGUUUGGCAAUGCUGUUUACAGCAUAAAAUGAGUUGGAUAGCUCAGUUGGUUAGUGUGGUGAUGACUACACCAAGGUUGCAGGUUCAGUCCCCAUAAGGUAUAGCUGCGUAUUCCUGCAUUUCAAGGCGUUGGACUAGGUUAUCCUCAGGAUCCCUUCGAACUCUAAAAUUCUAUCUGGUAAAGCUUUUGCGACACAAUAAAAAAUGAAAAUUGAAGUUCUAAUGGCACAGUUUACAGAAUAUACCCCCUCAGGGUGAGGUGAUGGCUUUAAAAGGGCAUUAGUCCAGGAAUGGGGAUGGUGGCGCUCAAGAUCUAGUUGAGCCACCGCGGUGUCAUUUUCCAUAACGGAUGUGUUGGUUUAGUUCAGGAGGUGGUGGCCUGGAAAGGCUUGGGUGCCGCUGCUUUAACCGAAGACAGUGGUACUUUGGGUUAGGUUAAGUAUUUAAUUUGUUCCAGAGGUCCGUUCUUAACCUGAAACUGUUCUUAACCUGAAGCACCACUUUAGCUAAUGGGGCCUCCUGCUGCCGCCGUGCCACCGGAGCACGAUUUCUGUUCUCAUCCUGAAGCAAGGUUCUUAAGCUGAAGCACUAUUUCUGGGUUAGUGGAGUCUGUAACCUGAAGCAUAUGUAACCUGAAGCGUAUGUAACCCGAGGUACCACUGUAUCAAGGAAUGCUGUACUGUACAGACUUGUAUGCGGAAGGAAAAGCACAAGGGUUUUUUUAUAGCUUGGCUUUCAGUCAGUACACAGCUGUGAAUCUCUCCCUUUCCCCCAUCAGCUGGAGCAGCAGAGGCAACAGCUGCUGACGGAGCGCCAGAACUUCCACAUGGAGCAGCUGAAGUACGCGGAGCUCCGCGCCCGCCAGCAAAUGGAGCAGCAGCAGCACAGCCAGAACGUCCAGCAGUCCCACCAGCAUUCCAGCGGCCCUGGCAUGAACCCUCUGGGGACACCCAGCCACCCGGGCUUGUUGUCUCACCAGCAGCCUCCUCCGUAUCCCAUGAUGCACCACCAGAUGCCCCCUCCUCAUCCACCGCAGCCAGGUAAGGGCUGGGAAACACACACACCCCUUUGUGCUUUUGGUGGAAGUUUGGAAACGGGUCUGAGGCUGGACUGUGGAGAUGUGCCGGGUUCAGCAGGUAAGUAUGCUUAUUACGACUGCAGCGUUUCUGCAGGCUCCUCCCCCCAGAAAUUCAUAGCUUUGUGGCAAAAAAUGGGCACAAAGAAAUAGCUGAGAGGGAGCAAUGUGCCUGCACGCUUGGGACACAUCUAUGUGUAGAAGUGUAAGGUAAAGGGACCCCUGACCAUUAGGUCCAGUCGUGACCAACUCUGGGGUUGCGGCGCUCAUCUCGCUUUACUGGCCGAGGGAGCCGGCGUACAGCUUCUGGGUCAUGUGGCCAGUAUGACUAAGCCGCUUCUAGCGAAUCAAAGCAGCGCAUGGAAACGCCGUUUACCUUCCCACCGGAGUGGUACCUAUUUAUCUACUUGCACUUUGAUGUGCGUUCAAACUGCUAGGUUGGCAGGAGCAGGGACCGAGCAACGGGAGCUCACCCUGUCACGGGGAUUUGAACUGCCGACCUUCUGAUUGGCAAGUCCUAGGCUCUGUGGUUUAACCCACAGCAAAGUGUAGGGGUUUGCUUUUAGUUUGAAAGCUAGGUGUUCCCAAGUAGCCAAGUAAUGGGCCCAGAAUACAUUGUUUGCUCUGCAAGGGGCACACACCACUCCGAGCCCUGGGAUUUGGAGCGUUGGGAAAUAUCAGGCCACUUUACGAUAUACAGGUCCUGCAAUUCUGAAUCUUAAGUACCUCUCAUGCCGUUUCCCCACACUUUGUUAUCGAAAAAGGGUUUUUCCGAUCUGGAUAACUGUGAGAGAGCACCUUUCCUCAUAGCUGGCGUUCCACGCUACCGUUUUGUGUAAUUUCAUCAUGACCGCUUUUCAUCUCCUCAUUUUAUAUCUUCCAUUUCCUGGCCUUUUGUAAGAGCCCCACUUGAUCACGCUUCUCCACACCUGUCAAUCCAUCAGCACUCUGGAGGCCGAUGAAUGAAAGAGGGCAAGCUUUCCAUCAGAUUACAGUGCCCUGGAAGGGGGGGGGCAGUGCCAUUCUAAACAGGGGCUGCUUGUUCUGUCUGCUUAGCUGCCCCACACUAGACAUGGCGUGAUACACAUGUGCUAGCACCAGUGCCUCACGAUGCCCUGUGGAAAGUACUCUAGGGAGACUUCUUCAAAUCCAAGCCCUAUCUUAAAAUACGGAACCCAAGCCAUCACCUCAUGAUGAACCUUUUCCCAUAACCUCUCAGGAGAGGAUUAAACAGCACAUAACCUCCUGAAAGUAACUUAAGACUAGCCGCUCUAAUGUGCCAAUUGUGUGUGCGCCAACAACUGCUCUGAGAAGCCAAAAGCAUCUAAAGGAGUGUAGUUCAUGCUGCCUUCGGUUUCUGGAGCGCAGUCUCUCUCUCUCUCUCUCUCUCUCUCUCUCUCUCUCUCUCUCUCUCCCUCUCCCUCUCCCACCACUACUGUUGCCUUGAUAAAAUACUUAGUGGAUCAAUGUUACUGAUAGUUAGCAUGUUCAUCUAAAUCAGGAUUUCCCAAAAUUCAGUCUCCAGGACUACAAGUUCUGUCAUCCCUUGUUAGCAAGACCCAUGGUCAGGGAUGAUGGGAAUUGUAGUUCAAAAACAGCUGGAGAUCUAAGUUUGGGAAACCCUGGUCUAAAUUAUUGUUUGCGGGCUUGGACUAUACCCUUGGGAUCUCUUCCAGCUCUACAGUUCUGCGUAACGGAUGCCUGGGCUUCUUUGCCCUGAACGUAGGCAUGCUCUUCUGGGAAGAAGUUGUGAACUUCAAGAUCCUAAAGUAGUUUGUUCUCCGGGAAGAAACACGAACAGAUCCUUGAGUAGGGAAGGCAGGGGUAGAUUUUACAGUAGUUUGAAGUAUAGGAUCAGGAGAAGGGUGGUGCAGUGAAGUAGUUAAAAUGGGAAAAGGAAGCAGCAAAGAACACCAUGGCAAGGCUGUUCCGAUGGGGCGACAACAGAUGGGGAGGUGCAAGCAGAAGAGGCAACUUGUCAGGUACACGAUUCUUUCUGGGUAAACUGUUAUGUGUUGUUAGAAAUCCAGACCUGUCCGUUCUCAUCAGUGGUGCUGUGCUUGUAGGCCUGCGGUGCCAGAAAACAUGAGCAAUUGAAGCCGGAUGGAUUUAUUUUGCUCAACCUCUUUUGCUCCAGUACCCCAGAAGUCUGUGCCUCUUAUCAAAUGCGAGUCCUCUAGCAAAACUAAUUAAAACCUGAAAUGAAGGCAUGGUUGGGAAAAUGACCUGUUAACAGCCUCCUUCCCCUGAAUGACUGGCACAGACUUCAUGGUAGUCUGUGGUUGUCCAAAUGAGUGGCAGGGAUGAGCAUCUUCCUCACAGCAAUGUCAAAGGAAUGAGCAACAAAGGUUGCCCCAUUGUGUGGGGGCUUCAGCGCUCUUUGCUGUAUAGGAGGGAGGCAGGAAACCUCCCUCCGUGGGCAAGCCUGCAGUGACCUCCAGUUUAACCUGGAGCCCCCUAGUUUAAAGUACAACUCGUGUCAUCCUUGACCCUUCCCCAUGCAGGCUGGAGCUGAUGGGAAUUGUAGUCCAAAAUAACUGGAGGACAAAAAAUUAGGGCAGCUGAUUUUAAUUCCAGCCCCGUACAAAAUGCUUGCGCAAUGGAUGAGAGUUCAGAGAAAGCACAAGUAUUCUCAACUUCACAAACCGUCACAAUCUUCCCCAUGAAGAUUGAUAAUGUCGCAAGGACCCUAUUAGAUCUGGGGUGGAUAACCUAUUUUAUUAUAUUGUAGUAUGUUUUUAUCAUAUUCUACUUUUAUUAUUUUAUGUUAUGUUCAAGGGCCACAUUCACUCUUGGCCAGUCCUCUGCGGGCUGCCAAUCAAUGGAGGGUUUGGUCAGAAAACCCACCCCCACACGGUCACAGUCAGGCUCUUUCUGGUGGUACACAUCAGUUGCACACACUCUGCACAUGCCAGCACUGUGUCUCCUUUAUUUAUUAUUAUGUUCGCUGCCACUGCCAAAAUCAGCAAACUCUUGGGAGAUCAGAAAAGUGUGUGUGUGUGUGUGUGUGUGUGUGUGUGUGUCAGAUCAGACUUCUGAACAGGCAGUUAAGUCACCCUGUGUUAGACAUUAUUUGAAGCUGUCAAAGGCAGGCAGCACCACAGUCCUUUGUUUUCCUUUUGUAAACUUGUCUGGGCUUGUUGUUGUUGUUGUUUAUUAUCUGGUUCUACCUCCCACUGCCCAGUUGUACAACUCCGGCAUGUACAACUGCAUAUAUGUGACCAGCCAGCAGAGAUUUCUGCCCUAGCCUCAAACAUGUUAGACCACGAUAUCUGAGUAGAAUCUCACCACCUCUGCUGCCCUAGAGGCACUGUGACUAGCCAGUGUUGGAAAACAAAUACCCAAGGCUAGGCAGGUGGCUGCUCCAGGACUCACACUUUUGUUUAUUUUUAGUCCUUGCUGCCCACGCUUCACCCAAGGAUCCCAGGGUGGUUUACAUAAAUAUACGGGGGGGAACACAGAAUCUAAAACCAACCGCUGUAUUAUCCACACACACUCAACGCAAGACGGCGGCAGCAUCUCAACCCUCCCGUCCAAAACCCCGACCAGCAGCAAAAGCCACACAGUGUUGCUGCAGGACACACAGCAGAGAGGGGAGCAUCCAGUGCUAUUGAAAAACGCCAAGUGUCUCUUGAGGGACUGCCACUCAGUGACCAAAUGCAGUGUCACAAUAAACCACGUGUUACAAGCACAAGUUUUGAAUCUGUCUGCUUAAACUGUGGUUCUCUUUUUUUUUUAAAUGAAAUUUUUUAAUUCAUUUUAUAACACAACUAAAAAACACAAACAGAAAAACAAUACAAACAAAUUCUUGUCUUAUCCUUAUUUUUUCUAAACAUUGUUAGGUGGACUUCCCCAAGUCCCCCCUAUCUGAUUUUCAUUUUACCUCAUCUUCAGCAGUUUACAUAUAUCAUAAUUUCUAACCAUUUUUUUUUAUCACGCUUACUUUUACCAUAAAAAAUCUUCACAUUUUAUCACUUAAAAAUAAUACUAUUCUAGAAUACACUAUCUUCUACAUCUAAUCCUACAGCCUAAAUCCACUUCUAAAGCUAUUCUAAGUUUUAAAUAUUAACUAAACUGUGGUUCUCUGCAUGACACGUGGUUGGCCUCCAGUACAACCAUGGAUUAAGGAGACCACCUUAUACACCCUUGAAUUGUACUGGUCGUCCUCUCACGCUCCUCCCGGAAGAAGCAUUAUGGGAAGCAUUAUGGGAGGGGAGAAUGGAUCUUGAGCUUGGGUUCUGCUUGCACGUUUCCCAGAGGCAUCUGGUUGGCCACUGUGAGAACAGAAUGCUAGACUAGGUGGGCCAUUGACCUGAUCCAGCAGGUGGUUCUUACAUCAGUAAAGGCAAUGACCAUUUUACGUGCGUUCAGUAUGUGCAUGACUGCACGCGUGUGCAUCGCCAUGAACCCGGAAGUGACUAGGAAAAGGGCGAAAACAGCCCCAAAAGAGCGCAGAAAUGGUGAAAACUGCGUGGAAACGACACCUAGCAAUCCCAUGAGCCUUUGCAGGUGCAAUGCCAGGAGCCCUUGCACUGGCAAUCGAGGCCUGUGGAGAGUUUGAGGGAGGAGGUUUGGAGGGUCUUUGCAGGCUUUUUCAGUGGUGUUAUGCUUGUUGCCGGUGUGCUCUGUUCCUUCCGCACUCUGAUCAGCUGGUCCUCAGACUCCCACCUUGCUCUCCUGUUGUGUCUCCACCUGCAGUUCCCUUGACCUCCAGCUCACCAGGUGUGCGCUCCGUGCCCCAGUUAGUCUGUGCAGGGUGAGCUUGUGUGUCACCUGUUCAUCUGCAAAGGGAAAGCUACAGCUUGCUCUUGCUUGCUUGCCUGCCUGCCUGCCUGCCUGCCUGCCUGCCUGUUGGAUUUCUGCAAGAGUGAUCCUGGCAGCAUGGAGGGAUAGGCAGGCUUGUGAAGCCUCUGCAACCAUCCCCAAAUGACUUCUCUGUGAAAGGAAGAGAAGGAGGAGGCCCCAAGGCAGAAAGCACACACAGAGGCCACCAACCAGCUUGACCUCCUUCCUUGGCUCCGUCACAGUGGCCUGGGAAAGGUUGCGCGCCUCUUACGCCCACCCUCGGCAGCCAUUCCCUGGCAGGCUUGCUUUUGCCUCCUGGUGACUAAUCCGGCAGAGCAUGAAGGGAAGUGUGGGGCUCGAAGUCUCUUGCUGAAGUGACAGGCAGGUCUAGAGAAAAGAUAAGGGGCCCAUAAAAUGCUUACUGGCCAAGAAGAAAGUGGGGGGGGGGAUAGCUAUGGUUUACAGCCCAGAGCAUUUUGUUUAAAAUGUUUCUACGUCGUCCUUCGUCUCGCCGGAUGAAGAACAGGCAUGGGGUGGGGGGAAUCCUUCGUAUGAAUCAGAAAUUGAGAGGUAGCAAAAGCCGUAAGGCAGGUGGAGGCAACACAGCUGCUUGCAGCACCUUAACUUAGCGCUGAAAAGUAGCGCCCACAAAUUGAGACCUCCAGGGCUGGCUGAGCUGCUUCUCCCGUGCCCUUGUGACUUUUCUUACGGUUCAUGUAAUCCCUUUCAAAUCCAGACCUCGUUAUUCUGUUGGGUAGCUUCAAAGCUUGUUCCCAGGAGAGAAACUAGUCUACGUUCCGUUGGACUUAAGCUGAAACAUCCUUUGCGAAGAGUCUUGAGAUGCUCCAGCCUGAAUAUUCAGUGCCACCACUUGAGGCUGCCCAGUGCCCAGGGUGGUUUCCACGAGCUCGGCCCUAGCAGUCUCUACAUAGCCCCACUGGAUUUGAAACCUGGCUAGGCAAAAAGACUGCCUGUGCUGGAACUGGCAGUAAAGGGAGUCAGGCAGGGGUUAUUGCCUCCUGCGGAUGCCAGAGAAUGAUUUAACUACAUUGAGCUGUGCAGGCCUUUUAUGCCUGCAGAAAACACUUGAGUGAGUUUCAUUGCUUGGUGCCUCCUGACAGAGAUAUUUUAUUUAGGAGCCAUAAAUAUUUGAAGGUAGCCAGUUCAGUCCUGGCGUGCCACUUAGUUUGCUUUAUGUCUGGGCAGUGUUGGCCUUGAAAAACUACGUUGCCCGCUGCUUGAUGUGUUCGGAAGAAGCUCCCUGGACACUUGCUUGGUGUCCAAAUUGGUCUUAACCCAGAAAAUAACCCUCUCGGUGCAUUAGGCUGGUGUUUGGGGGGGCUGCCGUUUCUCCGACCGGCGUAGAGUGAAUUAUAACACUGGAGAGAAGUGAUGGAAAUGUUCACGGCAGGCGGAGUGGGGAGCUGGAGAGUUGGUGCUAAAUUAGCUACCGUGCUUAAUUAUUCAGUGCCUGGCUUUGCGAUUCUUUGGGUCUCCUGGGGAAAACAUUCGGCAGGAAGGGCAGAUUCCAGCGCUUGCCUGGUGGUAUUAAGACUCGCAGUCCAGCUUUAUGGAACCCAUUCAUAAUUUUUCGGGUGUGUGCGUAAGCACAUUUAAUGGCACUGGGUUGCCCCACAGAAGGGACUCUGGUUUCCAUGCUCUCCCUGCUAGACAAAUACCUGCACACUGUAGAGAGCUUCUCUUCCAUUCAGCUGGUUUAAUAACAAAUGCAUUUAUUGCAUUUAUAUCCCACCUUCUAAGAAGCUGAAGGUGGUGUGCAUACUUCUUCUCCCCCAUUUUAUCCUCACAAGAGCCCUGUGAGGUGCGUUAGGCCGAGAGACGGUGACUGGCCCCAGGUCACACCCAGUGAGCUGCUUGGCUGAGUGAGCAGGGAUUUGAAUCCUGGUGCUCUAACCAUUAAACCACACUGGCACUCUUAUUUUUCUUAAGUGGCAGUAAGGCAACACGGCCACUACUUCCUGCUCCACCUUAGACUGUCAUCCAUUUUGGGGGUGGGACAGGGCUGUUGGCAGCUCUCAACCUGCAAGUGCGUCUCUAUAAGUGAUAACCCCUUAGCCUUCCUCCUCACCCAAAAAAAAACCCCAUAAUGUGGAUUUGGGGGCUUACCUUAGAAGGGGGAGUUGUCAGGGCUAGCAAAAGAACAUGAUGUGGCAUAUUUUGAGCUCCCAGGAAAAGCCCUUAGUGCUCUGGCUUAAUAUAAAUUCAUCCUAAUGUUAACGGAGAAAUCUGAGGGCUCCCUUGAACAAAAAAACAAGGACAAGCCAGGAAUACCAGAGCAAACAGCAGCCAGUAGGCUUGGUCUUUAUUGAAGACUGUCACGACAGGACUCCCACCUGCCACAAGGUGGAACAAGAUGGAGGCCCCGAACAAAAGAGCCCCCAAACUUUUAUUAGCUGCUAAUCCCCAUAUUACAACCCCACACUACAUCACUAAUACAUCAUGGUUACAUCAUGAAAGGGGAGGUCUGGUGGCAGUAAUCUGAGCAUCCUGGACCCUGCCCCAUGGUUCCCCUUGCCCUCCACCAAACACCCAUCAAGUGUAACACAAAAGAUACUUAAAUUUCCCUGUUUCCCAGCCAAGUUAAUCACACCCUUUUGUCUUCAUCUGGGUUUGUUAUUUCUGGAAUGGCUACCUGUCUGGCACUCAGGUAUCAGGAUGCCAGGAAUUAUCACUCAGGCAGAGGGGCUGCUGAAUAGCUGAGCUCACACGUCUAUAUGAAUUUCUGAAGUUUCCCCAGUGAGCCAGUACAUAGAUACAUUUAUCAGUGAAUUCUGACAUUUGGUGUUGUGCAGCAAAGGCCCUUUGAAUAGAUAGGAAGAAACUGUGAUGGGGUGUUUUUUGGGGACAAAUCACAAAAGUCACAAAAGCGAUUGUGCUGGUUUUGGGAGUGGGCUGCAUGUGCAUGAUAUCUGCUGGAGGGGCAACCCCCCCAACCUAUACAUAAAUUCCUGCUACACUAACAAGCUUUUUCUUUUUUAAUAAAAAAAAUGUAAACUGAGAAGGCAGCACAGAAAUGUUUGGAAUAAAUGAAUUCCAUCCCAUGCCUCCCCUUAGCCAGGACUACUCGGAGAGCCCGAAAGCCUGAUGCUAGACUCUCCACUUAACAAAAUGUGAUCGGUCGCCAUUAACAGAGGAGGAGCAGUCGAUAAAUGUGUCAGGACAGCCCCCGGGGGCCUGUCCAGGCUGAAGCUUCCCCGCGCAGCCCAAAGCACACGCCUGUGUCAUGCAACAUAUGUGAGCCUGAUGCCACACAGCGUGACUUUGCCGGCCGAGGGAGGAGGAGGAGGAGACCUAAACGUGGAACAGGCUUUUUCAGUAGGCUGCCUCUCACAGUAGUGAACCUACCUUCCCUCCUGAAACAUCUGCCUCCCCCCCUCCCCCUUUAAGCUUUUCCCUUUCCUUAUGUAGGUCACACUUCACUGUCUUUCACUCCCCCCGCCAUUGCCUCUUGAGUUUCAUCCGUAUUUUCUUCUUCCUCCCAAAGAGCAGCAUUUUGUGUUGUGCAUUCUCUCCCCGCCCCCCCUCUUUUCCUGCUGACCGGAAUGCCCAAAAUGCUUAAUCCACUUUUGAAACGGGCUCCCCCACCCCACCCUGGAUGGUCUCAGCUACGUUAUUUGUCAGCCUGAAAGCUGCCGCGAUCAGAGAGUCGCCCGCGAGCAUCUCUUGCCUUAACAGAUCACCGCGUCUCCGCUGCAAGAAUAAUGUUAGUGGGAAGCCAUUUUCUUGGGAAAUACAAUGCAGGCUUAGAAACGGACAGGCAGAAGGCGGGUGCCAGUGGAAGCCGCAGAGGGCUUUUCCCUCCCCAGCUGAUCUUGGGGCAGGGCAGGGCACCCCCCAAGUGUUUUACUAACGUGCCUCCCACCGAAAUUUCUCCUGGGGGAGGAGGAGAGGGCAGAACAAAUACAUUUUAAAUGGCUCAUUCAGACCCUUCGCAGCACUAGGGAUCCUUACAACAUUCUCGUAAGGUAGGGCCAUGAUUAUUAUCCCCAUUCUCCCACCCUCACCACUGAAGCACUCACUCUGAAAAUGCCUCACGAGAAAUGCUAAUAACAUUCACCAAGAAAGCGGAGCCCAAACAACUGUUGCAAGUCCAAAGCCUAGAUCUAAAUAUUAUCCAAGAACUAACUUGAUGAUGAUGAUGAUUUUGUACUUGAAGGUAGAAUAAGGUUAAUAGUACUCAGUGGUCUAGCAUCUGCCAGGUUAAUAAAAACCUUGGCUUACUAUGCUACAUUACCUGGAGCAAAUACAGUGGUACCUCGGGUUAAGUACUUAAUUCGUUCCAGAGGUCCGUUCUUAACCUGAAACUGUUCUUCACCUGAAGCACCACUUUAGCUAAUGGGGCCUCCUGCUGCUGCCGCGCCGCCGGAGCACGAUUUCUGUUCUCAUCCUGAAGCAAAGUUCUUAACCUGAAGCACUAUUUCUGGGUUAGCGGAGUCUGUAACCUGGAGCGUAUGUAACCUGAAGUACCACUGUAUAUAAGCUUGGCAGAAGAAGAACUCAGUCCAGUUGGAUGACGGGGUCUUUGGGAAGAGGAGUUCAGUAAUUCAGACCUGAAACAUUUCUAACUUGCGGGGAGAAAAGGCCAGUUGAGGAUGAACUAGACUUGUGCACUGAAACAUUUUGGAAUUUGCCUGGAAUAACUAUUGGAGGCAGAAGGCCACAAACUUAGCCAGGUGUGGGGUUUACAAAUCCAGAUGUGCCUCGCGGGAUACAGCCAGGACCCAAGUCAAAGUGCCAGCCCAGAAUCUUGAGUUCCGACAGCUCAUUUCAAACGGUCAGACCCUGCACUAGAUGAAUAAAAAUGGGGAAAGCCGAAUGCCACUCAGAGAAGGAUCCGAAAUAUUUUCCUUGAAGCUUGAAUUUGUUUUAUCCUGGAUUGUUUUAUUUGAUGUUUGGGUGUAUUGUGAACAGCUUUGAGAUUUUUUAAAAAUAUAAAGCGGUAUAGAAAUGAAUAACAAUAAUACAUUCCACCAGUUGGGGUGGAACGGUGGCCAUUCUGUUGUGGCGACCAUAACCUAGGUUUAAGGUGCCAUUUGGCAAACAGCUUAUUUUUCUGAGUUUCUAAUGCGGGUUGGGGUACCUGUGCAGCCCUCUUCCCCAAAAGCCCAGCUUAGUGUGAGCUGGAUUAAGUCGAUUCUUUCCACCUGCCGUCAUCCUCCCCCCACCCUUUUUUAAUUACUUACAUUAGUGCCUUGAUUCUGCUGGAGAAAUCUCAGGCUUAACAGGCCUGUGCAAAUCUAACCAGGGCAGAUGGGGAAACAUUUUGUGGCUGAAAAAAACUCAAUUGCCAGUGCUCCCUGUUUAUUGGAUGCGGUUGGGUUUCAAGGAAUAGACUUGACCAUUCUGGUGGCUGUGGCUAUUUAUGUACUGUAGGGAAAGAGAAGGAGGAUGAAAGUGGCGAGCGAAGGGAAACGUGAGCCUUUCGAGAGCGCAAUGCCUCUUUCAGCCUGAAGAUCAGAAUCUGAGCGAUCAGAGGCAGGGCUCCAUGAAGACCGCGGGAUUAUUGACCUUCCUUCCAUUAUUUCCUCACGGUAAUUCCCAGAUGAGCAGAGCGACGAACUUGCUCUCUUCAGCUCUGAAAAAGCCCUCUGGUCCAAGCAGUCCCUCUGUCGGCUUCCGUCUAAUUCUGUGGUCGCCAAACUGCCAUUUAGUCCCACCACAAUGCUCCUCAUGCGCUCUAGGAAGAGAGGGCUGGAGUGAGCCCACCAUUGCUUUUUCUGUUUGCCUGCAGCAGAACUUAGCCUGUGGUAGCCUCAGUUCUGGAGCAAGUAGGUGAAAUUUCAGAGGCUAAGCAGUCAUUUUUAGCCCGUUAAGGGCAGGCUAUGAUCAGCAUCUAUACCUGGGAACAAGUUUCUCCACCUGGAUUUUCUUCAUCAAACAGCUCCCGCAUAGAAUUGUAGAGAUGGAAGGGACCCCCCCAUGGUCAUCUAGUCCAACCCCUGCAAUGUAGGAAUCUCCGAUGAAGCAUCCACGGCAGAUGGCUAUUCAACCUCUGCCUAUAAACCUCCAAUGAAGGAGCGAAUGAUAGGGGCAAAUGUCUGUUGCUAACCCCUGAUAUUAAUGUCUGCAUGUUUUGCCCCGGUUGGUCUGAAUUUUGAUUGGGGGAGGUUGCUAUUCACCUGUGACAGGCUGCAAACUUGGCAGUGCCCUCACUGCGAGAAGGGAAGCUACAGGGAACCAGGCAGAGGGAUUGCCUUCCCAUCAUAUGUCAGAGAGAACCAAUUACAGUGGUACCUUGGGUUACAUACGCUUCAGGUUACAUACACUUCAGGUUACAGACUCCGCUAACCCAGAAAUAUUACCUCGGGUUAAGAACUUUGCUUCAGGAUGAGAACAGAAAUUGUGCGGCGGCAGCACCGCAGCAGCAGGAGGCCCCAUUAGCUAAAGUGGUGCUUCAGGUUAAGAACAGGUUCAGGUUAAGAACGGACCUCCGGAGUGAAUUAAGUACUUAACCCGAGGUACCGCUGUAUGUGACUUCCCAAAGACCUCUGAAGGCAGUCCUGUUUUUCAUGCUUGUUGUUUCGCUGUGUUUUUAUAUUAUGUUGGGAGCCUCCCAGAGUGACUGGGACAACCCAGUCAGAUGGGCAGGGUAUAAACAAUAAAUUUUUAUUAUUCUUACUGGUCUCUGUUCCUCAGAUCUCAUGAGAGAGGGAACUGGAGGCAGACAAAAGCCAGAAGCCAGAAUCAGCAGCAGUAAAUCUGCACUCUUUGCUCCCAUCGGCUCUCCCAUUGUGAGGAGGGGAGUGAGCCAAGCUGGGUAACUUCCAGCUGAACAUGGCAGGGAGAGGGGGUUCCCUGCAAAUCUUCUGUGGUGUUGUCACAUGGUCUGCUCUGCCCUCACCUGGUCAGGUGCUCUGGAGCAUCGAAAGAAGACCCCAGCAGCAAAAGCCUUGUGGGCAGUCCCUGUUUCUCCUUUGGAAGGGGGAGCAAGUCUACUCAGGCCGAUGAGUAGAGGAGAUUUUGCACAGGGAGAGCUUCUGGUGGGUUGUUGCUGCUGCUGCUGCUGCUGCUCUUUAAGGGAAUGGCAGAAAUGCCAUAGCUGCGUGUGGAGAGUGUGCUCGCCGGAGGCUAUGUGCACAUCCGUGUGUGCAUGGAUGGGUUUUGCAGUCUCUCCUCUCUGGUUGGAAGAUUCUUCUGAGAGCCCUUUGCCCAGGCAGGGUUUGGAGGUUUUUUCCAUCUGUUGUGCUGCAGUAAUGCCAGAGUUUUUUGCUCAUAUGUUUGGCUGUCUCAAGACUGAAGAGCCUGAACGGUUCCGGUUUCUGAACCCUGUUACUGGAGGGGAGAGAGGGGAAGGGGAUUCAAUAAAGAUUAUAGAUAUAUCCUACCACCCAGGAAGCUGUGUGGUGUCUUUGAAUAAACCAUGCAAAUAGGAGACUUCAGCAUAAACGUGGGAUGUCGUGGUUGCCAGCCUGAAGGUGCUAGUGGAAUCCCAGUUUCCUUUUACAGUGGUACCUCAGGUUAAGUACUUAAUUCAUUCCGGAGGUCCGUUCUUAACCUGAAACUGUUCUUAACCUGAAGCACCACUUUAGCUAAUGGGGCCUCCCGCUGCUGCUGGAGCACAAUUUCUGUUCUCAUCCUGAAGCAAAGUUCUUAACCCGAGGUAAUAUUUCUGGGUUAGCAGAGUCUGUAACCUGAAGUGUAUGUAACCUGAAGCGUCUGUAACCCGAGGUACCACUGUACAAGGAAUUGCAGAGGACUGAAUUCGCUUUACUCUCUUCAAGCAGGAGGCGUAGGAUUUGGAGGGCUUUGGUGGUGCGGAAAUUGGUUUCAGGGGUACAGGCAGAAGAAAGGCAGCUUUUUUAAGAAAAAAAAGAGAGAGAAAGUGCUUCUUUUGCUAAUGAUUGCAGAAGAUAACUCCCUAAUGGAGAAGCUUCCAUAAGUUUCAGCUCCCCUUUGCUAAAUAUCAAAAGGUGCAACCAGUGAGGUUUCUUAGUAGCAUUGCGCUGCAAAUGCCUUAUCACUGUGACGCCUUCAGUAGAAACUCCCAGUAGGUCACCAGGCAAGGGGCAGCCAAUUCUCUCUCCUUUCUGCUGCUGCUCUCCCUGCUUGCUACACACACCCCGGGCCCAUUCUCACGAGGUUUGUGCUCUUGGUCCUCCCAUCCAGUGUCAUUACUCCAGUCUUUUGCAUGGAACAAAAUUGUCCUAAAACUGGAACCGUGUCUACAGAACAAUUUAUGUCCCUCAGGAACGAUUUGGGUUCCAUUGGUGUGGAGUUUAUGGAGAGCUGGCCUGUGGUGCUGGACAGAAGUGUGGACUUGUGACCAAAAGUUAAUAGGAUAGGCUGGUACUUUGGAAGUGUGCCAGGCCGGCACAGCACAAAGAUCUUAAGGUCUAAGGAAGAUUGAGAGCUCGGCUGGAGCUCAUCAGUUCCAGGCUGGGAAUCCUUUAUUCAUCUGGUCCUGAACUGGGCUAUGGGUCCUCUAUUUCAGGCACUCUCACCUGCAGGGGGUGUUGAGUUUUCUGGAUCCAGAGGAGUUGCAUGUGAUCUCUGCCUAACUUGCAAUCGAGGUACCAGACAUGAGGGUUUCUUCCUGUAAAAAGAAACCGCUAGCAUUUGUGUGUCUAGAAAGGGUUGGAGUUUUUUUAAUGAAGAAAAAAAAGUAGUUCUUGAUGCUAACAAGAUGCUAAUAAAUCUGUCGCAGUAACAGGCUGUAAGUGGGUGUUAAGAGUGGCAGUCAAUAACUUGGCACAUAGCAGACUUCACCUUAUCUGCUGAGCUAGGAAUUUCCUUGGCCUCAGUUCCCACCACUGCUGUGUAACACAUUUUUAAUGGGCUUUCUUGGCUGGAGAGGCCAAAGUGCUGUGUGUGUGUGUGUGUGUGUGUGUGUGUGUGUGUGUCUUGUGCCCCUGUGAGGAAGUACAGCAAUUGCACUCCUCUCUCCUCCCUCAGUUUCCUGGAGACGGCCAGGAUAAGGACCCUCCUUAAUCCAAGUUUAAAUUUAUGAACAGCUGCAGCCCAUCAUUGCUCACCAACUUCCACCCCACACACGAAAUGAGAAAUAAUUUGGCUGUGUGGCCCUUGCUCUCUCACAAGACGGCUUCAUCCCUGAAUCCCCUCGCUGAGCAGCAGCUGCCACAAGGAAAAGGCCACUUCACUUCUUGCUGUCUCUGAAAAGUAAAUUCAUUGUGAGAGAUAAUGCGGAACGGUCCCCCGCAGCCACGGGUUGGGGCUGGUAAUACUGUUCCCAAAAAGAACCCACCCAUUAUCCACUCUAGGAUUGCCACACUCUUUCUUCCAAACGCUCCUUGAGUCCUGCUGCUUCUGUGAAGUGUCAUUCCUAAGAGAGGCAAAGUCUCCAUACCAGUAAACUGGGAAUUGGCCCAAUUCAGCUCCUCCAUCUCUCCCCACACCCCCUUCUCUUGCCUCCAUCUGGUGACUCAACUUGAGGCGAGGGACUUUUUUUUGCUCCUCUUUUCGGCUUUUUGCCCAGAAGUCUUCUCCGCUGCCCUGAACAGAACUGCCAGGGCUGGAGCCCCUAAACAUUGUGCCUGACCUGUUUGUUCUCUCAGGGCCACUCUCUCAACUUGACUGCAGGCAUUGGUUGGGACUUUGGGCAGCUGGUGUACCUGCCUUCAGGGAUGAGGUUUGCCAUAGUGGGCUGGAGGGCAUUCAGGUGACAGGCCGAUGCCUCUCAUGGGCUUGUAUAGCCAAGGGUCUUCCCAAGCCUUGAAGGAGCCACCCCUUCCUCCAGAUCUUCCCUGCCUCUGGUCAGGAUAGCACGGUGGCCUUCUUCCUCUGUAAUAAUUGUUUAAUUGGUGGUGAAAGACUUGGGAAGACUCUGCCUCUUCAGUCCAGAGGGAGGGACCAUCCCAUCAACUGAAUGUCCUCUGGUCCACUCUUCAAACAGAAUCAUAGAAUUGCAGAGCUGGAAGGGACCCCGAGGGUCAUCCAGUCCAACCCCCUGCAAUGCAGGAAUCUCAGCUGAAGCAGCCAUGACAGGCGGCCACCCAGAAGUACUGUUUUGGGAGAGUGGGUGGGUGUAGAGGACUCCCUGGUCCUGAAUGGGGUCACUGUGCCCCUGAAGGACCAGGUACGCAGCCUGGGAGUCAUUUUGGACUCACAGCUGACCAUGGAGGCGCAGGUCAAGUCUGUGUCCAGGGCAGCUGUUUAUUUGCCCUGCCUGCCUGCAGACUUGUCUUGCCAGAGCAGUGCAUGCUCUAGUUAUCUCAUGCUUAGACUACUGCAAUGUGCUCUACGUGGGGCUACCUUUGACGGUGACCUGGAAACUACAACUAUCUGACUUUUAGAAGACAUCUGAAGGCAGCCCUGUUUAGGGAAGUUUGUAACAUUUGAUGUUUUAUUCUGUUUUUAAUCUGUUGGGAGCCGCCCAGAGUGGCUGGGGAAACCCAGCCGGAUGGGCGGGGUAUAAAUAAUAAAUUAUUAUUAAUAAUAAUAAAUUAUUGUUAAAACCUCCAAGGAACGAGAAUAAGAAUAAUUACCUCUGCCAUCUUCAGCACCAGGAUGCGAGCAGAAGGGAGUGGCUGUCGAGAGGCCUGUGGGUGGGACUGGGGGAAAAUUACUGAGCAAGCCCAGCCCAUCUGUCCGCAACAGUGAUUGUGGGUGGGCCGUGGAAGCUUAACUCCUUUUUGGCAGGAAAAUAAGUUACUUUUGGAGCCAUGGGAUGCCAGGAUUUUACCUCCUGGAUCGUGCUGCAGCCAGCAUCAUCUGGGCUCCCCAAAGCUCAAGGUGGGGUCAGUGAUUUUACAGCUUGUGUGGGUUUUCUUCCCCCCCUUUCUGUUUGUGUUUGCCAAUCUACUUGAAAGAUCCCCGGGAGGUGCUUGCGACAUGCAUAGGUGUCCAGAGCUGUGUCGUGGCUGCUUUUCUUCACCACCACUGAAUGCCCACCCCCAUUAAGCACCAUCCUUCCCUCCCACAGCUCAGAUCCUAGGGCAAGGCUCCAUGAUCCCCGGGCAGCCCUUGCCAGGCCGGGCAAUGCCAAGCGGAUCGGCCAGCGCUCACCAAGCCAGCAGCAGCAGCAGCAGUGCUCCCCCAUCCGGUGCGGCGGGAAAUAUCGUGGGAGCCCGGGGGGCCCUGGCUUCUCCUAACGGCUUGUGUAAGUAGAACCGGUCACCUGUGUUUCCCCACUGCGUGCCCCUUCCCCCUCGCCAACCCCAGGUCCUAGACCUGCCACAGAAUCACUGGGUUGGAAGGGGUCUCCAAGGGCUAUGUAGUCCAACCACCUGCAAUGUCAGGAUUUUUCUGCCCCAUGUGGGGCUGCUCUGCACCAUCACUGGUCUGCCCAUACAGAGAGCAAGAGCAGUCCGUCUUCUGACUACUUCUUCAUUGUGGGUGAGUGAUCUUUGUAGACAGAGAGUUCUCCUUCACCUCACUCUAGUCCUAUGACACCAAGGGUCUCUUCCCCCAACACCACCCAGCCCACCAUCCUCAGAACUCCUCCUGCUUUUGCUGGGUCAGGCCAGUCUUAAGUUCUUACGCUUGAUCUGGUGCUCCACAGGACCAGAGAGGACGUUCAUAGAAUUGCAGUGUUGGGAGGGAUCCCGAGGGUCAUCUAUUCCAACCCCCUGCAAUGCAGGAUCGUGGGUCGCUGGUUCACUUGGUGAGAGGGUCAGUGGGUCAGCCUUGGAGGCGCAGUCUCCUCUAGAGAAGAUUUAUCAGGCCACAGCAACCUCCUUGGCCAAUGCAGCUGUUGGACAAGAGGGGUCUCUGAUUUCCUAAAGUGGAAGGCUGCAAGCCAAAGGAUGUUCCUGAGAGGACACCCCAGCUAUAAAGACUCUCCUCUGGACACCGGGAGUGGGGGUUGGGAGAGGAAUUCCUCCAGUUCUUAAUUUGAUAGGUAGACGGGUCAGAUGUUCACGUUGAAAAACCCAGCAAGCGAUCUCCCAAUUCUGGUCCAGGAGAGUGUCUCUGUAAGACAGUGAGAUGGUCAGCGCCAUCUCCCAACCAGAGGGUGGUGCUAUCCUGGAGCUGAAAGCACUGCCAUUUGGACUCCUGGCAGGCAGUUUUAGGGAGUGAGGAAUGUCCCUGCCAAGCUUCCUGCCUUUAAUUCUCGGUUUCACGAACUUCCGGGUUAGCGCCAUCGCCGAAUGGCGGACUCCCUCCGAGCUCCGGAGGGAGUCUGCUCGGCAGGGGCUGGGUCCUACCGCGCCGGCGACGCGGGGACCCUUAAAAACCACGGGCACGGAGUCCGUGGACAUGGGUGACUCGGCUUGCACCAUUAGCGCCCUCCCGACUCGUGAAGGAGCCUUUUAAAGGCUUCGGAUCGGGUGCCGGGAGUGGCGUGGUGCUUUGAGUCCACUGCUUUCCCUGCCGAGCGCAGCCGCAUGCCAUUCGGCGGAGAGCGCUGACUUCUUCUAUUGAAAAUUUGGACUAUUAACAACAACCCGUGAGUAAUUGGGAAACCGGGUUUAAAAUUUUGGAUUUGGCACGAGCGGGGGCGAUUUAAAAAGGAAGUCAAUCCCCCUAUUGUAAACAUUCCAAAACAAGGACUGGGUAACCAAGGUCCAAAGGGAAGUAUGUCUCUGAUAAAAAUCAUUAAUUUCACGAUGGGAAAUUAUAAGAAAUGUGCUGGAGGAGAAGAGUGGAGGGGGAGAAGAAAAUGCAACCCCCCUGGGAACCGGGGCGAUUCGUGGAGCCUGGUGAAGAGAGACGGAGACUUUGACAGCUGUCAAAGUGGCUGUCAAAGCUGGAGAAUAUAAAGAGGACUUUACGAGGACCUUGCUGGUAAAUUUUGUUACAAUUUGCUAUAAUAUGGAUAUAAACUGUUGGAAAAUAAGUAACAAUUUGACUUUUGGAUUAGAGGAUACAAAGUUAUUACAAUCCCCUAGAGGGGUUUCGGGAUACUACAAGAACGGUCGUAAGUGGAAAAAUACCCUGGGAUUCGCACAGGAUUUGUUAUCUUCUGGGAAAGCUGCAAAACUGAAGAAUAUUUUGUCUACAGAGGAAGACAAUGGAAUUUUUAUUGAAGAAAGAAAGGGACUGGACGUAAGUUUUUGUUCCUGAAUAACAAACCUCUGCAGAGACACUAGAUUUCUGAAUUAGAAAGUUUUAGCAGCUGAACAGGACAAGAAACCUGAGAAAGUGAGGAAUAAGAAGAAUAAAGGACUGAUUACGACACGGAAAGAACAACGGGAGGAGUGGUAAAGAUCAAGGAAAUUAAAGGCCUUUGUUAGAUUGGACAUUUGAAGUCAAAUAUUAUUUAAAUUAAUAAACUAAAAGAAAACCGGCAAGAUGGAAUCGGGAGAAAUCUGGUCAUGAAAUGAGACUCCCAAGCUGAUAAUGUAUAGACUGAUGGACAUGGGGAAUUCAAACCGGGAAGGGGGGAGAUUUGAAAUCCAAAGGCUGUGUAACCAUUUUUUGAAUUUUUCUAUAUCUUUUAUUUUCUAUUUCUUUACAUAACUUACGUAUGUUAUUUUACUUUGAUCGGACGUGUUUAAAAAAAGGGAAUUUGUGGAAGGAACUGGGGUGGAUCUUGGGGAAAAUCUUUUUCUUUUUCUGUUAAUGACGUGGGACGGUGGUAAGAGUUGUAUAAUUCAAUCUGGAUAGUGGGUUAAACAAAUUAAGUUUUAAAUUGGGAGUGAGAGCUUGUAGAACCAAAUUAAGGAAAGGGGAAUACAAUUGGGGGGGGAGGGGGGAGUCCCAGAAAGUAGGGAAAGAAAGUAAGGUUUUUAAAUAUCUUUCUUCUUUUGUCUUUUUUCUUUGUAUUUUUAUAUUUUUGGAAAUUUUAAUAAAUAUGAUUUAAAAAAAAAAAAAAAAAAUAAUUCUCGGUUUCACACCCAUUCCUCUGCAGAUCCGCAGCAGCAACAGCAGCCGCCGCAGCCACAGCCGCAGCCUCCAGUUGACGGGGCGACCCCACCUCCUGCGGGAGCAGCAACAGCCUCCGCAGCUCCCUGAUCGGUCCGGCAACAAGGCGUCUCUCAAGCUGUGACAGUAGCAACCAAAAACACCAUUCCUCAGUUUCCUGCUCCUUCCUUCCCUGGCCUCUGCCCUCGCCCCCUAUGCGCCCACACCCAGACCUGUUCCCCCACGCAGUUUUGGUGACGGUUUGUGCCUUCCUUUUCUGCCAGGAACACAGCCAGAGCUGACAGUGCUCCAACUUGUUACUUCGCAUGUUGAGCCUCUGGGUCCUCUUUACCUCCCCAGGUAGGAGAUGCAGCGUAACCAGAAGCCCGUUGGGUCCCUUCGUUGUGGGAGGCGAGGCGUCGCGUUGCCGCCCCUCCUCAGUCACAAGAGUAGAAGCGUUUUGCGGCCAGGGCGGUGGGGAAAGCAGCCUGCCUCUCCCCUUGGCCUCGGCUUCUCGGUUCACGCUGACCACAGGCGCUGCAGGUGGGCAAUUAUUGAGGAAGCUUGUCGAGCCCUGGGGAUUGCCUGGCGAUAUUAUUAAAAGGAAAUAUCGAUCUCGCCCGAGAAGAGCCGGGAGCCAGAUCAAUUGGCGGGGUGCUCUCUGCAGUGAUGUUCGCUUUUCCCACUCCAGCCUUUCAGCGCAAGGGGAGUGGGGUCGAUGCACCUAUUCUCCCUCCCCUCUCGUUUUCAUAUCAAACAGGUCACUACAGUAGCGGAGGGACGGGUAAAUAAAGCCUGCUUCCUUUCCCUCCCCUGUAUCCUUGGAGCAUAUAUCGUGGUGUUCCUCUUUCAAAACGAGCAAGCAAUCAAACUCCCGUAGAUAGCAAAGCGCAAGUUUACAGGAUUGUGCUGGAGCAGCCGGGGUGUGGGUGUGUGCUUACCCCAACUACCUCUUGCAGGCAGCCGUGGGGUGGGCUGAGGGGAGCAGAUUAAGGAAACACGUUUCCUUACUGGAACGGUCCGAAUAGGAGCUCUGAAACAUCACCGACAUCUUCCUUAUUUGCAAGCACACAUAGGUACAGUGCACACUCCCUGCUUCCUUAUCUUCCAGCUCUUUGCUGGGAACACUUGAACCCCGGGGGGCUGCACAGGGAGCAAGGGAAUCUGUUCACCUACAACCACAAUUGGGGGCAGCCGUGUUCUCUGGAUGUUGCUGGAAUUGAAACUCCAUCACCCUUGACCGUUGCCCGUGGUGGCGGCGGCAGCUGAUGGGAGUUGUAGUCCCAGCAUCAUAUAGAAGGCUGCAGGUGAGCUCGCCCUCAACCUACAACUUGGGCUGCUCCGUAUCCUGCUCCUUGCCCAGAUUGUGGGCGUUGCGUCCCUUUCCCGUUGCCAGUCUUUCUUCCUCUUGUUCCUGCAACUUGCAAAGGAGUGUAAAUGAGCAACUUUGGCUUUGAUUGAGAACAAUGCCAGGGAAGUGGGUGGUCUUGCAGCCCACUGGGCUGGGGAGGGGCCAUUCCAGGGGGGGAGCAGUGUAUCAGUUUUCCAAGUUAGGCCUCACUGCUCCUGUACGGUUAGUGCCCCUCCUAAUACCACCAUACACAAAUAAGGGUUGCCAGUAGAGGUUGGUCUGAUUGCAGCUCUUUGGCCACAGAAGCAACGCUUGCCCCUUCCUUCCUCACCCUGCUGCCUGGAAGUUCUGGGCUCUAGGGAUGAGGAGAACAACAACUUAGUUUUGGCCAUCCGGACUCCUGCUCUUAACCCUCUCACUUAGGACACCUAGGGGAUAACGCCAUCCCCUUCUCAGGAAAAGAAAAGCCCCUGCCUUCUGGCCGAAGCUCUUCCUCUGCGUCCUCCCCAAAACACACACCCCCUCAGAAAGGAAAGUGCUUCCCACGUCUCCCCCGCUGCUGUGUUUCCCCACCCCCUUUGGACCCCAUUGUCUUCGGAGCAGCGUGGAAUCGAGAUUCCUAACAUGGUCCUCUUUAGACUAAUAACCUCAGGUUGUUUUUAGCGAGAUCCACUUCAAAUGUCAAGGUUCUAGAUGGAGAAACUUGUCUUCUUCUUUUUCUACUCUACUGUUGACUUGUGUCCUGCAGCAUAAUAUGAAUUGUUAACACGAGGGUGUUUCUGUACACAAGUGGGUGGGUUGUGGGUGGGAGUGAUGACCUUUCAUUUGUUGGUUUGUCCCCCCGCCCCUUCUAGUCUGGUCCUGUAUGUGGGGAGUGGGAGUGGGGAGACCUUCGUUUCUUGCAACUCAGCCACUUAAAUUUUGUGAAAUAAAAAUGCAGGUUUUUUUAAAAACAAAACACAUCUGUGCUCCCUGUGUUCAUUAGCCAGAACCAAGCUCAGAAGUGGUUUGGGUUGGAUUCUUGCUACGGGUUUGAAUGAAUGACUGCCCUCCAUUCAAAUGCAGUCUGGGAUGAAUGGACAGAAGGUGCCGUCCACCUCGCUCCUUGACCCUGGCCCCUUGGUUACACAGGCAAAAACAUUCCUCUUCCGCCUUCGGCUAAUUAAACAAUCGAUGGGCCUUUUGAACUAGAGGGGGUAUAGCUUUGGUUUGUUACUAUGUCUUUGUGUUUGUUUAUUGCAGACCGCCCCAUGAUCCUCGGAUGAAGGGCGCUUUAGAAAUUUAAUAAAUAUAAAAAUAAACAGAAUACUCCAGGAGAACAUUGAACUGGGGAGUUGCACCCCUUUACCCAUCUGCCCUUCCCAUCGGGCGUCAUUAACGACACGCACAGUGCAUUUUAAUGGAUAAAAAGUUGCAGGGGGAAGAUGGUGGGAAGAGCAUUUUCAUGUGAUGUAAGUGCUAGAUGAUAGUCUCUUGGCCAGGGGCUGAUGAAGAUGGAAGCGAGCAAGAAGGCUCUUUGGUGUCCAGCUCUUCUGCUGCAGACCAUGAUGUGAUUUGAGACGGAAUGUUGGGUGAGGAGGGGUGACGUUUGGAGAGGAAGUGGUUGGGUAAUACAAGGGCCCAGGGCAAACGAGAGCCUCCAACUCGCUUCUACAAAUGGUUGCUAUAAAUAGGGCAGCUGUUCAGAAGGAUGUGCAGAGAGAGAAAGGGAAGUAGCAUCACCAGUCUCUUCCUCCACUUGGAACUCCGUUUGGCCUCGUUCAUUAAGAUGCUGAGCACCUCAGCUCUCGGACGGAACUAAUCCUUUGCCUUGAAAGAGUUGAGUCCCGGUGGCCGGGACAAUACGCUGUUGAGCAAGAGGGCGAGAGGGAGGGGAAGCAGCAAGUGGGGGCCCCAUCUGAUCUGGUAUUCAUGGGAGCGAGGCAGCCUCUUGGCUCUCCCCUUCCAGAUCAGCCCUUGCCCAGCUCUCUAGGAACAGCGCUGCCCAUUGUGCCUCUGCCAUCUUCCUCCUCCGCUUUUCAAGGGCUCAGCACAGUGCCUUCGCCGGAGGCUUCAUGAGUUUGGCCACAGGGUGCCCAUCCCUACGUUACACCUUUACCAGAGUUGGGGCAAACCAAACCAAAGACCUGAUGUCGUGGACUGGCAGAGGAACGGUGGGAGGAACCAGCUGGGGAAUCCCCAAGGGAAGAAGGCACAAAGCUAGGGGGAGGAUGAGUGGUCAAAGGGAGAAGACUGGGAAGAGGUGGUGUUGGAAGCUAAAGAGGUAACGGCUUAAUGAUUAGGAAGAGUGUGGCAGAGAAGUCCAGAAUCUGAUGCAGAUUCUGAGACCGGACACCAAGAGGCAGAGAUGAGUCAGAUUGGUUAAGAGGCAUGGGGUGUCUUCCCCUCCUGCUGUGACAAGCUCCCUUCCCCACAUCUCCCAGGACCAGGAGAGGGCUGAAAAGGGCGGAGUAGUGACAGGCUGCACACAGGUGCAGUUUCAGAUUGCUUGGGAAAAUCUCUGGAGCAGAUGGGACUUAAGGCAGUUGUUGGAAGGCAGGGGCUUUCAAUCUCACAACUGAUUCAUGGGACAAGACCUAACGGGGAUGAGCUGCUGCACUCAUUAGGCCUGACACUCAGCCAAGUCUGUGAAGAUUGUGAUGUUACUAAUAAAGAGUUGACUCCAACUUUG